UUCACAUGUGAAGUUAAAAGUUCAAUCACAUCAACAUGAUCGAAAAGAACCUUCAGGUACAAACUUUUGAUUUUAUUUCAAAGUGCCUAUGGAAUGAGUUUUUCAAAUUCGUUUUUUGUUCCAAAAUGCUAAUUCUAUCUUUCUGAGAUAUCAUGAACUAAGUAAUAAGCUGUAAAUUUUGAUAGAAUGGGGUCUGAGAGCCGUUUGCAAACAAAGAAGAAAAUUCCAUUAUGUCCUCUGGUUUGCACAGUGCGAGUAGAGGCCCGCACUUCCACUCAUUUCAUUCUCAAAGACAAUCCAAGCAACCCUGUUAGAAGAAUUCGAAGAGGGUUUAUUUUAACAAAAUUCAUUCUUUCUCAUGACACAAAUUGUCUUCAAGUGAGAGUAACGAGAGGCAGGUAGUUCCAAGCAAUGAAAGUUACACCAGGAACAAUUGAGUCGUGCAUGUUAACACGAUAACAGUGCCAUAUCAGUACGAGCCACUGGCAGAGGGCGAAAAGGAAAGAAGGACUGGGAAAGCAAUAAGCCUGAUAUUUUUUAUUCACCUGUCAUUUAUGGCGAAACUUAGAUGCAUUAGAUGAAGAAGAAAAUAUCCAAUGGCUUUUUGGAGAAGAAAGUGAAGAGGUGAGUGAAAAAAGGGAACACUAGGAUACCUUAGUUUUCAGAGUUGUAUGAAGCCCUAACAAAACGGGCUUAGUUUUGUGCUGCUUGAAUUCGAUUUUCAGGGCAAACCUUUCCUGAAAAUCCAUUGUUUCCAUGACUCUAGUUCAGGAGCCAUCAUUUUCUUAAUUUUUUACAUCAAAACCGAAACACAAGACAGGUAUAUUAUGUAUGCCCUUUCACAAUUCGUCGCUGCAUUUUUAUAGCAUUUUCUCGUGGCUCUCUAUAUUAUUUUUCUCUUUAAAAAGUUGAUGUAAAAAACAUUUUAUAAACAGUCUAUAUGAAGACUCAAGGAAAUUGAUUAAAAAGGCACUUCAUGCAAAGCUCAUUGGAGUUAAAAUUUCCUUGCAAUUAAAAAGGCCAUUCAAUGUCAGGGGGAAUUUCGUAAAAAGAGAACUUUGGGGCCACGCACCCUGCUAAUAAAGGUCAAGAGAGGGAAGACAUUUUUAUUGUUUAAAAUAUUUCUUAACUUAGGUUCAAUUCGGUCAGUUCACUUGUUCUGUGUGCAAGAAAGAAUACAUAAGCAAAGGUGGUUUAAACAGGCACAAAACUGCAAAGCACAACAUAACCAAAGAAACAACGACAAGAAGAUGAUACUGGACAAGAAGAAAAAAUUCUGCAGGUACACCGUAUGAUGUUGUCAUGAAUGCAGUUACCACAGCUUAAAAAAAUAAGUGCUUUCCUUUAAGUUUUAUUGAUGAAGUCAAAAGGUUUCCUGUCUUGCUAACAGUCUAAUCUGCACAAAGAUAUACAGAGGAUUUAUGGGAAGUUGCAAAAGCAAGGUGACAUUGAAGAUUUUUAUGCAGCAUUGUGCCCAAGCAGAUUUUUAUGCCAAAAUUGUUUUGCACUCAGUGGAUUAUUUUCCACCUUUAACAACACAUGCUGCCACAUUUUUGGCCACAAAAGUUGCUGAUGGCUUGUUGAUUUAUUACAAAAAGUCAUUAGAUCUUAGCCAAAAAGAGAAAGAUGACCUUGGCUAUCUAGGUAGAUAUGUUUUUUACAACUUGUAUAAAAAGUUUAAUAAAACAAAAAUUUAUAUGACAAAAGGAAACCAGGACUGUAUGCAAAUUCUUAAAAGUGGAAAAAUAACAUCUUUCAUCACCCAGGCUGAAGAAAGCAUGAUUGCAAAACCAACAACCUCGAAUUUAGUGACCAUUCUAAACUGUGGUGGCCUAUGGGAACUUAAGGCUUCCCAAGAAACAAUUUCACAUUAUCAAGCAGUUUUAGAGGAUUCCGAAGUAGAUUGUUACAACAAAACAUUGCUGUUUGAUCUGUUGACAAGUAUUAUUAAAUUGCAUGUUAGGGUCCGUUCUUUUUCAUAUGCAAAGGAUGUUAUACAAAGAUUCAAGGUAAGGGAUAGACUUAGCAAGUCUAGGGCCUUACGAAAAGAAAUUAAAAGGUCCAGCAGUAACCCUUAGAUUCAGGAAUGACAAUCUGUUUUAAACAAAACAUUUUAAAGAAGCUAUACUGUCAUGUUACAUUUAUCAUCUCAGCAAUGGUUAAUGUUGUAUUAUAAAUCUAAAAUUAUGUUCAAUGUUAUUUGCGAUUCGGAAUUGGUUCAUUGUCCACUUCUAUUCAUGCUGAUCGCUUUGAAUUUCUCUGUUUUCUCUGAACAUGAAGAGCAUUAUUACUAUACCCAAACUGGUACAUGUCUGGAUUAUCUGACCUGCGAUUCAUUUUCCUCUGACCCCCAAAAUACUCCUCAGCAGGGUCUUGUCAAAAUUUCUCAGUUAAAACAUAAUCCAUUCCCUGCGACAGCAAAUAUUUCACAGCUUCAAUUACUGCAAAAGCUGUUAUUUGUAACCCCUCCAUUGUCUGGUUGGAAAUAAACAUUCUAAUUCUAGCAUUUUGAGUGAAAUUUCCAUCCCUUUUCUCUAUGCUCUCUUUAAAUGUGAAGAGAUAAGAGAGGAAUUCAUUUUCCAGCCAAUUAAAACGUUCAUCAUUUGCAUUGGUGUAUGGGGCUAGAAAUGGCUUGCGCUUCUGCUGAUAUCCUUUUCUGUUCUUUUUAAACAGUCAAAGAACUGGUCCAUCAUUUCACAGUAUUUUGCAGUUCCAGCAGCUUCUGGUGGACCAUAAUUCUUCAAUACUGCAGCUAGGGUGGAAUUCAAAACUUGCGCUGCAAGAUUUACUCACAUUACUGAGUAUGAUGUUAAGUUGACAUGAUCAGCAGUCAAUCAAGGCAUCAGUCUAAAUCUUCCAUAUAUAUGGUUCUGAUAUGUUUCCAAAUAAUGUAUGAUCCACUGUUCUACAUAUACCUAGUGCAUUUUCCAUCUCCUGAAUGAUAAAGACAGUUCUUUGCUGUCUUUAUGAGAUGUGGAGCAUUCGAUAAAAAACCAAUUAAUCAGUACCUGGCAUACAGAUUUAUUUCUUUCUUUUCAAUUCCAAAAAAACCUCUUCAUUGAAACCUGCUUUUGGUUGAACCCAAUUCUUGUAAUUUCUUAGAACACUACCACUUGGCAAAUGCAAUACUUCUCCAAAUGUGUCACGAAAUUCGUCAUAGCUUGAAGCAGAUUUUUGUGCUUGCGAAAGGCAAAAUCUUAUCAUUAUUGGGUGAAGUCUAACAGCUGAUUUUGACUUGCCAAUCAUUUUCUUUUGUUCCUUUCAAAAUAAUUUCAUGAAUGGUGUCAUUUCUGCACGAUCAAAUAUGUGAAAAAAGUCACUGCUCAACUCUGCGUCAAUUUCAACUGAAGAUUUCUCCGAUUCAAUUUCCAUUUCAGUUAUCCUUUCUUGAAGUUCAGCAGAUUUCAGAUGUUGUUGAUCCAAAGUCAAUUUUAUCCACUCUGUUGAUGAACUAGAGAUUGGUGCCUUGACAUACGCUUGUCUUUUACAACCCUGGAUGCUUUGCCAAAAGUGUCCUGUUUACAACAAGAGCUGCAUUUAUUGAUUGCUAUAAGGAUUUCAAAGUAUAUUGCUCUAUGGUAUUCAAGUGAUGGAAAUGGGUUUCCUUCUUCUGCAAAAAGUGGAUCAUGUUGUUUAGGAACAACAUGGUUGACAACGUUGCUUAAUCUGUCAGAGACAGAAAUACCAACACUAGGCUGGAAUGACGCUAGUUGGCCUACGAGAUUAGAAAGAGUUACAUUCUAGACCGACCUUUUAUUACCUAGAUAAAGUGUAUGGUCAUCUCGUAACAGCCAACCAAAAACAGAUAUACUGUAGGCAAUACUAUCAUCAAUUGUUAUCUCAAUGCUGAAUUGCAUUUCAGAACUGUGCGAAGCACGUACGUGAUCACAUACAGUCAGGCGAAUCUGGAAUUUCCAAGCCGAGAAUCAUUUGCUGACUGCGUUGUUCAGGCUUUCCAAAGCAAAGAGAACAAAAAUUUUAUUCAACAUUGGGUGUGCAGCAAAGAGGAACACCGUGAUGGCGGUAAUCACUAUCAUAUGGCUAUGAAGCUUAAUGUGCAGAAGCGAUAGAAAGCUGCAAAGAAUUCCAUUCAAGAAAAGCAUGGUAUUGUCUUUAAUUUCUCGUGUAAUCAUGAUAGCUAUUACACUGCAUACAAGUAUGUUACGAAGGAGGACACACACGCCUUACAUAGCAAGGAUCACCCUGACUUAGGGGCCACUGGAUCUCCAAGGACAAAAGCUUCGAUGAGAGCUGUUCGCCAUCAUAGCAGGUCAAGGCAGACUAUGGAGUCUGGAGGUGCAUGCGGAACAUCGGGCAAUUCUAGAAAAAGACAGCGCCUAUGAAACUUAGAAGUUUCAGAAAUCGUUUUGAAAUAUGGUAUGAAAUGAGACAUGGAACUCCUGGCUCUAGCUAAUGAGCAAAAAAACGAGAGCAAGAACGAUCUGGCGGAAUUUGUGUUGGGCAGAUCAGAGAAAUCGGUUAAAGAGCUGAUCUGCUGGACAUGGAAAAUGCACACUGCCUCUAGCAAUUUCCAGCGAGAGAAAAUGCCACAAAUGACAUUAGUCAAAAACUUUCGAAUGUGUGUAGAGGGAUGCGGUGGUAACUAGCUAAAAUGUGCACUGGAAGUUUUGAGACAAAAUAAUGUGCACCCCUUUGUAUUUGCUGCAGCAAUUAGGGAGCUGUUGGAGAAAGGAAGUGGCAAAUUUUGCAACGUAUUGCUUGUGGAACCUGCAAAUUGUGGCAAAAUAUUCCUUCUCACUCCGAUAAACAAGAUAUUCAAAACGUUGCAAAAUCCCGCGACAACCAGUUAUGCUUGGCUAGGAGUGGAAGAUGCCGUGGUAAUUUUCCUGAAAGAUUUCCUUUCACUUUUGGGAGGUCAUCCAAUACACUUACCCACUCCGAAAAUGACCUAUGCAAAGGACAUUUAUUUGGAGCAAGAUACGCCAAUUUUUGAAACCAGCAAAGCUCCCAUCACCUACGUUGGAAAGUACAACUCUGUAGACGAUAGCAAGACAGAAAUGAUGACUGCCUGUUGGAAGGUAUUUUCAUUAAACUAUUAAAUACCCUCAGGCAGAGCAAAAGGAGAUGUCACCAUGUGAACACUGUUUCAGUGAACUUGUUUUACUUGGAGAGAACUUUUAAAAAUUUAAAAUCACAUUUAACCCCUUGUAUUUACGGUUAACCCUACGGUUCACCCCACGGUUAACCCUCUUGAGAAUAACAGGCCAUGCCUAAAUAAUGUCGGUUAACCCCUCUCAGAAUAAAAAUAUAUUAACUCAUUUUAAAGUCAAAGGGUUAACUGUGGUUCGUUGAUAUGUGUUUUAAAAGCUAUUGUUUAUGUGGUUAACCAUGGGGUUAACCAUAGGGUUAACCAUGAUACCUCCCAAAAAGUACUACUUUUUCAGAUUUGUUUGGUAUAUGUUGAAUCAUCAUCUUAACAAAACAUUAAAAUACGCUGUGAUUUAUGUGCAAUAAUGUUGUUGUAAAUUGUUAUUAGUAAUUCUUAGUUGGUUUUCAAAUUAUUAUAUGAUGCAGUUUUUUUCUAUUGGUCGACUAAUUAUUCAUAGACUUGCCUUUUGUUUAUAGUAGAGUGUCUAGAUUUUUCAUGUAUUUUGUUCGCAGAUAUUUUAUAAAUGUUUAGAUAGGACUGAACUAUCGAAUACAUGUCUUCUCAUUGGCGCCGUCAUUUUUCUUAGCCUAUUUAGUUAGAUUUGAGAACGGAAAAACAACGAUUUCAAAGUAUUCAGUUUUCUCUUAAUAAGUUACAGAGAUGAUAUACAUAAAUACAUACACUUUACAAAUAUAAAAACAAUUUAUGCUCAGAAAUUCAGGCAUUCACCUUUGCAAUCUACUAUUAGCUGCAUUCUUUAGUUCAUACUUUCUAUUAUACUGUCUAUUGUGGAGACUGGUAUUUCAUUCAGGAUUCGCCUAAUUCUGUUCUCACAAGCUUCAAUGCUUUCAACAGUAAUGUUAUUGUCAAUGACAUCUUGACCAAGCAUUCUUUUUGCAAUGCCGAAGAGAUUUUCUAUCGGAUUUGUGUCCGGACUCCUAGGAGGAAUUGAUAACAAUUCUGAGUUUAGUUCUCUCAUAGCAUUUAAAGCCAAAACGCUGUGCUGUGAAGGGUCUCCAUCCUUAAUCCAACAUCUAGAGUCUUUUCCUGCUGCAGCUACCAUUUUGUCAAAAUUAUCAAGCAAAAAGUUUUUGAAAAAUUUCCCAUUCAUCUUGUCGUAUCUUUGGCAGCAGACCACGCCUUUAUCAUAAGAAAUUGCCACUAUCAGCUUGACAUACUUGCCACCAAUUCCACAUGAUCGCCCUUUGGAAGUACAUCCCCCGAUUAACCCUUUGUGUUUAGCCCUCCACACUCUCCCAAUGGGUGCUAGCUCUUGAUCUUCAGGAUUUCUCUUGUACACAAAACCAACCCCAUCUGAGUAGAAUGCCACUCAUUUAAUCCAAAUAUCUUCAUGAUAUUUUUUGAGCAUGAAUUCCGCAAAUUUUGUGCGCUUUUUUUGUCGUCCUUUUUACUGAGCAGUCCUUUUUUCCUUGCUUGCAAAUAGUUGUACCCGGACAGGUUUAGGAAUCUUGAGACACUACGUUGCAAAACAUCUUGCACAUCUGCUCUUGCCAUCAGUCUUUUAACGGUCUAGUUGCAUCUUCUUUUCUCAAAAUCUUUAUUGUUCUUAUUAGUUUUCUCUUAUCUCUUUUUGACAUUUUCUGUGGCCUUCCCCCAACACCUUUGCGUGUUUUCUUUGCAUUGCAUUUCAAUAUCAGCUUCUUCCAUAUACGAUAGAUGGUAGAUCUUGAUACUCCAGUUUCACAUAUUAAUUUCUUUAUGUCGGUAUGCUGUUUGAGUUUUAUAUAUGCCCUUGUUUCUGGACAAACUAAAGUAUUUCGUGUCAUUUCAACUAAAUCUAGCUGCAAUCUUUCAUAUCAAAAUGAUGAAAUUAACAACAAAUAAACCCUCAUACAUUAAACGUCAAAAUUUAUCGUGUUAAAUCUUAAUCAUCCAAAUUGAAAUUGAGACUCAAGCCUCCUUUUCAAUCCGAAAGCCAAGCCAUAACUGGAGUCAAUACGUCAUUAGAAGAUAAUGAUAGUAGCAUAGCCAUUCAUUUCAACCCACAGACAAUCGUGGCCAAAACUCCUGGACACUGAAUAAAAAUUCGGCAUGCUAUCAAUUGUUCCCAAGAAAAAUUAGGACAUAUCAAUUUCUCCCCUCCCCCCUAUAUCGUUUAAGAGCUAAAUCUCCCAGCAUUCGAUUUUAGCCCAUACAAACAAACACCCCAACAUUGAUGUAGGGGGUAGGGGGUCACGUUGAAUAAGAACCCAAUUGCAUUUGGGAAGCAGUCUCACGAGUUUUGGCCAGGAUUGUAGACUUUCGUACUGUUAUUAAAGUUGUUGUGCUAGGUGUAAUUAAAAUGUCCCUGUCCAUUGUCCAUUGUUUUAGAAUGCCAAUGCACACAUUUUUUACCGUUACAAAAAAGGAAGCAAUUUACUGACGGCUUUCCUCAUUGCUUUCCCUCUUAACAUAUGAAAAUGUCCCAGCUGCAUGGUAUAGCUACCUGCAUCUACUAGAUAUAUCAUUUUCUGAAGGAUUUGGCUGUUCUGAAUGCAGAAGUAAACCAACAACGAUUUUUUUUGAUGCCAUUAUCUUGUCAUUCCGCAAACAAGCAACUCAGUUAUUAACAGACGAUGUAAAUGAUUCGAGGAUCAAACCUAUAGAGAACAAAGUAUAGAUAGGUUUCUACUUAUGUUAUAAUUACCACAUCUAGUAGUGUUGUGAGAGUUUACUGUCUGGUUUUCAAGUACUAAAUAAAAUAAUUGAAACACUUGAGGAAUUAAAUGCUAUUCAUGAAGAAGUUGUUUUCUGGAAAUAAAAUCUUUUAAUGUUACCAUCUGGUAAAGUUGGCAAGAUCUUUGUUGAAGAAUGCUGUAGACUAGUAAAUGAGUGUGUUGAUGACGGUCCAUUACAUCUGAUUGCAUUAAAAGCAAUGAUGAUUAUGACAUCACUUUUGCAAAAUCAAAAAGCAAAGGUCAUGUGGAGAAAUUGAGAAAAAGGCUUGGUUAAUGGAAAAGUGGAAGCUUUGAUGAACUUGUCGGAGAAGCUCGCUUCAUUCAAUCUCGUUUUAGCCAACACAGGGGAGCUGACAACAUUGCCAAGAAAUUAAUGGUUUUAUAAUCAACGAGAAGAUAAAUGCUGCUCUGAAGCUUUUGUCUAAUGCGCAAAAUAAUGAUAUUUUGCUUCUGGAUGACCCAACUCUACAGUUACUUAGAAAAAGCAUCCAGUUAUGAAAAGAAAUUUGAGGAUCUUUUGUUACAAGGUGUGGAAUUAUCGAUUGGUGAAUAUGCAUAUGAAUGUAUUGAUGCUUUUCAGAUAAACAAGCAGGGUUGCCACUUGUAGGGAUUUCUACCUAAAGUAGGGAUUUUUUGCCUUUUGUAGGUUGUUGGGAUAAACCUACGUGAUAAAAUGCAAAAUGUACGUAUAAAUCGCUCAAGUUGUAGGUAUAAUCAAGAUUAAAUAAUGAAAUUCCCUGUCCCUGGUAUGCAUCUCGCAUUCAAGGUUGAUCCAACACAUUCUCUAAAAUAAAUUGUAACAAAACAAAAUUGAGAAACAGAUUGCCAGUCCGCAAGAUUGAGGCUGUAAUCCGAGUUGGUGAAGGGUUCCUUGGAUGUUUUGAAGUUAGUGCUAGGCUAUCGUCACUCUAUUCUAGUGCCAGAGGAUCAUAUAUGGAAAGAAACAAUAAUAAUGACCGGGAAGACGUUGAGAACAUUGAACAGUUUGAUUGACUACUGAAGCAACUUUCCUUUUUUGUUGUGUUAAUUGGGUAGAUUGAUUGCCUUUUCUUUGGUUUAUAUUUUUUUAAACUGCUACUUACAUCAUUUUAUUAUAUGAUUUCAUUCUAAAGUUAUAACAGCUUCAUUAAAGUAGACAGGUUGCAAAGCGGAUUGAGUUUUUUAUGAUUAUGUGGGUUUUUUUUCGUGGGUAUAAUUCCGAAAUUGUAAGGAUUUGUAGGGACAAUUGAGGGAAAAUGCUCAAGGGGAAAGAAGGGAGAAAACGCAUGCGAUGUAGGUAUAUCUGGCUUUCAUACAGGGGCAACCCUGUUAAAAAGUCUGCAAAAGAUGUAAAAGGUGCAGCAAGAAAUUUAAACCUUUGCAUAAAUAUGAAGAAAAAAUGCACAAGAUUGUCAGUGAUUGCAACGUGCAUUGACUCAGAGAGCAAAAAUAGUGGGGCUCAAGAACAGUUAAUGCAAAAAAAAAACAGGAGAACUUGGUGACUUCUUGCAAUUUGUGAACUUCUUUCUGACCCUGUACAUGUAGCCAAAAGAAUAUCCAGGCAUUUCAGUAACUGGUAUUAGAGAGUUUCCGCUCGCCGACGCAGCUACGACCGGGACGUUUGCGAGGCCUGGAAAUAGCGCAGUCAUAAAAAAAUUGCAUACUCCGGUGAUUACUUCUCGUCCGGCCUACAACCCUAAAUUCGAAAAUUUCCGUUGGAGGAAGAACGCAGAAUUUUUAAGGUAAGAGUUAAAUGUUUUUGAUGUAAUAGUUUAAAGGUGAACUGACACGCAAAAAUAACUUGACCUCAAAUGAAGGCAUAUCGAGCAUAAAUACCUGAUACAUUAUUAUUUUUUAAAUAUUUAACACAGUUUUCGAGUUAUUGAGCGUCAAAGUUAGCCACCGAGCAUUUUCCGAGCACGGACGAGUUCGCCCGAGCCUUCCGCAUAAUCGUGACGUCACAAACACCAUGUUCACAUCACUUGAUCAACACGACAGUCUGAAAGGGCAUACUUUUAUGACUUUUCGGAUGAGCACCGAUACGUUAAUUGAGUAGAUUUUGGCUCCAUUUCGACAACCUAAUUGGAAAACAGAUUAUGACUCCUUUACAAACCUUUCAUAAUAAGAUUUGCCAGAAUAUCGUAUUAUCCAACGCGUUUGAGGCCCUUCCUCCGUCUUGGAGGACCCAGUGUGUGGCGGGCCAACAUAUCGUAUAAUGAUAGCGAUAAAUAUAUCGACAGGAUUUUCAUUUUCUGGAAACCUAAGUAAAAUACUUUUAUUUUGUUAAAUACGGCUGCUGUUAGACUAAUUUAUCAGCUAUCACCCCAUCACCCCCCCCCCCCAAAGUUAAUUUCGGUCUUUGAUCCAGGUUAACUUCAAUAUUUGCAGUAAAGAUUUCGAAUUUAAGUCACUCAUUUUUGGCAUAUUUUUUAUUCAAUCACAUGAAAGAUCCCCGAAUAGUAACUGAACAAGAUGAACUGAACUGUCCAGUCCGUGCGUGAUUUCCAUUCAAGGAAUAAAAACAUGGUGUUUGUGACGUCACACGCACUGGGUCACAUGAAAUGCCGACAAUGGUCGAGCACUCGACGAUAAUUUCAUGACAUUUAGAGCGGAAUUGCGUCAGAACGGACAAUAAUAAUUAACCGAAAACUUGAAAUUAAGAUUCCAUGCAUCGUUUUCUACAUUAUAUCAAAAAAUAGUUUUGCGUGUCAGUUCACCUUUAAAAUCGAUAUAAUUUUGAUUCAUCGAGACAUUAAUCUAUCUCUUCAAAGUAAAAACAGCUCAUUUCAGGAAGCUUUUAUUUGCAUUUCAGCCUUUCAAGCUAGUUUUUGCCCUUCACAAAAACACUAUACACUUAUCUAUUUUUCAACAAAUUUGAUAUAGAAAACUUGCUUGGGACAUUUCAGAAAAGUUAAGAAACAAAUAGAGCUUGAAGAAAGCUGAGAGUAGGACAAGUAACAAAAGCUAUUACAAACAUCUACCUGUUCUUCAAAGCCAACUUAUCUUCAGUUAUAAGUAACUCAAGUCCCCUUCAGGUUUCAGUUAUAAGUUAAAAUAUUUCAAUUAUGAAUUAAUUGCAUGAAAUUAAGAAAGUUGACAAAAGCAAGUGCUGAAAAAUGCAGCAGCACUAAGCCACUUCGCUACUAAAUGUUGACCUUUGUUUCUUAUAAAAAUGAGUGUUCGUCCAAAUUGCAAUCAAACUGCUAAGACUUUUUGCCAAAUUCUUAUUAUGCAUGUCAAAACGCAGCUUUCUACAUUUUCUGUUCUUAAAUAAACAGUUGUGUUCUUGUAAAAUGUUGAAUGUAUCCUGUAACAUUUACACCAGUCUGAAGAGCAUGGCAGAUUUAUGCACCAGGUCAAUGUAGUGCUAUAUGCUGAUAUUAGAAACUACACAUAACAUUUACUGCCAUGAGGUUUACACACAGAAAACCAACCUGAAAUGACUUUGAGCAUGUGAGAUUUUAUUUAGAACUGCCACACUCUGCAGACUGGGAUUAACAUAAUUAUAUCUAGAACAUCUGUAAUCAUUUAUGUUUCAUACAUAAUUUUUGAGUGAAAAGGUUUUUUUUGCCUUCAACCCUUCUUAAACCUUUUCAAACAGGCACAAAAUGACAUGGACCAAGCAGCAUGAUGUGCUACUUUGUAGAGAAGUGCUGGUUGUCCAGCCAUUUCAAUUUAGGCAUGGCUCCCAUGAUCGAAGGCAGUGCUGGGAGCAAAUUGCCAAUAAUUUGGAGCAUCCUCACUUCAUAGUUGACCAGAGGUCAGUGAGAGAUCGCUUCACCAAACUCGAAAAAUAUUUUAAAAGGAAAAAGGCCAGCGAGGAAAGAGCCAGUGGUAUCAGUCCAGAAGAGCCCGAUGAGCUGUAUCAGGCUCUUGAGGAUACUGCAAGGGAGCAGCAAGAACAGUUGUUGAGGGGAGAGGUAAAGAAGAAAAAUGACAUUGAGAAAGAAAAAGAAACAGCAGAGGCAGUGAGGAAGAGGGCAAUGGAGAUAAUGGGGGAGACAAGGGAGAGGGAGAAUUUAGAAAGAGAGAGGAAAAAGAAAAGGUAUGGGGGGAUACAGUGGAGUAUUUAAAGGAAAAGAGAGCGCAGGAAGUCAAAAAGAGUGAGAAAGAAUUUGAGUUGAAGAAGCGAGAUCUUGAGUUAAAGGAAAAGAUGCAGGAAGAAGAGAUAAAGAUGAGAAGGAAAGAGCAAGAAAUAAAAGAGAGGGAACAACUUAUGAGGGAGAGGGAAUUGGAGGCAAGGCUGAAGAAAGAUGAUGAAAUUAUAAAUAUUUUAAGACAACAGCUGCAGCAGCAACAGGCUAUUUUGGAAGAGGUACAGCAGCAAAACAAAUUGCUACUGUCCCUUUACCAAAGUAGCCUGGAAAAGAAGGGGUGACCAGGUUAGGACUCAUAGUAAAAAUAAUGGAACCUCCAAGUGAAAAUGCUGGUAUUAUUAGUACCAACAGAUCCUCUGUUUAUAAAACUCAUAAAUGCCAGAUAAAAUUCAUAUCCAAACAUUCCUUCUUUUCAAGUAAGAACUUUAUGACUAUAUUAUAAAGUAAAAACAAAUUUUAGAAGAUAAACAUGUUGACAAUUUUUGUUAUAAAGCCUGACCUAAUACAGAGCUUGAAGGACCAUGCCUACAGAUAAAUCUAAACUUGGUAGCUUUGGUAGCCUUUAAAAAAGCUGUUUGGGAGCUUUUAAAAAAGCUGUUUUUAUCUGUAGUAGUCUUCAAGAAGUGGUGGCUGCAGAUUGAAAAAAGCAGAUGUGUUGUUCCCAUACAGGCAAGUAAGUGCAUUGCGUAGUAGGGCACAAACAACAUCUUUCCAACGUCUUUCCAACUGCACUGAGGCCAAUCUUCAGAUCUUUCUUGAAGUCUGUGAAUUUAAAAUAAUUCACAAUAUCACCAAACACCCACUCAACAGAAAUAUGAACCCUGCUCAUGGAUUGAUUGAAAGCUUGCUCUUGAACAGUGGGGUUUGGUCUUCUUGCUAAGGUGCAUUGGAGAAAACUAUGAGGAUAUGCAGGAUCUCCAUAGAUGCACAAUGGCUGGCCAUCAGGUGUAAAGUAAUGUUGCUCCAACUGAUUUAAAAGACCUGACAUUGCCAGGAUGCCACUGUCAUGCCUUCUUCCUUCAACUGGACCAAAGAGGUUGGCAAUAAGUCCAUUAGGUACCACUACUGAUUGGAACUUGAUUGCGUGCACUCUUUUAUGGCCGUUAUAAACAGCCCUUUGAUCCUGGUUUGGUCUGCAAAUGGGCCUGACUGUCCCAUCCACGAAACCCCAACAGUUGUCUAAUGCAGUACCUUUCUGAUGAAUGGCAUCUGCAUAUACCUUCAGUUUAUGGCGUGACAAUAAUGGCUGAUCAAGGUUGGCAAGGAGGUAUCCAAAUCUGUCGAAGAAAUGGUCAAUCAAGAGAUUUACGACCAUACAGAGUUGUGAUACAGGCAUACCAAAACGAGGGAUGAGAUCAGCAAGUCUGCAUGGGUAAGCAAAUCUUUUUAGGGCGAUGCACAAGGCUUCGAUUUCGUCUACCACCAUACCAUUCUGACACUUGAAUAUUUCCGGGAGGCGCAAAGCAGCUGCAAGUCUAAAAUUUUAAUCCUUUUUGAAGCGAAAUUCCACUUCACAUUUCUCUUCUCGCAUCUCAAAAACAUUAAAACGUUUGUACUUAAAAUACGAAAGGCCAAUGUGUAAAAUAUAUAUUAGAAGUAACUACCAUCAGUUGGAGCAAAUGGAACUUUACAGACUAAUUCUUCCCCAGUUUGCAAUUGAGCCAAUAUAUCUGCAUGACUUCAGUACCGUCGGCUUUCUUCUGGAUGUCCCUUUUUAAGUUUUCAUUAAAAUGAAAAAUUGCAAGAAUAUGCCUGCAAAUAAAUUUAAAUUGCAGUUACAGAAAGAGUGAAUGCAAGUUUUCAAAUGCCAGUUGCAAUGAAUUUGUUACCAGUUACUAUGAUUUGAUAACAAAAUUUUACUUAUUAGAAUGUAUUGUCAAUCUCAGAAUUAAUAUUGUAGUUAUAAUAUACACCUGCAGAACGUCCCAAUCCCUUGAAAGUGUAGCAUUUUUGGAUGCCAUUGAUUCAGUGUUGAAUGGUAUCCCUCACAACAACUUGUUUGCACAAUCAGAGAUAAUUGUCAAAUACCAUUUAAAAGUUUCUUGUCCAACAAUAAUGCCUUGAGUUUGUUGUAGGCGACAAUACCUUGUAAUGAAGAUGCAUCUUUGUUAAAAUCUACAAUGACUGCACUGCUCAAUAAGGUUGUAUGAUAUAUUUUAUUUUAUUUUAAGUUUUCUAUCAUUCAUUGUUGGUUUAUAUGACUUAUCAUUUUUGAUCCAAUGCCUCUUCCUUAAUUUUUCUUGCUUAUAGUUUUGAAUAAGGGGUCUGGAUGAUUCUCAUGCUCAUUUGCAAUAUGGGGAAUAACUGACUUCCAUUUUGCUUCAAUUAGCUCAUGAAAAUCAUCCUUUGUUUAUGUUAGACACCAGUAUAAAUGAUUUCGAAUGGAAGAUGCCCAUUCACUUCUUCACUUCAAUCCAUUCACUUCAAUCCAUUCACUUCAAUCCUUCUCUUUACCUGCCUUCAGUAAUAUUUUUUCAUUGUUCUUGCAACAUGGCAGAUGUCAAAUUAAUGCUUUAUUUGCUUCUCUGAAUCCCGUUUCCAUUUUCCAAUACCAGUGUGGCGAUCAGAAACAAAAACUGAAAUCGGUACCUCCUAUUUCUAAGAAACUUCAUUCCUCUAUGGCACCCUACCAACUUCAUACUGGUACUACUUUUGCAUUCAUUUGCCUACAAAGAAAGAAAAAGUAAUUCAAAUCAGAUGACGAUUCAACAGCAUACAGAAAUGAUCAUCCUUACAUUCAUCAAACAAAGAAACAAUUUGACCAAAAAAUGAAGACCUUAUUAAAUGUAUGGUUAAUUCCAAAAUUUUCAUUUAAAAUCAUCUUUUGGAGAGAAUUGCAUAAAUUGUGCACAUAUGUAGAUACAUAUCUAUCUUUAUAAGCUUAUUUGACAUAACUGCACAAGCUCAAAGUGAACUAUCUUUAUUAUUUUCUCGCCAAAAAAGUAUAGCUGCCAUAUUUUGCAGAAUGGCCCAUUGAAUCAACCCGCCCAUCACCACAAACAAUAAUGCGAUCUGACAGCUGCAAAAGUUGAUUUAGUGUUGUAGAGCAGUAGAGUUGCCAAUGACGUAUGAUGCAAGGGAAAAUAAAGUUUUUCUGAUGACAAGUGAAAGUGAUUUGGAAAAGGACAAUGGCGAGGGUGAUGAUGAGGUUGACAAUGGGCACUUGAUGACAGUUUUCUGCAUAUUAAGCUGUAUCUUUGCAAAAUCUGUUGGAAAAUACAUAUUCCAUCCAGGAAUCAAGCAAACAUUUCACAAGGGCAAGCAAUGAAUGAAUGCUUAUGCAAAUUCCUUCAUGUGUUUGAUGUGAUAUGAACAUGCGUGCUCGUGCAUUAUCAUCAGAAUCACCUGGCCUGUUGUUUGUACUCUCUUUCCAUGCCAACAAAUACCCAAAGAAAACGUCAGUGAGCCAUGAAAAUCUGUGAUCAGAUUUGUCUUUAUAGGGCAGCAAGAAAGUUUUCCUUCUUCUUUCACCUUUUGACAUGCUGUGGACAUUAAAGCAGUCAAAAAAAUGGUCCAUUUUCUCACAGAAUUCUGCGGUUGCAGCUGCAUCAGUUGGACCAAAGCUCUUUAAAACACUACCCAUUGAGGAACUCAAAACCUGUGCGGCCAAACUAACUCUCAUAACAGAAUACAACCUUAAUUCAAUGUGGUCUGUAUACGGCAGGUUCACUUCUGCAAGAAUCUAUAUACCAUGUGAGUUCCAUGUUGAUUUUGUUGAUUUGGUGCUGCAAAAAACCUAUCUUCAGUUUUGAUGCUAAUGUGCACCCAAUGUGAAACUCAUGCUAAAGACAUGUCAAAGUCAAGUCAGAACUGUGUCAUGGCAUGCUAGCAUAAUGAAAAAGAGAAAAAAUCUGAGCCAAAGAUCUUAAUCAAUGAAGACUAGUGCUUAGAAUACCAAAAAGUACAAUAGUCAAGCUGAAAACCUGGCACAAUUCAAGGUUGUGUAAGUUCUUCUGCAGAGUUUCCCACACUCGUACACAAAAUAGUACACUGUUUCUGCACAGUUGCCCACAUAUUUCUAUUUGUUCUUGCAUACACAAGAACUUGUGGAGACCUUCCAUACUCUGCAGAUUUAACUUUGCAGGUGUUACUUAACCUGACUCGAUCUUGAACUUUCAAGUAAGCAACUUUCAAGUACCUAUUGUUUUCAUUACAUUACUAUAAAAGACAAUCAACAACUUCAUCUCAGUUUAGCUUGAAGUUUUCAUGUCGACAUAUUCUUUCAAAAGUCAUUUCCACCCUCACAACUUAGAAUGUCAUAUUUUCAUUCAUUGUAUGGUGACAUGAACAGCUUACUAUGAGCUUUUUUCAUCAUUGAGAUUUUGCUGUUAAAGCUUUGGCGAUCAAAUUUAAACAACUUGCAAUCAAAUUAAAAUUUUUCUAACACAAAUACGAUUCAAAACCGAAUAGAAUUAAUAUAAAUAUUCUUUCCUGUCGCUACAGGGCUUUUUAAACUAAUUAGUUAAAAAUAUGUUUACCAUGGCAAAUUUGCUCAUUUUGUGGGUUUUGCCUCCCACCUCCCCCACCUGAAAAAUGAAUUUCUGCCUUUGAACAUACAUAAAAUGAUUCUGGCUUUUGCUAUGCAUUACUAGAAGUACCUUCUGUUUCAAUAUUUCUGCAUGGCUUCUCCCAUAAACUCUAUCUGAUAGGCCCCUUUAAAUGAAAACUGAAGUGAAUCGAAUUGCAUGAUCUAAUUAGUGGGAAAGGCGGGCAUUUGCAACAAAGAUGUUCAAAAUGUCACAACAGAUAAAAGACACCAAUAAAUGGUCCAGAGAGAGAGUGUUUGCUUGUAUUAAUAUGACAGGGGCACUGUUCAAAAGUUGUCACGGACACUAGUUGCAAUGAAGCUUGAGUUCAGUGAGGCUGAGUAUCGCCUAUAAUUGAAAUUCUUCAAGGCCUGAGCAUGAGUUCAGGUAUGUUUUUAUUUUUCCUCUAUGUACAGAGGAACACAAAUUAAAGUGGAAAUACACCAAUUUUUCUUAUUGUGUAUUUUGGUUAAUUUGGAAGCCAAAUAAUGGGAAAUAACUUUCUUUCGGCAAUGUAACUCCCCUAUCGCAUGUUAUUGCCCCCCAAAGUUCCUGGCAGUGUGGCUCAGCUUUGUGUAUUACGAAUUCUGGGACCUAGCCUCUUGACCAUGUUGUAACGUUAAGUCACUCAAUUGUAACAAAACUAGAUCAACUCACUCAAUUUCAGCGGUAUCACAUUACUCACAAUUCUAAAAUUUGAAUUCUUUAAGAAAUGGAGAAAACGAGAAUUAUUCUUUUUCUUCAAUUCUUGCCAAAGAAGGAGUUAUCUGUCAAAAUUCUUAUUAUAGACAAAGAGUCACACCAUUCUUAAUAUCAAUCAUCUAUGCCUACUACAAUUAUCAACUUUUUACUUGCAAAAUAUUCCACUAUGCGGAUUUGCAUAGUCGAUAGUGGAAUAUGCAAAUAUUCCACUAUCGACUUUCAGCAUAGCAGUGUGAAGAAAUGUUGCAUGUUGCAAUAAAGGAACUUGAAACAAAGAAACAGGGUAUAGAAAUUCUGGCAGAUACUGCCAAGUCAAUGGAGAGAAUUGUUAGUCUCAGUCAAUUGUUAGUCUUGGGCAGAAACUUGGCAAUGGGCUUGCUUUUCUAGCACAAACAACAAAUGGCCAAAAUUAUCUAAUGCAAAGCAAUACACAACACAUGUUGAACCAUGGUUUCUGUGCAUCUACUGCAUCUCCAGUUGCAGUUCCUAAUCAAUAUCCAACACCUGCAACUUCAGUUUUUAAUCUGCAUCAUCCUGAUUUCUAAUCAAUGCUCUCCACAUACCCAAGCACCCACAUAUAUGACUCUUUUAAAUGAAGACAAUUGUUGAUAAGAGAGCUUGUCUUUAUGCAAUAUAACUAAAAGAACUGUCUUAAUGUAAGAGUUAAGUAACAAUAUAUUUUUGUAUUGGUGUCCUAGCAACAUGUUUACAGAUUUCAUUAUAUAUUCUGAAAUGAAAGCUACUUGUUGUUAGGUAACUCUACAGGUAUUUGAAUGGACAUGGAUGCUGAAGGGUGGGCAUGGCAGCCCAAUGCUUGUUUUGCCUUUUAAAAGGUUGGCCAGGAGUGCAAGAGUGUUCUUGUCUUGUAAAAAAAUAGCUUUUGAAGCAAUUGAUGUUAAGAAUGGGGAGACUUGGAGCAACAGCCUAAAAUUUUCUUCAAACAAGGUUUCUACUUUGAAGAGUAUUGAAAGCUAUUUUAAAGAAUGUGGGUGCAAAGAUUUUUGGGACUGUGAAUAACACAACAUAAAAAAUGUUUUUCUUUCUAAAUAUAGUUCAUAUUUAGUCAAUAUUGCCUAUUGUUGGAGAAAAUUACCAAAGUAUUUUGUCAAGCUCUCUCUUACUCUGCUUCCUUCUUCACUAUUGUGUGUGUUUGAUCUGUCAGCAGAUGUAUGGUGUUAACAGGCCUGAUUUUCAUUUUCUUCCAUGACUUGGUCAUGGAAACCGUCAAGACUUUACUGUGCUUCUUUAACUUCACAGAAAUUGUGGAAGAUGAAACAUGUAUAAAUCAGUGUUAGUGCAUGCUCCAAUGCAAUAUCAAUAAGUCUGUUGAAUAUUCUCCAUCUUGCUUGCUUUCAAAGCACACUCGAUUUGGUUUCUAACUGGCCUUAGCAUUUCAUUAAAUAAAACUUGGUUUUUGUCGCUGCAUCUUUCAAACUCUUUCAUUGUAAUGGAUAAACAGGGUCACUAAUCAGUAAUGGAGGAAACACAACAUCACCUUCAAUUAAUACGCGCUCUAUAUUAGGCAAUUUUUCUCAACAAAUAGCUUAUUUAUGGCACUGUUUGCAAAAACUCUGGCAUCAUGUACACUUCAAGGCCGUGAACAAUCAAAGUCCAUAAACAGCCCAUUUUCAUCACAUACAGCUUGUAUAUUUAAUGAGUUCUUCAUUUUGUAGCAAAAAUAGUCAUGUGGAUUUUCAGUUGGUUGUUUUAUUGGAAUAUGGGUUAAACAGCAAAAUGAAACCCACAUGACUAUUUUUCCUACAAAAUACAAUACAUCCCACAACUUGGGAAAAGUCAAAUUUGUCUUCAAACCUAUUCACGAGUUGCUUUAAUUCAGUCUCUGAUUUUGGAAAUUUUAUCAAUUUAAACCCAAGCAAUUUCACAGUAGUUGGACAAACCUGUUUAAUAAUUACGGACAGUGUACAGGGUGAAACAAUAAAUAUGUUACUCAUCAUUCUGGGUGAUCAUUAGUCAUUGAUAGAACGUCACGGCUAAUUAACUUCAGCAGUAACUGUAGCAUGCCUGAAUGAUUUCGGAUUUGGUGAAAUGUGUGGCGUAACUUCUGACAACAGGUCUGAAAGGAUUUUUCUUGACAUUAUCAAGUUAAUAUGCCAUUCUCUGUCGCUUAAAUUCCAUUACAAACAUUUAACCACCACGCACUUGUGUAACCAUGCUUUUUCUAUUGUUGCUUUUUGUCAUUAAAAAUCUAUUUCUCAUGGCUCUGUAUCGGCAAAUGGCAUGAUUUCUAUCUUCAGCGGCAGCUGUUAAUUUUUCCUUAAUUUCUUGCUGUUGCAGGAAUAUCUGCAUAGCUAGAAACAACUGGCUUUGUAGCAAUAUGCAGCCAGUUGUUGUUGGGACCAAGACCCUCCUUGAUAUCUUUGUAAAACCCCACAAAGUUAUUAUUAUUACCUUCAUUAGUGUAAUAGGUGCCAAUGUACAUGGUAUCAUAUAGCGUUAUAAUUUGAAUUUUGAUUCAAUCUUUGAUUUAAAACAGUACUAGCUUACAUGUUUUGAUUCACCAUACCCAAUAAGGACAUACACAUGGUUAAUGUCAAUCGACAAGUAACAGUGAUCAUGAUUAUGUAUAUUGUAGCACCAAAUUAGUUGAGGAGUUGGUUGGAGUUGGAGUUGAAGUAACAAUUGUGAGCGAAUAUAUAAAAUGAAACGCUUAUAGAUUUGAUACUAAACAGUUUGUACAGAAUGGUGAUUUUUCUCUGAAUUUGCAACUUACACUUCGUUCAUUAAUAUAUUUUAACAUAUGGGCGCCUCUAGAAAAAGUGGUCCCAACAUAAUUGGAGACACCGCCACGUUACAGGGAUCGAAUGAUGACGAGGGAAACUGAUGGAGGUGUAGUGCAUUAAAUGGCCACGGAAACAAAGCAAGAAUCGAAGAAACUACGGAAAGCAAGAGAAGCACACAGAGCGUAUGUUACAAGAACAAUCGCCAUAGCUAUGGAAAGAGUAAGGAAUAGAAAAUAUGGUUGUUGUUUUAUUUUCAUUAGGAAAGGGUUUUAAGCUGUAGAAUGUACAUCUAAAAUUAUGUGUAAGAAGUGCAAUGGUAAACAUCACGCAUCGUUGUGUAAUUAUCCCAAGGAUUUAACCAUAAGAAAGAAUCCUAGCCCUUUAAGACCCCCAUCUCCUCUUUUUGAAGGAACCUCUACCGGUAGCACUAUCGUAGCAUCCUGCACUAAUAGUUUAGGCACUAAUUAGUUAAAGGUCAUAGAAGGCAAAUGUGAAAUUUAGAAUUUUCUAACUUUGAACUACUAUUUAGAAUAACUUAUCAGAAAUGUGUUGGUUGCAGUUUUUCUUGGAUCCGGGUAAAAUAGACUUGAUUACAGGGUUUUUAGAACAGUGCCCCCAACUGAAAAGUGCCCUAAGACAUAACUCGCAAUUCACUCGCAUACAUUCAAAACUUCAUUUUACCUUUAUGCAAGAUGUCAGACAUUGACAGUCUGUCUGAUAUAUGCGAAGAGCAACAGCUCAGCAAAACAUUGUCACAGUUUUCUCUCAACGUUGAGGACCCUGGCCAACGAAAACGCACUCGCUGCUGCUGUUGGUGGAGUUGAUUCCCUUGGCCCAUACAUGGACGAACCCCUAGCAGACGAUGAGUGGACUGAAAAUUAUAAUCAGGAGCGAAAAGAGGAAAAGCAACAAAUUGAAAAGCUGAACAGACACUUAAAUGGAACAGAACCACUGAUGACAUUAACGAGAUUUUCUUUUGCUUAUUAUACAACCCCCAGCAAGUAAAAAAGCUUAUAGGCCCCGCAGGCCUAGGUCGGCCCCAAGGUCUAGAUAUGAUAGAUGGCAGUCAGAGAUCAAAACGCAGUUAGUAUCUUAUAACUUUCAAAAUUUUGAUUAAGUAGAGAAAAAGAUUUAUAAAAGCCUUAAGUGUUCAAAUCUUGGCCCAGUUAGGAAUAUAUCAUAGCUUUUAGCAAAAAAUCUCCGAUAUUGAAAAAAUAUUUUGAAUCAAUUAUAUAACUUUCAGAACACCUUGGCUCUUCUCCUAUCUCUUUGAGAUCUUUUUUAGGAAAACCCAAAAGCAUGCCAUUGCUGUAGAUAGGUUGAAAACUGCCCAAUUGCCCUUCAUGAACCUAGGGUUGUUCAGCAACUUGGAGUAACACCGCAAUGUUUCAUAGAAUACCCUGGUUUUAGUCCAGUUUGCUUAAAUGAGUGAACACUUCAAAUAAUAGUUGACCAAUUUAAAACUUCAAAGCACACACGUUACAAAAACCUUGGUUCUGAGAAGAGGUAUGCAGUGAAUUUCAAGACUUAUCACUCAACGUUUAAAAAAUUUCUAACCAUUUUCUAGUAAAAUCUAUGUAGAAUAGAGAGGGCAUUAAAAGGUUUAGUUAGACUAAUGCACGCUUAAACAGUUUGUAACAACUUUUGCUAAAACAUUUUGUAACUCUUAAUACUUAAAAGAGGCACUGACCAAAAAAUGAUCAGUUCACGGAAGAAGACUGGAUUUAUUGGUAUGGUAGUGUCAAUAAAGUCAAUAAUAUCCAUAUCAAAAGAUCUGCUAACACAACCAGUCAAUCCACUAUCAUAUUUACUAACAUACAGGUUUUCACAAGAUCACCUUGAAGUUUUUUUCCCCUGUAUUCGAGCAAAACAUGGUUGGAACAACAAUCCAAACUCAAGCCAGUUUCAGUCUGCCUUAAGGAGUAUGCUCUUUAAUCAUUCAAUCAAAGCUUCAUUAAAUGCAAAUUGUGUACAGUAGGAGCAUGCAGCAAAGACAGCAAUAUUCACACUUAAAUGGUCUAAACGAAUUUCUCCCUUGAAAGACAUUGAUAUCCCUAGGUGACGAAAGUUCCAUCUCUGAUGAACCUGAUCUUCCUAACUGUCUGAACCCAUUUAAGGAUAAUAUUAUUUACUACAUCUCAGGAUUCAUUUGCAGAAUUGCAGAAAGAAUCAAGGCUUCUAUUACUUGCAAAGACUUGCUUCUUUCAAUAAUCAAUUCUGCUCCAGUCUCAGUUGAUGAUCAAGGUCAUUCCUCCAUUUCUCUAACAAAAAGGAAAAUAGAGGUGGAUUUAUUAACGCGAGCAAGGGGGUGUUUGAAAUACUGAAGCUAUGUGAAAGGCUUUUUUCACUCAAUUUUUUAGAUAAGAAAAUUAAGAUCACAACAGAGGGGGGCAUUUGCAAAAAUGAUCACUGCUUGUUGCCACACAAUGUCACCAAAGGCUGCCUCACUGUUUCCUGAUCCAGGUUAUGGAGACAAUCAUGAAGCACAAAUUAUAAAAGAACUUUCAAAAAGAUAUCUGACAAUGCGCCUUCAAACCUAUGCUCGACACUACAAUAGGUAUGUUGUGAAUAAAGGGCAAGCCUCAAUAGGACACAAGCUGACCAAGACUGUUAUUUUUAAAAACCAGUAGAGGUAGUUUAGCUCAAGUUUAAUGGUUUUCCUUUAUUUUUAGGGAAAACAUAGUAUACAACAAAUUCCUGAGAAAAAAAUUUAGACCCUAAAUUUUUAGAUUUUGACAAUUUUUUGAUUGAUUGUUGAUUGAUGCAUGUUUACUUUCUUUAAGAAUACCUUGUUCCACCAGUGCAUGAAUUGUUUUUAGCACAAUCUCGCAUGAAUGAGGUGUAGUGCUUUGGUGGCUCAAGGGCUCAGCCUCCAUUUAGAUGAUAAAUUUUUGGCUUUUUUUCAUUGUUUCCUGAGACAUGUUUUCACCAUUGCUAUGUCUUCAAGAGUCCCUUGCUAUUGUAUGGCACAACACCGCUGGUCCUGUUUAUAUUUCUAAUUGCUAUUGCUAUUGCUAUUGUAUGGCAUAUUGCUAUUGUAUUGCACAACACCACUGGUCCUGUCUAUAAUAACUAAAAUAUUUCUGAUAUGUUUUCUUUAGAUCGGUGAAACACGCGUAAGGCAGCUCUCAACUUGGAGUUUAAACUAAUCGAAGAAAAUAUGAAUGGCUCUCAUUUAAAAAGAUAUCUUAAACAAUGUUUGUCAAUAGUGUAGGAAAUACCAACUGCAAUGUAACGGAAAGAACCAGAAAAAAGCUAUGAUUCGAAGACAAAAAUGAUCGCCAUUCUUUAUAUCUAAGUAAGUGAAAUACAUAUCAAUCGAUUACUUCUCGAGAAAAUUUAAAGAAAAAAAUCUACCACUUCCAGUUUCAAAAUUCGUAAAAACCACAAGAAUUUUCAUCUGUGGCUACACUCUAGGUUUUUGGGUUGCGCGCUGUCGUUCCUUCGUACAUACCGACUGCCGCAGCAUUUUACUUCGUACGGACGAAAAGUUGCCAAAAUUUAUAGAUAAGGACACUCAGAUAGUAGAAGUAUCUUUACAUCUUGCCAUCAUUUUGAUAUUCACCCGAAUUGACUUGAAAGUUUGCAAAUACAAACUUUAUUUCCAGAGCAACUUCGUAGUCUUUCAUACUUAACCACCGUCCUUGAGCCGUUUUUAUUACCUCUUGCAAAAUGGUACUGCACAUAUCACACAAAACAUCAGUUUGCAGAAGCCUCGUUCGCACUCUACUGUGUUAAUUAUCCCUGCGUUAUCCUCUUUAAACAAAGUCCCUGCGUUAGUUUCUCUCGGUGCCCUGUGGUUACGUUGUGCAUGCCAAGUACACUUUCCCAUCUAUUUUAAUCAUGUAGCUGCACUGCUGUAAAAGGAACUAUCUGAGCUCCUGAUAGGGCAUUACCAUUUUUUUUAUUCUUUGUUAUCGCAAAUAUCAGUUUCCUUUUGUAAUAUUCACUAGUUACAACAAUGUCUAUCAUAUCAGACAAAAGGCUAUCAGCCCACUGAGCUUUCCUUCAACUCUUGUUCUUCUUUCCAUUUUUCUUUGUGAAUUUGUUCAGUAAUUCAUCAGUAUCUUGAUCCUUGUCAGAGUCUUCCUCAUCUUGAAAGUUGUCAUGUUGGCUUUUGCCAUUGUAAUAGUUUGCAGCAGAUGAUGGAGAUGGUGAACAAUGUCUGCUGAAAAAGGUAAGACAAAACUUUGAGAAUAGUGGAGUCUUUGUAAUAUGAAAAUAGGCCGCGUGCGGCAUUUCGCACGCCUUGGUUACUUUGCACAUGCGAUGCGAACUCCUUUUUAUCGGUUGUUUCUCAUCCCUGUUGUCAAGAACUGGGUGCUGCUUUUAAGGAGACCUUUUGUGUUACCAAGUUACUGAACGGAAACCAAGGUAAUUGACAGGGAAACUGUUCUUGUUCUUUCUCAAAGAUGUUAAAUUUAAUUAGUCACUCAAAAAAAUCUGGAUUGAAAAAAAAAUUCUAUUACCCGUAGACCCUACUCAAAAAUUCUAUUACCCGUGAAUAUCUUAGCGGAUAUUCAUAAAAAAUAUCUUACCGUUAGCUUUAUUUUUUUGUUUUGGAAUUGAGCUAACAAUCAAAUGAGAAGGAAUGGGUAGAGAAAUGACACAAACGUCGAAAUUAACACACUUUCUUUGGGCACAAAAACAAGUUUAAAAUAAUUUAAAAAUAAGUAGAGUCACCCUCAAUUUCUUCUUCAUCAGAGCUUUCUUCAGCUUCCUCCUCCUUAUCUAGCUUUGGUUUCUUCGAUAAACUGUUGUAAUUAUCCAGCUUUUGCUUUCUGCAUUUCAAAAGAUAGAUCUUUGUUGCCCUUUUCAAAAUAUUCUCCCUUUCUUCGUCAGUCCAUAUAAUGUCAUUGACUGCGAUGCGAAGUCUCAUCUCCAUAACCCUGUGUGACAUUAUCUGACAAUAAUAUGCUGAGAAUACUGAAUGCUCUCUCUACCGAUGAAUUGGAGCCAGAUAUUGCAACCAUUAUCUUUGCCAGAAUGCACAGGUUGGGGUACUCGUCUGCCCUGUGAGAAAGUGUAUUUUUCCACAGCUUUCUUGCUUCAAUCCCACAAGCAUUAUAUUGUACGUAUUUUUUGAAUGACUUCCAUUCCUUGAGAGCUUUCGAAACAUCAAACUUCGUCUUGCUGAGGGGGGUUUUGAAAAUAGCUGCAAAAGCAGUGAUCUCUGGAACCCCGUAAUCAUUGUUGUCGUUCCAUUGCUUUUGAUCAAACCACUUCAUCGUACUAAAUACUCCAUCAGCAUCAUCAAAGUAGCAUCAUUCUUUUCCGACUUGAAACCAAAAAUUUCGUUCUUUCCCCAACCAAUGAAUGUUGCCAGCUCCACUUUGUUUCUUUUCGCCAUGAUUACCGAAGAACAGAAUAAUCAAUCGAACAGUAAAAACAUCUCUAGGAUCGAAAAUUUAAAUUACCGGGUUUUGACAGUAAGCACCAGGUAUUGAUUGCAGAUUAAUCCCCCUUGGGUCAACUGUUAAGCGAUCUUUUUGACGCUGUUGUUAAAUCCCUUACGGGAAUACUUUAACAACACCUUGGACAACAAUAGAACCGACUUUGAGUUGAGCAAUUUUAAAAAAAUUUUGUGGCAAAUUCUUUGUUUUGCGCGUGCAAUGAUUAGCACGCCUUGGACAAUUUGCGCGUGUGUGGAGGCCGAUCGCAUGGCUCAUAUUACAAAGACUGAUAGUACCUAGGUGUCUGGAGACUAAACCCAUCUAUUUGAAAGAAACUACUUGCAAUUAUUCUACCAGACCACAAUUUAUACAACCAAACACAACAAUCAUAAUUUGCAGUUUGAACAUUCCAGGUCACUGAAAAGAUUUUGACUCUGCACAGCAUUCACAAAUGUUUAUGUUUCAGUUCAAUCUCUUGUCGGUACUUAUUCGUUUCAAAACCUUAUGAGCAAAUAAUUUAUCAUCAAGUCAUUGUGCUGUAAUAUAUUCUGUUAUUCUGUACAAUAUGAGGUUAGUAUGGCUGGUAGUUGAAAUUCAUAAAUUGUUCAAAAUGAACUGGGAAAUUUCUGUCAACAUUGAAGAGGGGGUGGGGGGAUGGCAGGGAGAGAGAUAAACUUGACUCCCCAGUUGCUCUGUAUUAUUGGGCAAUGUUACAGUCCAGCAUUUUCAUAACAUCAACAAUUGAAAAGGUAAAAUGUUGAAAUAUCAAAUUCAAAAUAAUAUGUAGCCACACCUUGCACUUGGUGACCCACAUGAAUAGAGCAUCUAUGCACAAGAAACUUUUCAAGAAAAAAAGCAAUAUUUCUUGCUGGAGGAACAAAUACCGCAAAACUUCUCGUAUGCUGACUCCAUGAUUGAGUUUUUGAUCGUUAUGUUUUUGAAAGUGAAAAGACGAUUGUUUAAGAACUGGUUCAUUUUCCAAGCACAGCCAAACCAGGGGGGAAAUACAGUGGAUGAUAUCUAGUAAUUUAAUUUGCAGAACAAACAGCUCAUGGAAGAACUGUUAGAGAAAGAAGAAGAAAUAGUGGCACUACCAUAAAAAUUGAGGAAACUCCAAGGGCAAAGGCUUCCAUGAAUGAUAAGCUUGAAAAAAAUUAUAAAGAAAAGAGAGGCAAAUGGAAGCUCUCAAACAACCAAAAUGCCAUGUUAAAGUAGCAAAAUUCUGUCAUGCAGCUUGCGUAAUGGUCAAAAUUACUAAGGAGAAUGUUGCUAUGGGAUCGACCAUGACAGUUGAUGCUCCCUUGUUUGCCGAGUUCACUCAUAGAAGUGUCCCUUUACGACAAGAAAAAAACCCGUUUCGGUUUUAGACAGCAACAACUUUCUUAACCUUAUAUAGCUACAAAAGACAAUUAAAAUGAGUCUUUUCAAAAACUAUUUUUGCUGGUCUUUCAAAUUGGACACCAGUGACAUUAAAGAGAUACCAUAUUUGGGGAGGGAAAGAUGCUGGUGUGAAGAGGAUUAGCUACCACGUUUUUUGAUGGAAAGCUACCACAAGGGAAAGGAAUUUUGCAAUCCAAUACUUUUAUCUGUGCUGCAGGACUUGAACAUUUCUAGAGUUAUCACAACCCUCAAUGAUCACAUGUUUGAUUCUGCAGCAACUGACAACCACAUCUUCCAUUUGAUAAAGACAAUUUCUAGUUGUUACUGUAAAGUUCGCUUUCGUCACCUUGCCAAAGAGACAACCAAUCAAAUUUCAGGGGACAAAGUCCGAAAAAAAUUAAAUAAACUUGUAUUAUUUAAACAUCAGUAAUUACAUGAUUAAAAAGGACAUACAGGAUGUGCACUAUGGAACACAGCUCUCUGCAUUGAUUGUUUUAGGCAUUGGAUUUGUAAUAUCUGUUAUCUUCUAUUUUUGAGAGAGAAUCUUGGGGUCAAAUGAAAUUCAUCAUUUUAUUUCAUGUGGCUGUUGAACUGUAUUACGUAUAUACCCACUACUUUGCUUCCUUUGAGAAUUUGUUGAAGCUAGAACUUAUUUUCUUUUGCGUUGACCAAAUUCUGAUUCAUAUCCAUUUGGUAUUUUUGUCACGUAAAGGUGUUUUAGUUGAGAUGAAAUUUAGGACAAUGAUCUUUACGAAAUUUAGGCCCUUUCAUAUAAAUAAAAAUAGCAAGAAAUUCAUUUUACAACACUCAAGUAAAUCACCAAACUAAGCAUUAUCUUAUUUAGCAAUUAAACAUGCCAUUACAGGCCUAUGUAAGUAAAAGUAAAUUUGACUGUGUAGUGAUUUCAGCAUGAAUUUAUGAUUUUGAUUGAAAAUAGAGAGAAUAUUCACCCGCCGCGCUGAGAACAGACCAAAGUUGCUUUCUUCAAAAACCCUUGUAAAACGAUGAUUGCUUUGAAUACUCCUGUUAUGUAAUGAAAACAGACGUAUAAAUGGAUAUCACAGCUAUCUCUUCGUAUUGUACUUACUCCUGUUAUGUAAUGAAAACAGACGUAUAAAUGGAUAUCACAGCUAUCUCUUCAUAUUGUACUCGCUGUCAAGUCUCCGGUCCAGCCAAGAUGGUGACGGUUGUCUGGAAAUUGAUUCACUCCUGUAACUAAGAUACUCGAUCCAGUCUUUUUUGAGAUCAGUGGCUGAGAUGCAAUGAGCUUAUAUUGAAUCUGAAGAAAGGCAUGACAAAGUUGAUUCAUUUUGGAACAGCACAACAAAUUGCACAACAGCGAAACAAGCCACUUACAGUCACAGCCAACCUCAACAGUUAUUAAGAAUACAACACUUGAUAAAUAUUUCGGCAUCCAACUGGAUACCAUACUAAACUUGAACUCCCAUUUAGACAAAUUUUUCAAGCAUGCAUCUGGUAGACUGCGACUACUGGCAAAAAUAAAAUCAUGCAUGAACAAUGCUACAGCAAGUACAAUGUAUCCUACUAUGAUUCUUCCAACAUUUACUUAUUGUUAAUUACAACUAAAGCUCACAAACACGUAAAUAAGCAGACUUUCCUCAUUCCACUCUCGACCACUGAAAAUUGUUUAUUGUGAUGAAUCAGCAGACGAAGGACUUGUGUCAGUUAUAAAUGCGAAUAAAAUGAGAGCUUGUAAACUUGUGCGAAAAUGCCUUGACAAAGAUAUCUGUGAACAUUUUCAGAAUUAUUUUACUCUGAGAGAGCAUGAAAAGGAAACAAGAAUAACAGCUCUACACUGCAAUUACCGAGUAUUAAAAAAUAUUGUGCACGAAAGUCAUAUCUGUACAUGGGUGCUUAAGUGUACAAUGAGCUACCUCUAGCCAUAUGUCAGACAGAGACAUAUAAGGAAUUUGUUGGAAAACUUAGAAUGCACUUUUUGUGACAUGAUAUUAAUGGUGUAACAAGCAUUACUUCAUCUCAAUGUGACAUAAGGUUUUAUAGAUUUUAUUCUUGUAAGAUUUUUUCAACGCCUUUUAUACAUUUUCUUUCAAUUUCAUUUAAGUUUUUAGGGCACACAGUGAUAACAGCAAUGUUGUAAAUGUUGAAGUGUUUAUCUUAUACAAAUAUUCGUUUAUUAUUAUCAUUUUUUGCAACAUAAUUGGAUUCUCUGUAUCAUUGUAAACUUUGACUUUGAAAGACCUACUCCUCAGCAACACAAUCAAAGCGUUGUUGAUUUCGAUACCUGGUGGCCAAAACCCAUUUUCAUCAGGUACAAAUAACACUGGGGUCUUACUGUUAGUUAUUUCAGCGUUGCACUGCCAUGAAACUUUUAUAUGUUGUUUUGGCUGGAUUGUGAUAUUUGAUCUUUGAGAACUUAUCAAUGCUAAAUGUGUGUCUUUUACUUCCAAAAUCGCAUUUAUCAAAGCUUCAGUGGUUUCUUUACAUUUUUGUUGAAAUGCAGUUUGAAAAGACUGAAGGAAUCGUCUUUUAUCUGAGCUCUCAAUUUUACGGAUUCUUUGAUUACUUUAAACCCUAUAAUCGGCUAAGCAAUAUUGCCAUCUGACACCAAGAAUGGCACUUUCAAAAUGGAUGGACCAUUUAUAUCGUCAAAUAAUUCAAAGUCUAAUUAGGCGAAACCAUGGUACAGCACAGAGGUGUCGUUUGCAGUUAAUAAUUCCAAACUAAAGACGAUUUUGAGUAACUUUUAACUUUCAAAUCAGGAAAAUUGACUUGCAGGAAUUCAGAUGACAAAAGACAAAUUUGAGAUCCAGUGUCCCACAGUACACUUGUUUUGUUUCCGUUUAAUUUAAAGUCAAUAGUCCAUUUUUUUCCAACAAGUUGAGAAAUUCUAUUAUGUUCUUUAGGUGUUAAAUGAGAAUUGAUUCUUGUUUCGUGUUCAUAUCCUUCCCAUCUUGUACUAGCGAAAGUAUGCAUCACGUUGCGUAGUACCUUAGGUUCCUGCCAAUGAUUGUUUUGAUAACUCUUACUGCAAUAACAAGAAAGUUAGUGGAGACUAACUUGCUUCUUGAACUGAAGCAAGAACUUCUUAAUGAGUUCCUGAUUAGCUUCACUUUCUCAUUUUCAACAGUAGUCACUAUGUAAUAUUUGACACAACUCAGUCUAGCUCAAAUUUUUGAUACUUUCUAAAUAAGAUCGAAUAAGAAGGCUUGGCGAAACAGAAUCACAACAUCUGAAAUUUUCUUUUCUGACCAACCCUUGUUCACAGUACUUUUGAUUUGUUUAUUUAGGCUUGUAUGAGAAAUACAAUUCUUCUCAUUAGAAAUUACGCCUUGAAUUUUGAGAUCUUUAAAUCUGACUAAAUCUGUCAUUUGCAUAUUACUAUCUUCAACAAAGAGAGAUUUAUUUAUUUCUUCAGAUUUUGUUGGAGUUUGAGGUGACCUUGACAAAAAAGGGGCACUUACUUGCGUCCAUACUACUCAGCCUUUGGAUUCGUUGUUUUGCUUCCUUGAUUUUAUUUUCCUGGUCUCUUAGCACUUUCAUUAAAUCUUUCUGCAUCAUCGCUGUCAUCCUUUGCUUUUUACACCAACUCUUCUCUUUCCUCGUCACUGUCUUUGCCUACUGUUUUCUCUCCAUGUAUUAAUGCAAUAAUAUCCCACAGUUGUCUUAAAAUCUUUCCUCCAUCGUCUUCUUUUUCUCCAAAUGUAGAAGUUGUACCUCCAAUAUCUUGUAGAGUGUUGUUUAAAUUGUAGCUCCUCUGCCCUAUUGUAGCUGGCCAUCUUGAGCUCAACCCUUUGCCAAUAGUCUAGACAAAUCUCUCAGGUUGUCCAAGACAAAUCCGAAGACAAGCAAAUCUUGAAAAUUUCAAAUCAAACAUUGAAGACAUCAAAUAACAUCCAGUCCGAAACUAUAGUCUAACUGCCGCUAAGCGAUGCGAGGCUGCUCAAAGGCAUUGAGUCAUGAUAAGUAGACUGGGUAUACCCUAAGUGCCAAAAUCUGCUCAGUCAUGAUUUCCAUGACUGCGAUGCUAUUGGUUGACCUUGAACUGGUCACAUGAACCCACCUCGUACUGAUAAACAUAACAGUUUCCAUCAAUAGCAAGUUGUCAACAACGAAUGCCAAUAUCACAUGAAACAGCAGCGAUCACGCUGAAACCAAAUGACCCCCUAUAGAGAAACCUAUUUACCAUGACUCAAUGCCUUUAAAUAGCAACUACCCUCUGCUUCCAAAUUGUUAGGGCCCAAUGAGGUCAGUAAGACGCAAGAAUGAUUCGAUCUGGUAGUGGAAGCGACUUGAUUACAACUUUUACAUGUUUUCGUGCCUAAAUCAACUGAAUCUCAUACAAAAAGUGAUCAAGUACUCUCUCUUGUUUAUUAUAUUACAGGACGAGUAUGUUUUUUAAAAAGUUCCACCCACUUGUAUCAUGAGUUUGCUCUCGUAUACUCCUUGCAAUAAAUAUUUGAUACAACUUUCAACUUUUGUCCUUCACAAAUGCAGUGAAAAAAUAUAGCCCAAAUUGCAUUGUACAUGGCUGUUAAAUUGUUUGAACUGUUACGUAUGGCAUAACCAAAGUAAUUUUGAAAUGAGUCAAUUACUCAGUCUGUUAAUCUCCCCCUUCCUCCAAUGGUUCCACCAUCAGCAAGUGUCUUUCCUUUUGCGCUAAGUUUAAGGCGACAAAGAUUUGUCCCCAUCCACUUCUGGAUAUGGCCAACACAGUCCUAUUUAUAAAUAAAAUAGGAUGAACUAUAUUCCUUUGACAAUGCUUCUGACACAACUCCAUAGGAUGAUGGGUCACUAUCACUUACAUAGGUUGUGUACUUCAGGCUAUGUUUCUCAACUUUUACCAUUCAACUUUACAAAUGUAGUGUUUUGGUAUUUUUAGCUCCACUUUGCGUGAUCUUUCAAAUUAUGUAGAUAAAAAUGUAUUUUGACAUAAUUAAUUUUUGUUAAUGCGUGUGGCAUUCUGGACCGUAAAAUACACUAGCACGUGACUUUUGGAUGGGUCCAAGGCUAAAUCUUUUCGUUGUUACAAAAACUUUCUUUGAGCAAAGUUUCAUGAUUUUACCCCUAUUAGCACAAGGUUUGCACCAAGUGACUCCACUCUAUCAACUUUGUUUUUUAUUUUAUGUACGCAUAUCAAGGCAUGAAUGAAUUAAAAUGAAUACAAUAGCCACUUUCUAAGUAGUUGUAACUUUUUUUGGCUUACAUCUUUUCUACAAGUAAAAUUGUCCAAUUCUUUAAAAGGUAUGCCUUUUAUGAUCUCACAGUGCACUUUCUGUCACUGCUAAGUCACAGAGUACUAUCAAUUGUUGUAAAUAUACCAUUAGAACAAACAUUACCUUCAUUUUUUGUUUCUUCGCUGAAUUCACAAUGCCAGAACUUUUUUCCCUAACAUUCGCUUAUCCCAUUUGUUAUGUGCGGCCAAAAUAUGCAGGUAUUGCGUCCCCCCUUCUAUUAUAAAACGUAAUAAUGGACAGGGCAAGGCAAAUAUCAAAGAUCAGCAACAGUUCUUUAAAAUAGCUAAAUUUGAAAGAGAGUUUCUAAGAUCUUAAUUAAUCUCUUUGAUAUCAUCACUGUCAAAAAUAUCAUCACAUUCUAAGUUGCAUUCGUCUAGGAUUUUUUGCAGCAAACACGCUGAUUAUUCUGUCAAAGUUGAGUGGUACUGAUCGAUGAAUGCACAUAAGUGCCAGUCCAUUAAGUCGCUCUUUGCCUAUUGUACUUCUUUUGUAAUCUUUCAUCUGUUUCAGGGUUGAAUUCGAUCUUUUACACUCGCAAGUAGUUACUGGUACAGUUCCCAAUAUAUUGAGUGCUGCACAAAUGGGGGAGGUGUCUUUCAUAAGAUUGACAUCUCUCAAUGUUGUUGAAAGAUCUUCAGGGAGGUCAUUUUCUGAUUUUCUUCUGCAGUACGUCUCCCACAUAUCCAUCUCUGUUUCAAGGUUAUUAAAAACUGGCAUAUCAUCUUCAUAGGAAUUUUAAAACUGUUUAAAAUUAUCUUUCCAUGGCACAAGAGCUUUGUUGUUCAACCUUUCUACCACUGUUUUGGGAAUAAUAGGUAAACCUCUCAUCAAGUUUACAUUGUAAUUAGAAAAUCUUGUUUCAAUUUGGGUAACCAUAUGGUCAAGAAAAAAACCAGCAAAGAUCUUUUGUAAUAAUCGUCUGGGUCAUCGGCAGGAACAUUAGAUUCUAAGUUAGCAAUUAGGAAAAUUUUCUGUACGUCUCUGAAUGCCACAGGUUCUUGGGAUACAUGGUGUUAUGAAGACUUUUGAGGCUAACUGAACUGCCUUUUCAAACAACUCUGUUGAAUAUUUAUUUACAUCUUUUCUGACUUAACUGAAACUUCCUUUUAAGAGACAAACACUGUUGUUGCAUUGUGCAAAAUCCAUUUGCCUUGUUUGAAGAAGAACUGUGGUGGGUCUUGUAAAAGAAAGCAAGCGACAACUGAUAUCGAAUGCUAUAAUGCUGUCAAAAAAGUAAAGAGACUUACAAAGACCUUCUGCAUCAGCCAUGGAAUUUCAACUUCCAUUCCAGGUUCCAUCAAUGUUAUUAGCAAUAUGGUCAUCAAUGAAAUCAUCAGUGACUCAAAAAGAUCUUCAAAUACCUCCAAAGCGUCAAUCGUUUCAACCCACCUGGUUGCACAAACAUUGACCAACUUUGAUCUUUUUUAAUUUGGAAAGGUAUCUUCGAUAAAACUCUGCAACAAAUUUAGCCUUUAUGGGUAGGAAAAGAAAGCCUUUUAGAAAUAAACCCAAACAGUCUCUUUAUGGUUGGAAUAUCGCAGGAUCUGGCAACUCAAAGAUUUAAACGAUGUGAUGCACAGUGAACAAACAAUGCCUUGCUAUUAUCAUCAAGGAUUAAAUUUGCAGCUCCAAUGCAUUUGCCUAACAUAUUUCCUGCACCAUCAUAGCUUUGGCCGCUGCAGUAUGAAAUAUCUAGACCCAUCUCCUUUAUUUCUUCCCUGAUAUUAUCAGCAAUUGCCUUACCUAUCGUGCUAGUAAAAAAACAAACUUUAGAAAAACUUUACGAAUUUCUCCACUUGCAUCAACAAAUCUGAGGACCAAUGGCAUCUGCUCUUGUCCACCAACAUCUGAAACCUCAUCAGCUAAUAUUUAAAAAACUUUGCAGCUUCAAUCUCCAAAAUUAACUGGGCCAAUAAAUAUGCACCAAUGCAAGAAAUUAGAUCAUUUUGGAUCCCUUUGCUUCUAUAAGUAGCAUUUUUAGGGCAGUUCUUAAAAUGCUCUUCAAGUACUUUAUCACCACUAGGAAUUCGGAAAUUCAAAAGAGCCUGAAAAUUUCCUGGAUUAUCCCCUGGAAUUGCCAAAUACUUUGCAUCAUCUCUAUGAGCACUUAAUCCAAAACAUUCCUGCCUGCAAAAAACAAUACAAUCAAUAACUGAGGCUAAAAUUGAUAUAUUAUUUUCUAUUCUUUUUUUAAAGCACUGUCAGCUAAAACAUGCACCUCAUUUUCACCAGAGUCUUCCAUCCUUCUUUUGAAGCCUUCCAUCAUUAAAACAGAGUCCUUGUGGGUCAAAGACUUUGAGGAAUGUUGCUUUAAUUUCUCUCCUGCACUUGUCCAAUAACAUAACGGCUCUUUGAGCAGCACCUUUAUUCUUGCUUCAGAAUGACCAAUUUUCUUUGCAAAGAAUAGACAUGGAACACAAAAACACCAAUUUGAAAAUUUUGAACAAGCAAGCCAAUGAAAAUCAUUCAGGAGGAAAUUCAAAAUCUUGUGGAGGGAUUCAGAUAUUCUUCAAAAAAUCUGCUAGCUCAGAAUCAUCUCACUGUUUUCCAGAAAAGACAAAGUGGCCAAUAUCAAAAGAACUGACACUUCCAGAAAAAAGAGGAAACCAAGGUUUCUUUUCAGGGGUUGCUGAGUCACCACUGAUACAAUCAAACUCUUGUUUUCGCUUUGCUCCCUCAGAAAUAUUUUUUUUCCAAUGAGGCAAUGCUUUCUUUAGAGAGUUUUCUGGGAGGCAGAUUCAACUUUGUUUUAACAAGUUCAGGUGCUGAUACAGAAACAUGGGAUUUACAUGUUUUGCCAUGAGAAUCUUCACCAAUAAGAAAGAUUGAGACAAAAUGGUUUGGAUUAAAAUUAAUAUGUGAAGCUGUGCUGGAAUAGCCACACCUUGUCCAAAGAAUUUGAACAAAUUCCUGACCCUUAACAUCUGUAACAAAGCGUUGCAAUAUUUCUCUGUUUAAAAAAUGAUUAGUUGCAUUGUUGCCUUUAGGGUAAUGGGAAUAGAUUUUGGUAGAAAAAGCAGAUGAUAAUGCCGAUAAACAAACAAAUGAAGCCAGUGUGCUGGUUUUCAAAUAAGUAAUGCUUCACUGAAAGGUUGCAAAACUACAAGAUCCUUCAGUAUAUUGGUGCCUAAUUUGCAGACAAAUUUGUGCAAGUCUGUGCAGCUUUGGUGGAUUUGCAAACAAAGUUGAAAAGUAAAUUUUUUUUAAAUCUUUACGUAGAGCCUGUAUCAUCCAUAUAUUAUCUUACAUUUUUAUAAAUCAACUCAUAAUAUCUGCAGAUGUUUUAAUGAUAUCUUCAAUAUUGCAAGCUAUUUCAAUUUUUAACAAACCCCUCCCCCCAUCAAAAUUCAGGAAAAGCAAUGCAACCCCCUUUUUUCAAAGAUUGAUUUUGUUUAAUAUCAUCUACAUCCAGUCCUAAAUAUUAAUGGAAAUUUCCUUCCGUCUAAAGAAAUUCAGACAAAGAGGUCCUUUCUUUACUAAGGUAAAAAAAUCCAAACAUUAAAGCUGAUAAUUGGGAUCAAUUCCUUCUUUAAUAUUCUAAGUUAUCAUUUGCUUUCAUUUUAAGUUGUGAAUUUUAGAAUUUAAAUGAAUCUUUUCAUCUUUUUUGAGAAUUUUGUUUUGUUUUUAUAGAUUAUUGUAACAGAUUGUAUGCUGAUUGACAACUGCCUGACAAAUAAAAUGCUUUUAUUUCAAGCUUAUUAUUAUACAUUUGAAUCAACUGAAGAUGCAACAAUCCAUUAAAGAAAACUUCUUUAUUAUUAACUGCAAGAAAGGUUACAUAUUCUUAUAGGUUUUACAAUGGUUGAAACUCAACAAUUAACUUGGAAAACCGAAGCAAACAAAUACUGAUUGCAGUUGUAAUUAAAGGAAGAACUUCAGUUGUUUGAUGAAUAAUGAAUUAAGAAUAGGAAUUGAAAUAGUCCAGAAUUUUGAGUUAAUAAACCAGUUAAUUAUGUCUGCGUGAAUUAAUAUGAUCGUUUAUCAAGAUUUGAGUGGUCUAUUUACUAAGCUCUAAACAAUCUUGUUAAGAAGAGCAUAGCGGUCAAAUCUUUGAUUGGCUGAGAGCUCUGUUCGCUACCAUGUUCAAAGCCAAUCAGCACACAGGAUUUUCACAACAAAAUCGCUUCGCAGAUAGAAUUAGGCCCAUUUUCGCCAUUUCAGCGUGUUUUUACCACAUUGUCUACAAAAAACAUUGCACGCCUCUACAAAGCGAAUUUCCACUUUAUUUUUUGUCCAGUUCAUCAUCAUGCGUUGCUAUUUAACCUAUAUUGGCGCCACUGUUCGAUCGCAAAGAAUAAUAUAAAAAACACCUCGCAAAUGAACGAUAAAUUUCGUGUCAAGAUUCAGGUAAAUUACGUUUUUACCUCUCCCCACCCAAAACGCUUUAGAAAUUUCACAUUUAGACAAAAUCAAUUAUAUACUUACCUUAAAUCUAGGAAUGGUUCAUAAUCCUGUCAAAGAUGCACUCACUGUUCAGCCUUAGAUUUGCAGUGAUCGCCAAUGUAAUUAUUACAACGGCACGAAGGCUUUCAUAUUCACCCUCAAAAUCAAUAAAUGUAUCUUUUUCCUCUGGAAUCAAAAUUGAUUUCAUAAAAGUGAAAAAAUUUCAGAAAUAGCCCAAAGUAAUUUCAAUCAUGAUUGUCCAAAGACAAUUGACCAUUAUUACUAAUUUUAUGUGAUGAAAAUGGCGAAUACACUCACGCGGUAGGACUGGGAUCUAAGAAAAUUUAGAGGGUGGGUAUACAAACAAUGAACAUUUGCUGACAUCAGCAUUUUCUGAUGAUGAUGUCAUCGACUUUUGAAGUACCAAUUUUUGCUUCUAGAAUUAGCAGAAACAUAAAAAUAGUAGUUUUAAUAGAAAGAGGUUAAUCUAUAGAAAGAUUGUAAGUUAUAGUGCAAAAAGUAAAACAGUUUGCUGAUGUCAGCAAAACGUUUCUCCUCUCAAAAAACUAUUGAUACUUUUGCAACAAAUUUGAUCAUCUUUUUUUCAACAAGCCUUGGUGAGGCGGUUUUAGUAUGUUGCGUUUAGUAUGUUCAAAGAGAUCCAUGCUCUCUAAAUAUAACCGCAUGUGGAACGCCCAUGUUCGGUAUUUUGACCUGUUCAGCUUUGGAAACUUCAGUGUGCUGUUCAUUGUGUCUUCAGAUGAGGAAGCUUUCAGAGAAAGAAACACUUAAAAAACUUUUCGUAUGGCUAUUUCAUGUUUCAUAAUGUCCUAGGCCCAUAACCUGUUAGAAAUGUUGAGUAUAAUAAGCAUGAAUUAAAAAGGGCUAAACCGCUUCAGUUGAACAGAACAUAACAAGAAUGAGUUAACAACAACAACAGUUAGCUACCAUGCUACAAUCAAGCCAUAUAAUAUGAUUACGCAAGGCUACUACGCAGUGGUUAAUGUCUAGAGAGUGAUCACCAUAACAAAUACUAAUAAUGAGUUCUUAACAUUCUUUUCCUUUUACCCUCUUGCCUGCUGGAACAAACAAUACAGUCUUUUCUUUUUCCUCCUGGCAAUUGUUCCAUCGGACAAAUUUUGCCCUUAAUGUCUGGUCUCAAAUACUGAGGCCUGAUUCGUCUGUUUCUAGCUGGAUUCAUCAGUCUGUCAAAUAUCUUCACAUACAAGCAUAAGCGCUUCAUUGACUUUUCUGCUAAUACCUUAAAUAAAACAUGAAUUUAGCAGUGCCUUCUGCAUCAGUCUUAGCAUCAUUUGACAGGCCAGCGUCUGGUUCUCUUCUCCAUCUCAUAAGAAUAAACUGUGAAUAAGCAAAUUUAGAAUGAUUGUAAGCCCAAAUUAGCUGACAUUUGUACUUUUUGUCAGCUAUAUGGUUUUCCUCUCUGACUUUCUGACCAUCCCCAUCAGCAUUAAAAGCAGAAUAUUUUGUUGAGGUCAUCAAGAGUGGCUUUGUCUGACUCUUCUUGUCUCUUAUUGUAAUAUUUUCUUGUAUCAUUAUCAUCCAUGCGAUAUGCAAGCUUCUCUCAAACUUUCGACUUUGCAUUCACCACUUAUUUUGGAAAGCCAGCUUACUGGUUUCUUCUGAUGGCCCAAAUCCCAAUUUCUUUCAAUUGUUUGGAUAGUUCCAAUGAAGUGUACCAGUUAUCUGUUGUCAGCUGGUAUCCUUGGUGUUGCAAGCCAUUCACUAAAGUCAUCACAAUUCUCUUUGGAUCACUUGGAUACUUUUUGAAAACAAGCAGGAACAGGAUCACUUGGAUAUUUGAUGAAAACAAGCAGGAACAUUUGCUUGGAACCGCAGUACAAAAGCACUUUACAAAGAUAGUCAGUUGCAGGGCAUUACUUUCUCUGUUACCGUGUGACAUUGGUCACAGGAAAUCACAGGUAGAAAAUUUUUUUCACAGGAAAUUUUCAACCAAGAAUUUACAAUUUAACUGUUUUAUCUUCACAUGAAGUAAGGCAAUUUGCAAAAAAACACCAAGUGCCCACAGGAAAAAUACAUCAAAGCAUUGAAAAUUAUCAAGAAUCAGUUUAGCAUAGUAUUAUUGUGCUAGGGUGCUCAAGGGGAUGAGCUUCUUUUACACAAAGUAAGCAAUUACUAAUUGUUAGUAUAUUUGAGAGAGUUUUUUAGUUUGUCCUGCCACACGUUCUUUGCAAAACACUGCACCUCUGGUUUAAAUAGAUCAUCUACAGUAGAUGAUGCAUAAUUUGUCUCAACUUUCUUCUCUUUUAGCGUGGAUUUUUUUACCCUUAACUGGAAAAUUAAUUAAGUACGGUCACUUUGUAAUACACUCUAUACUACUACUCUGACAAUCAAUUCAGUAUUGCUAUCAGUCUUGCUCUUUCCUCUCAACAGCAUGCAGGGAAAUUUCGGUUCACUAAUCAAUUCCUUUGCGAUUAAAAGUGUAGAUUGUUCCUUGGUACUUUUCUCCAUGUUUGUUUGUUUCACAGUCCUAUGGUCUAUGCCCAUUUAGCUAAAUGGCCAGCCUUUAUCCUUUUCGAGAAGUUUCUCAACCAAGAAAAAACAAAUUUUGUCGUUGUACUUGCUGUUUGUAUAUAUCACGUUGAUUUGUAUAUAGUUGAUUUGAAAAGGUUUUCCUGCUUUCUAGACACACUAAUUUUAAAACAAAAAUCGCCAUAAUUGAGAAGGAUACACAGCAAGAACCGAUUUCCAAUAGCAUAUUUAUUUUUGUGAGAAUUUCCUGCCUGCACCUCAACCACAAUUCGACAGAUUCAUCUCUCUCAUGCAUAAUGGUUGUUUUUGGAAUCAACAAUUCAUUGUUUGCUUCAUUUAUCAAGACGAAGUUGCCAUUUUAUUAUUCACGAUUGCUACAUGAAGCGAGGUGCUUAUUGGAUGUAAGCGAGUCACUGCACAGGUGUCAAUUACAUCACCACAUUGUGAUCCCAUCGACAAUUGUAAGGGGUGUUUAUUUGUGAAUCACAUCAUUACUAUUGUUCGUCUUUGUAAAAGGUAUAAAAGGGAUGGUUUCAUAAAAGGGAUAGCAACACAAACUAUCUAAAAAAUUCCCUUUUUUCGAGGAAAGUAUUGUGAAUUUGGUAUGGCUUUUGAUCCAAAAGCACAAACUUAGCAAGAAGGAUGCCCAUGCAGCAAGAGGCAAAUAUCAACUUCGAAAAGUCUGUGUGCCAAAAGAUGGAAAACAGAAGCAAAGAUUCUUAACAAAGAUAUGUCUAUCAGAACAUGCAACCCUUAUGUCAACAGGCUGAACAACCAUCUUCGACAAGUUCACAAGAUGACAAAUAGGCACAUUAUCGAAGCUAUGUUAAUGAUGCAAAACGACCCAUGGACAAUGCUGUUCCAGAUGCACUGACUGCUCCAAACAAAAUGCCUCGUAUGAAGAAAAAAUACAUAGAGUCAACUCAAGCUCAAUUCACUAUCGAAAUGAGAACUUUUGAAGCAAGUGAAAACACAGACAAAGUCCAAGGCACAGAUAGUUACUCAGAAUCUGAGGACAUGGAGGGCGAUGAAGAAUCACCUAUCCUUACAACAUCUGUUUCAGAGAAGCAACUUUUUACUGGUUUGAAAGAAUGGUUGAUGUCUAUUGACAGAACUUUGAAAAAUGAAAAGGUAGCGCAGAUGCACGUUUCUCAUGUCAUCCAUAUUAACAGGGCAGUUGAAACAGGAAUGGAUCACCCAAAUUAUAUAAGGAACUUGUUUGAUGCUGCAAAAGUAAAGGAGCACUGGCUCAAUUCAUUUCUAAACGAGAAACAACCAGGGACAGUUAAAUCCUACUUGAAUUCGCCCCGGAUCAUCUGCAAAUUUUUAAAAGAAUAUGAGUUGGUUGUAGAUGUAGCGAGAGAGAUUGAGAACUUUGAGGUGACAAUCGGCAACUGGAUGAAAUCCUUACAGAAAAGAUUGACUAUACGAAGGUGGGAGACCACUUUCAGGUUUGUUUUGAGCAACAUUGUUUGUUUUGAGCCAAGUUGUUCAUUUUGAGUUAAAAUGAGCCUUAUUAUUUUAUAGCGACUAUUUUAUAUUUGAUGCUUUCUUAAAUUUAACAUAUAAAUGAAAAUCAAUUUUUUUCGCUUUGGCUUGAAUAUAUCUACGUUCGACUCAUGUUAUUCCUUUUAGAUUUGUGAUCAAACAGAUCUAGUGAGAACUGACAAAUGUUAUGCUCAUAAAAAAGAUAUCUUGAAACUUGGUUGGCUACCAAUUGCAGAAAGACGGGAAUUCAACUUUCUUGACUUUCAAGGCAAUUCACAACACUAACUGGCCUAUAAUUAAUAAACUCGAGCUGCAAACUUGUAACAGAGUACUGCGAAGUAGUAACGUAUCUCGUAUAAGGCCAUCACUAAUAGCAGAUACUUUUGAAGAUGCCGCUGCAAAGUGCUUUAAUGCCUUACCUGGAUCAAUAAAAUCUCAGUCUAGCUUUCGACAUUUUGUUCCAACUUAAAGAAGCAUUUAUUUGAAAAAACGAGCAAGAAAUUGGACUAAAAAAUAUUUUUUCCUCUUUUUUAUAAGUAUGUAGCUGUUGUUAACUUUUGAACCUGUAAUUUGACCUUUGCUUUUAAUUAAAUUAGUGGAUAUGCUCGAUUGUUCCAUUAUUAUUAUUAUUAUUAUUAUUAUUCUUAUUAGGCAUAGAGAAUCAUGUUUACACAUUGGUGCACUUCUGUUUAAUGUUAAAUCAGCUGUGCGCCUGGGGUAUACCUCUUUAGCUUCAAAGCCAUGUGAAUGGAACAGUGAAUUUAAAAAAAAAACAAAAGGAGUACCCAUAGAGGAGAUUACUUUUUUUAUAAAAAAGGACAACCCUGCCUCAAUUGAAAAAACUCCCCAGAAUGCUCCUUUCACAAAGGAUGAACAGAAGGAUUUUUUACAGAGACUGCAUAACCAGGAACCAAAGGAGCAACCUGUCGAAGAAAGUAUUUUUGAAAACUUUUCUCAAACAUUCUAUCAUGAAACUAAUGUGAGAGAAGAUCGAUUUUGCCAAAAUCGCUAAGGAGCUUAUUUACAGAAGAUCUGCAUAAAUAUGACGAGAAACGGGCAGAGCUACAAGAGGUCUGCUCUAGAAGUCUGCUACAAGAGGUCAAAGCAAGUCACUGGUUUGGGAUGAAAUCAUGGUGGAAAGGAUAACUGCCUCUUUAGCACAUUAUAUCCUGCAUACUAAAAUAGAUAAGCAAGCAAAGUCUUUGAUAUUAAAGAUGUGGCAAAUCUCAGCCCCUUAAUGUCCCUGCAGUACUUUGGGGACAGGAAAAUUAAUCAAAAGCCCCCCAAGAGUAUGAGGAACACCUAAAAGCACUUGACACAAAUGUAACAGCAUCAAGGUGUGGAUUGAUGCUGAAUUGAGAGCAUCCCUUCUGGGGGCCUCAGCUGAUGCCAUCUGUCAUUGCGAUUGCCAUGGUGACUCUUUGAUUAAAAUCAAAUGUCCAUAGGCACAGCGAAAUAAAACCAAUAUUAUGCAGUGUCUUGAUGACAAAAAGUUUUUGUCUGGAAAAUGAUUUGGAAUUGAAAAGUACCCAUAGGUACUAGACGCAAGUCCAAAUGCAAAUGCAAAUUUACAUGAUCAAGAUUUCUCACUUUGUUGUUUGGGGUCAUAAUUUUUGCAAAGGACUUGUAAUUGCAUACAAAGAAGAAUUCAAGAAUUCAAUGAGAUUUUUUUGAUUGAUUACCACAAGAAAAUAAUUUCGCAUGAACUAGUUUCACUAGAGAAAAGUGAAACAUUCAUGAAAGGGCAAGAAGAAGUUGAAAAAGAAGUUUUUUGCUAUUGCAAGCAACAUGAGAGCGAAGAAGACAUGAUUGAAUGUGAUAAUCCACAAUGCAAAUUUAAAGGAUGCAUUAUAAAUGCAUCAAACCAGCUCUGAAGCGACCAACAAAAGGUGCAUGGUAUUGUGAGGUUUGCAAGAAAAAGAAAUAACUGUUUAACCAUAUCAGAGCUUCCUAAUUUUUUCAUUAUGUUUCCUUGUUCACAAUACCAGGUGAUAAAUUAAUUAAACUUGAGCAGACUGUCACUAAUUUUUUGAAAUGUAGUAUUCCUCUUCAAGCUUCUUCUUUCUUUCAUUUAACUAGGUUUAAGGGCCUUGGUCCUUGGGACCAAAUCCCAUAUCGGUUCUGUAGGAGACCUACAACCCGCUCUACAGGGAUCCUUACAUUGGCAAUCUUUAUUGUUGUGUCAACUGAUUUUGCAUCAAGUUGCCUCUUUCCCUUUGUGAACUGUGGAAUGAUAAGUUCGGCACUGCAUACCACAGCAAAGUCAUCAACAAGGGUAAAUCUCCUGUCUGUUAAAAUUUGGUCACCUAGAUAAAAGACAAAGUAUUUUGAAUAAGACAAAAAAUGUGUUGGGAUGUGAUAGAAGCUUUGAUUGGAAAAUGAAACCAAGUUAUAUUGGUAUCUGCUACUUCAAGUGUCACAUGAUAAAAUCUUAAUUGCCUUUUGCCAACUUCAAUAUAAGCAAUAAAGUUUUAUGCCUAUCGCUAAAUAGAGCUUUAAAAUUGAGACAAUUCUACAAACUAAGAAAAACAUAAUGUUUACUUAUAUGUUACCAAACUGGAUAAACCUUUUCAGAGAUUAUGUCGUCAUGUUGAAGAGAGGACAAGUUGGACUUUGACCCUGCCUCGUAUUGUAAUGGCUGCUAGUACUUCCUUGCUGCGUUGUUUUUAUUAGUUGCGAAAGAAAUCGUUCAAUUUGUUACAAGUCCUUUAAUCAAACCCAGUAAGUGCAUUUAUUCAUUAUUUUAUCAUAGCCACCUUUAACGAUAUCUUCAGUUGUCGCAAAGUGAAAAAAACUCAAAAAGUUAACUGUUUGAUUUAGGCCAAUUUGAAUUCCUAGGCCAAAUUCUUCGUUUCCCAAGGCUUUUCCUUUUCAUUCGUCAUAAUUUGAAAUUAAUUUGUUGUUAAAUAAUUACAAAAUACCCUUUAUCAAUCAGCUUUUUGGUGGAAGAAAAAGGUUUGGAAAUGGGUGAAGAAGCAGAGCAAAAAGUUGGAUAUGACAAAUUCCUUGCUCUCAGAAUGUCAAAUUUUCUAGCUGUACAAGGCUUUAAAACAUCUGGUACACAUGUAGAGCUGGUUGCGAGACCAUUUGCAGCAGGGGAACUAAGCCUGCCUGUUAUAGCCACAAGUGAGGAGCAUCUGCGUUCACUUAAGGUUGAGUAUGGGAAACUCAUAAGUGAUAUUGGAAUCACAGAUCCACAAGAAACCCCUGACAACAAAAUGGUAGAUGAUAGUACUGGCAACAGGGUUGCCAGAUGGUCUGGAAACGAGCAGGCCAAACCAGCUUAAAAAAGUGGCCAAAUUGGUCAAAAAUAGGCCAAACUAAAAUGACGUCAUGAAGCAUCGCUAUGCGCAUGUGUAGAUAUACAUUAGGAAAACACAUCAUGAACCUCGAGAGCUGAAAGCAACUGAACAAUUAUAAAAGAUAAACAAGAACAAAUUUAAAGUUAAUAACAAACAAAGCAUGAAGCAAAAAUAAUAAAGUUUCACACAAGCUAUUCAUCUUGCAUCAUCACAUCAUCAUCAUCAUCUUCAUUUAUUGCUUCUGUUGCAUACAUGGACGAAUUGAACAGCUCUAACAUCCUUGGAAUGACAGAAAGUCUUUGCAACAUUUAUUUUCGAAAUGCAAAUUCGUUUUGAUGCGCACGAUUGCCUCAAGCAUGACAGGAGACAUCUUGUUCCUUGGCUUUGUUUUGACUGCAGUAACGUAAGAAAAUAUUAUUUCGACAACAGCAUUGCUGGUUGGUGUUGUGAGGCAUGACAGUGCAUAGCUUGCGAGUUCUUUAAAUGGCCUCUCGCUCAGGGCGUUUUUGUAUAAGAAUACUGCAGCCCAAAAUUUUGAGGAAUCUUGUGGUAUUCCUUCCUUCAUCUCUUUGGCCCAGUCAAUAAAUUUUAUCUUUCGAUACUGUUCAUCAAUAGUUGACAGAACAUCGCCUUGAAUAAGGUGCUGCAUGGGCAACUUUGCCAAUGGCAUACAUUCCACUUGACUGAGUACACUCGAGGGGCUAAGAUAUGCAAUGGAUUGAAAAAUCGCAUUGGAAUCUGGUAAGCGCUUUGCUACUUGAGCUGCAGCCUCCAGUAACAAGUGAUGGCAUCUUGCAUCAAUUUCCCUUCCUUGUUGAGCAGUAAGUUGCUUCCUCCCCAUCAUUUCGUUGCAUUCAAAUAUGUACUUAGCACCAUAACCAACUUUAUCUGAUGCUACGUGGCUGCCAUCAGGGAGAUAAACUCGACUGGUCAGGCUGUUAUGGAACAAAUUCAGUUCUUUAAUCAUACAGUCUGGAUCUAGGUCUGUUGCUUGGAAAAAUGCAUUUAUCCUUUCAAAUUCGUUUACUAUGGGUGUAACGAAGUGAAAAUACAAUUUAUUCACAUUGUCUUUCAUCAUUUCUGCAAUUAAACGUGCUUUGUAUCUUCUAGAAGCAUCAGCUUCUAUUUCGGCAAUUGAGAAGUAGGUUUUUAGCUCUUCCCAACUUACUAAGAUGCUGUACAGCAAUUUGCCUCUGACAAGCCAUCUUGUUGUGGAAUUCUUCUGAAAGGCGCCACUUACUUUCACGGUUUCAUCAUCGCCAUUGAUGAUCUUGAAGAGAUCUUUGUAUGCUUCACGUCUUAGUGUGCUUUUUGAAAACCAUUUUGGGAUCUCGCUCAGCAAAAAUCCAAGAUUAGCAGGGAGUUUUUCGAAAGCAUGUUUUAUGCAUAGGGAGAGUGAAUGGCAGAUACAUUUCAUAAGGAUGCAAUUUGGAGACACUAUCUUCAUCCUGGAAUAAACAGAGUCAUGCUUUCAGACCAUUACAGAUGCUCCAUCGCAUGCCAAGCCAACACAACUUCUAAGUUUAAUCCAGCAUCUUCAAGACUUAGUUUUAAGGCAUUGAAUAUAUCUUCUCCAGUGGCGCUUACGAGGGAAACUAAACUGAUAAAUGCUGUGCAAAUUUUCUCUUGCUUUUCGCUGAAUUAUCGCACUGUUACACACAAAUAUUUCUUGCAUGAUACAUCUGUUGACUCAUCUAUGAGAACGGAGAACUUCUUGCCAGAAACAUCGCUACGUAACUCGUCGUAUAGGGCAGGGGAGAUUACGCGUUUGAUUAAUUGGCUGCAUUUUGUUCGAUGAAGCUUCAGUUCUCCCAGUUUGCUCUUAUCUCCGUGUUUCACAAUUAUUUCACCAAAAUGGUCAACUGCCCGAAUUGCACAAUGACACGUUAUAGCAACAGCAAGCUCAAGCUCGAUCUUCUUCAGGACCUCAUCAUCUUUCUUCAAAAGAGUAACAAUUUUUCUGUUCGAAGAAACUGCAGUGGAAGCUUUUUUAUGUUUAGUAGAAGCCUCGUGUUGUUGAAGAUGACAAAGCUUUGGGUUAACAUUGACUUUACAUAAAGAGCAGUAUGCUUCAACUGUUCCAUCCACAGCUUUUGUUACCCAAGGAUGCUUUCUUUGCCAUUGCGGCUUAUACUUUCGAGCACUUUCAUAGUAGACUUUCCACUUAGUACCUUUGGGUUCCUUGCUUAAACUCAUUAUUGAAAUCGAAUUGAAAUUUAACAGAGCAGUGAGUAUUGCAAUCGCGUGAAUCUAAAUGAAAGGUUUCUGAUGUUUAGGGUUAUAUGAAUCAAGUUUUUAGGGUCCGCAAGGCUUGUUGGAAGUGGUAUAUCCGAUAACAGCCGAUGUUUUGUUAUGCCUCACAUCGAGACAUUCUGUUAUUGUAGAAAACUAACUCGUGAAUGUCAAUUGAAUAUUUAUAGCGCAGUGACCCCUGUAGCUGGUUAUUCACAGCUUAACGUUAUGUUAAGUGGCAAGUGAUGAAUUACAUCACACUAACAAUACAAAGCCCAUGUCAUGAAACUGCGAGAAUACACUGUUUGAAUAAAACUUUUCAAAGGCCAAAAACAAAGUAAAAAAAUUAUUAGGAUAAAUUCGAGAAAACAGGCCAAAAAAGGCCAAAAAAGGCCAAAUUUUAGUCUCAGGUCAAAUGUUAUUUUUUCAGGCAAAUCAACAUGAAAAAAGGCCAAAAUUGAGAAAUUUGGCCUUAAAAAGGCCAGUAUGGCAACCCUGACUGGCAACCAUUGAAAUACGAGGCGGGUCAAAGCUCAACUUGCCCACUCUUCAACAAGUCGGCAUAAUCUGCGGAAAGGUCUAUUGUCAUAGAGCUUUUUCAUUCAAAAGAAAAACACUACUAAAUGUUUAUAAAUAGAUUGGUUGCACCUGGAAAAUGAUAUUUUGGGCUGAUAAAUCCAGAUGCUCUAACUAUUUGUACACCUGAGGCCCUUCCUCUCCAUGCCUUAGAGAGAAACGUCACCACACCAAGAAGGCUACAGCACAACAGGAAUUUUACAGUGCUGUGUUUUUGUAGUUUGGAUACACUUCGAUCCUUGCUUUGAGUUUGCUUGGACGCUCUAUAAAAAUCUUGAAACAGUCAAUAAUGGAUGUCAGCCUUGGAAAAUUCUCUUUAAAUACUUGUGGCAAAGUCUCACGCAUGUGUGAUCUGUCAGGCCAUUGCACUAGAAACUUCUGGUACACCAUUUUUAUGAUGUUUUUAAAUGUUUAUUCAAACUGCCAACUGAGAAGCCUGUCUGAUAGCUAAGGUAGAAAAAUGGCAAAUUUAGUUUCAGACGGACUGGAACCAUGAACAGCUGACUUUCAGGGGGGCAGGUUCUUUCUUGACAUCUUGAUAUGACGCACCAAGGAAUCAGCUAAAACCUUAUAAACAUUCCAGGAGAGACCAGUCAAGUAGCAUGUUGCAUCAUCAUUCUCAUUCAUGACAUCAGGAUUGCAGAGGCAGAUCUAGGGGGUGCUACAGGUGCUUGAGCACUGGUCGGAAUUUCUGGAGAUGAAUUUGCUGAACUGCAAUUGCCAAAGGUUCAAGUACUGUCCAGUGGAAGUUCGGACUUUCAGCCUUUCAGGUUGGUAGUUUCCUUAAUGCAAAACAUUUUAACAGAAUAUUUCACGCCAAAUGCAGAUGACACCAAACACUUUGUACUUCAAUGCACUUAGUAAACAAUCAAUUUUUAUCAAAAAAUUCUUACAAGUAUUGAUUUAAGUGAGGCAACUACCCUCCAGUGGAAACCCUUUCCAAAGGAAAUCCUGUCUUUGGACGGUAAUUGAGGGUUCUAGUUCAUUCUAAUUUUUAAAAUUCCAACUAAAUACAAAUUCCAGCUAAAAGCAACUACAAAAGUUCAAUUACAAGAACAAAAUAAUGUCACCCUAUGUAAAAAAUAGCUUAAUUGAUCUGAGUUUUAGGACUAAUAAAGAACAGCACCAACAAGGCAAUAAUUGGUAUUAAUCUGUAUUUGCAAAUCAAGACUUUUACUUUCUAGAAAGCAAUAAAAUGUUGCAGAAUGGUAUCAUUUUCUCUUUUGUGCAUUUGCAAUGCUGUAUAGGAUGGCAAGAUUUGCUUAAAGUUGAUUUUUUGGCAGUCAAAACUUACUUUCUUUAGGGUCUAUCGAGAGUUUGAUAUUUCUGAUGUUGUCUUUUCAAGAAUUUUCCUUUUUAUGUCAGUUUUCUGGAAUAAAAUAUGAGUUCAUGCUAGAAACAAACUACUCUAUAAUACAAUGUUCUAGCUCAAACUUUUAUAGUUAAGUAGUUGAUAAAUUAAAAGUUGCGGUUUUGGUAAAUAUAUGUUUCCAGUCAAUAGUUUAAAACGAGAAAAGCUCAUAGCAUCUUUAGAGUCUAAACAGGGCUUGCACUUAUAUGUGUGCGUACAAGCUCAUCUGCUUUUGUCAUUUUGUUAAGCAGACAUACAUCACUGGCAUCAUUGUUUGUUAUUUUGAUUCAAUCUAUGUAUACAUAGAACUUUGCUUAUUAUUUGAAGUCUUCAGGUUAUUGAUGUGACUCCUAAUGCCAAGUCUGCUUCAUUGUGCCCUCUGUUUUUGUUUCUGUUGUUUCUUUUAGAACAAAUGGCAAUGGAAACUGCUUACUCUGUGCCUGUUCCUUGGCUCUUAUUGGCAAUGGAACUUUAUCAAGCUGUUUGAGGUGUCUCACAACUAUUGAAAUGUGUCUGAAUGUGAAUUACUAUGCUGGUCAUCCUUUCAUCACUUCAAAGCCCAAUGAUGGAGGAUUCACCCUGAGAAAAAUGCUUUUAAUAUUGCCUUGUCUCUAGAUGCAGCUAAGGUUUUUCUCAGAGCAAAAUUAUCACAAAAAGUCAGUUAAAGCUGAGGCCUGUAAUAUUGCAAAGGACAUUUCAUAUUUUUCUUUUCUAUGUUUGCUCGCUUUGACAUCAGUCAUUGGUAGGUCCAUUGUUUACUUUCCUGUCAGAAAUGCAGAUGGGGACAUAGGGAAGAAAGUGGAGAAAAAGAAUGGAGCAGAGAUUUUUUUAAUGGCACAAUCAAGCUCUAAUUUAGAUCUUGAGAAAAUUCAUCUCUUCAGAUGUGCUGCACAACCUUUAGGCUUCCUUGAAACAGGUAAAUUCCUGACAGAAAGAACCAUUAUGUUCCACUUCUUAAUUGGUCUCAAAGUCAAACUGGUGCAGAGAAACAUAAAUUUGUGUCUGUUCUUCCAAAACUAGUUAGUUCCUCAUCUACAGUGCAACAGGAAAAAAUUGCAAACUCAUGGACAAUGCCAAAAAACACAAAAUGCAGACAAUGGAUCACGUUGUAUUCAAAAGGUCUUCUCCUUUUCAAGGCCCCUCCGGUGACCAUAACAAAACUUUGACCAAAUCACAAUCUUCUUCACAAAUUCCAAUUGGAAUUAGUUUAAAAACAACUAAUGUCCAGCAGAAUGCUAGUGUUGUAAACGAGAAGGACAUUGGAAUAGUUGCUCAAAAGAGAGAACCAUUAACUGAUGAUGAAAAGUAUGAUAUUAUCUGCACUGAACCACAACCAAAUCAUUGUUUUCCAAAGAAUUAAUUUCAUCCUAGCUUUCAGUACAAAUGGCUUGACCUCUAUCCAUGGCUAACAUAUUAUCCCUUGCUUGAUGGUGCAUUCUGCAUUAACUGUGUUCUUUUUGGGGGUGAAAGUGGCCAUAACGACAACAAACUGGUAUAUCUAUUCAAAGGCCCAUUUAAAACAUGGCAAAAGGCUAGAGAGAAAUUUAAUGAGCACAAUGUCAAAUCACCUGUCCAUUUAAAUGCUACUCUCAGGUUUUCACAGUUUUGUAACUGUAUGGAAAACAAGCAAGAACCAGUAAAUGUCCAAUUGAAUUUUCUAAUAUCAAAGCAAAUCGCCAUUAACAGGGACAUACUGAAAAUUAUGUUGGAAGGGGUUAUUUCUUGUGGGCAACAAAAUCUUGGUUUCAGAGACAAUUGAGAUGAUGCGAAGCAUUGUCUUGUAGAAAGUAAUAACCCUGGUAACUGCAUGCUAUUCUGGCAUUUUUAGCAAAAUGUGGUAACAACACUACCUUCAAUCAGCAUUUCGCAUUUCCACCAGCUUAUGCCACAUAUCAGUCCAAGACAACUCAGAGUGAGCUUAUCAAGAUAUCUGGCUCUCUUAUCAAAGAGACAAUUUUAAAAGAGGUUAAAGAGUCGAGUCAAAAUCUUAUCCUUUUUCACAACAGAUUGUUGGUCACUUUUGUCCACACCAGCCAUAUUUUUAUUGUAAUCACUGACAAGAAUUGGACAUGCUAUUUGAAUCUCUUUUUAUUUGCCGUUCUUCUUUAGGCUUCUUGUUACUGGUUUUCCAAGAGUUGCAUCGUGAAUUCAACUCAGGAAAUAGACAGGCUUUGAAUAUUUCCACAUUAGAGCAGUUAGGCCUAUGAAAAAUGCAGAAUUGUGGAUACAAAGUAUAGGAUUACUUGGGAAAGUUGUGGUUACCCAGGCAAUUCCCAUGACUCAAUAAUCUUCCAAUCAACGGACAUUAUUGAUAUAUUCAAGGAUGUUGCUCAUAAAGGAGGAAAUGUAGAUAAAUUAUUCUUCUCCCCUAUUCUCCUUGGAGAUGGUGCAUUUACCUUUCACAAUUGGAUGAUGAAACCAUAUUCCCAAGCUGUCUUUUCCAAUGAGCAGAAGUGCUUUAACUAUAUACUAAAAUGCGUGUGGUACAAUAUGAUGAAUUUAAAUAACGAUAAAUGUAGGUAAAUUUUACCAGGAAAAAAUUUUUAAAAUAAUUAACGACGUUUCGACCAUAGCCGUUAUUGACUUGAUAUGACUUGAUAUUAUAUUGACUUGACUUGAUAAUUAUUUUGAAAUUUUUUUUACCUAUUUAUAUACAUUGCUCGUUAUUUACUUUAACUAUAGGCUUAGAAGAGCAUGCGUGGUUACAGAGGGGGCAUUUGGCAAGCAUAAAGGUCGCUGGAGAGUGCUCUACAGAAAUGUGAAAGUGCGGCAAAUACAAUGAAGACCAAGACCCUUGCUUGUUUUGUCCUCCACAAUAUAUGUAUUAGAAGAGGAGAUGUCAAUUUGCGACAAUGGGACCUCACUUGUGAUAUCAAGGGGAACAAGAGACGCCCAAGAAAUAUGGUACAAGGCAUGUUGCAAAUGGAUCAUAAUCAAAAUGUCAGCGCCUUUUGUACACAAACAAACUGGCAGAGAAGGUCCGUGAUCCGAGAGAGUUUAGUUUAUUAUAUCUUUAUUAAAACUAUUAAAAGAACCAGGAAUCUUCACAUCAUAAACUAAAAAGUGUAAACGUUAUUAAUAAUAAUAUAUCCCAUCAAGUAGUGGAUGUGUGUAAAAAAUAGAAUUUCUGUUUGCAAAUUACUUAAAUUUUGCAAUUUUCAUUCUCAGUUUUGUCAAUAACUACUUAUAUGAUUCUACCUAUUUAAGUUUUAUCUUCCUAUUUUGAUGUUGUGACUAUUCAUACAUAGAUCUACUGUUUGCCAAUAGCCUACUGGUCGGUUGUUUUCCAUUUUUCAUAAAUGUGCCUUCUUUCAACACAAGCUACCAACAAAUUUCACCCCUGCAGACCCUAUAGACAUACUUGGGAGAGCAUUGGGUCCCCUCCAGAUUAUGUAAAAAUUGUCACAAAGUCCAAUAAGGAUGAUGGUAAAGAGAUGGCUUAUUCAAAGCCUCGUCUUCUUAGGGAAAAGAGCUUAUUUGACAUGCAGUGUAUACACUUUAAAAAAAUGAUUUGACAUUCACGAUUUGUCGCCCAAAAACUAUACUAACUUGAAAAAAGCUAUUGAAAUUACAUCAUUAUGAAACAACAUAUACAUAGAUUAUCAAAUACAAAUAACACUGUUAAAAAGCUGUGUUCCAGAGGCUACUUUUGCAUAUUAGGUGAGGACUGAUUUGAGUGGAAGUGCUCAUUCCUUUCAAGAGGCUGAUUCAUUUUUUGCAGUUUGUCUAUCAUGGGUUGAAUGAGACUUUAAUCAUGUCUAAAAUGAGACUUUCUUCUUGUUAUAUGAUAUUCAUGUGUGCAAAGUUAGAAUACAAAGUGUGCCUAAUAAAGGUAUUACAUAAACAUGUUAUACAUAUAUGUUAUACAUAAACAUGAAAUAUCAAAGUUUGGAUUCUUUUAGAUAAUGCAAUUUUGCAAUUUUGAUAAUGCAAUGAGUUUUUUGUUUGGCCCUUUCUAAAAUGAUGUCUCUUUCAUCACUUAUUUCUGCUCUGUCAAAAUUUGGUGGCUGAAUUAGCGGUUGUUUGUUUGAAACCAUAAAAAAAGACAAGCACAGCUUGUCAAAAACUGAGAAAAAACAAGUGUUUGGAUAAAUUCAAAGCUUUUCACAAUAGCUGCCAACCCUUAAGACUCUGCUGCAGAAGACGUCCAGGUCACAAAUUGUGUCAAUUUGUGCCAGUGUUGUCAGUUGCCAGUUUAAAAAUCUUAAUGAAACGCUGAAGACCAUGAAUGCGUAUUAUCCAUCGAGUUACAAACAUCUACCAAUUAUGUUUCUUUGACAUCAGGAUGAAACUUCUUUAUCAUCUUCUCUAAAAGAUUCUGUUUUUUUGGAGAAUUGUUAAAAACUUUGAAAUUACCUCAACAUUCUCCAUCAUGUUCCUCACUGUUUGUAUUUGACAUGAGCUCGCUACACACAAAUUCAACCUAUGGGAAGAGCAAUGUGUAUAUAACACAAAUUUAUUCUGCUCUAAAAUUCUAGUAGACACACCAGAAUAUUUGUCUGACAUGUUUGCUGCACCAUCGUAACACUACCCUCUACAGUCUUGCAAAUCUAAGCCAAAGUCAUUUUUAAUACAGUCAACGAUCUUUUCUGCUAAAGCUUGUCCUGAAGUCCCAGUGUUACAAAGUAUGUAUUUAAGAAAUCUUUCCUUGAUGCAACCAGAUUGAUCAACAUAACGUAUAACAAGUGGCAUUUGCUCUUUAUUAGAACAAUCAGUAACUUCAUCAGCCAGGAUUGAAAAAUACUUAGACUCUUUUAUUUCUUUGAUUAUCUGUUUGGUUAUGACUUCAACACAGCAAAUGAUCAGCUCGUUCUGCGUUGUAUGUAGCAUUUCUUGGGGCAGUUGCAAAAUGCUCUUGAAGAACCUUAUCACCACUAUCCACACGAAAAUCCAAGAGAGCUUGAAAAAUUCCACAAUAAACUGUUUCAUAAUAAUCAGAAUCAUCUCUAUUGCCACGAAAAGGUAUGUUGUAUCUGCCAUAAAGAAGAACUGUCAUGAUUAUGGAUGCAAGAAUGAGUCUGUUUUCUUCAACAUUUUUAUUUUGUACAUGGUGCUGUAUUUGACUGACAGACUUCACUUUAUUUUCCAUAACAAGGAUAAAUUGAUGCAUUAUUAACAUCGAUGUUUUGUGAAUAUCAGGCUUUGUUUCAUGAUUAUGGAAUCUACGAGAGGCACAAGACCAGUCAACAAAGGGGCUUCUCAUUAAUUUAUCUAGCUUUGCAGCAUUUGAUCCAACUCUUCCGGGUAGCAUUUCUAAAAGUCCGGGUAGGGGUCUAUGAAUUAGCUCUGCUAUAGGAUCCCUUCCCAACCAUUUGGUUCUUUUUUAAAAUUUUCAGUUUCAUCUAUUUAAUGACUUGGUAUCAUAGUUUAUGGUAAACCUAGUCCAAUUCAUGUACUCGUUUCUUUAUUAAUCAUAACUUAAAUUGUAAUUCUUGUUGGUUGAAAUGCUAAUGGUUGAAAUUGUAAUGUCUUAUGUCUUCGACCAAAAUGUACACAUGGCAAACAAAAAGCACCAUCCAAGAUUCUAGAGUAGUUCAGCCAAGAAAAUUUUUGCAGCCAAGUAGGGAGAAACUUCCUGUUCUUAUUGCAUAAUAUGCCAAUAGGAAACUUGAAAUUGCCAUCAGGCUGCCAAACAUUUGACAAAUAAUCAUAUUUCUGCUCAUCCAAAGAAGUGUCUCCAUUAAGGUAGAAUGUGCCAAUGUCAUAUUUUGAUGGUUCCAAAUGAAGAUCAAUGUUUUUCUGUUCUCACCACAGGAAAAAGGUGUUUUGGAGCAAAAGAAAUUGUUGUUUGCUUUUUUGGAAUCUCUUCGACCAAUUUGGAUGAGUUCACAACACCAAUCUUGACUGAUUUUGUUGACAAACAUUUUUGAGAUUUUGUUGCUUUAAUAGUCACUGGAUGUUGACUGCUCAAAAUAACCAAUGGCCAAUGGAAUAAUAUGAUCAGCUUGAAACCAUUGGUUUAUAGAUUCUUUUUUCCCACCAGAUUCGGUCCAUAAAAGAUGAAUUGGUUCCUUGCCUAGUGUGCAGUCAGCUUGGGGAUUUAGUAACACAUUCAUCAGCUUAGCAGUGUGUUUGGUUCCAGUCUCCAGAAAGCAUGACAUAAUUGGAGCUUUUACAACAGUAGACAAUGCCAUCAUACAGACAAAUGGACUAAAUCUACAGAGUCUGCAAUUAAGCUCAGCCUCUAACUUUAUGCACUGUUCGAAGUUCUUAAUUUCCUUAUUAAAAUUGUUUUGUGCUUCUAAACUUAUGUAUUUUGCAAACAAGGAAGGAAAGAUUUGAGAAGAUUGUUGCUCAUUGAAAAGAUCAUUGACUUGAGAAAGUGUUGAAUGAAAAUGAGAAUGAAGAAAUAAUUCAGCAGAUGUCAAUGCCCUCAGAAGAAAACUGAGAUUUUCAUGCCCAUACAUAGCCAAUGAGCAUGCAUUGUACAGGCAGUUUCCAUCACCAGUGGUGCUAAUGAGAGGAAACAGGGACAAAAUUUCAGAAUAAAAUCUACAACAAAAUUUAAUUAUGAAAAAGCUGUUGUGAUGAAGCUUUUUAUCAGAUUUUGCUUUAAAAUAACCCAAUGUAUUAUGAUUAUUCAAUGAGAUUGACUCUACGUAUAAAAAUGCUCAAAGUGUAACAUUUAUGAAAAUUUCUUGCAAAUUAAAAAUAAAAUUCUAUUACACAAAUGUGGAGCACAAACACUUUCUUACUUUGAGCCAGGAAUGGACAAAUAUGGUACAUAUUUCUGCAGAGAGACCUGAGACUUUAUUUAUGAUUUGGCCUGGACAUUUGCCUAUCAGCAAAAUUGGUUAUUAUAAGAUCUGUUGGACAUUUGUCAACUCCCCACCCCCUCUUGUAUAUCCAGGGCACAUUCUGACAACAACCAGGGUAACAAUAAAUCAAAAAUGGAAAGAAGAGAAUGCAUAAGCUUCUGUAGCACUUGUAGACCACUUCCCAUCUACGUUUUCCCUUAAUGCAAAAAUUGCUUCAGCAGUUGCUUCAUACAUUUUGAUGAACCUUUCUAGUCCAUCUGUAUGAAGAACCCAUCUUGUUUGCAAACAUCUGAUGUGCUUACAAUUUGGAAUAUGUUUUUUGACCAUUUCUUCUAAAAAUAGCUGGCACUUUGGAGAUUUGUUGAAAAAAUUAGAAAUACUUGUGACACUCUUCAUCAUGUAACGAAUGCUUUGAAUUUGGCCAGAUGAAGCAAUGCUUAUGUUGAGAUGAUGAGAAGAGCAAUGUGUAUAUAAAGCGAGAGGAUUAAGACCAAGGAUUUGAGCUGAAACUCCAGAAAAUCUACCUGCCAUGUAUCCAGCAGCACCAUAACACUGGCCUCUGCAGUUUUUGAUACCUAAUUUGAAGUCUUCUGUGAUCAUGAAACUAUUUUGUCUUUUAAAGCUGCACCAGAUAACUCUGUAUCACAAUGAAUGAAUUUUGUGAUCCUUUCCAACGUAGCUUAAAACCAAAGGCAUAUGUUCUUUGUUGGAACAGUCGUUCACUUCAUCUGGGUAGAAUAAUAGGCUUUUUUUACUUCAUGCAAAAUUUGCUCAUUGAUGACAUCAGCACAAGAAAUUAGCUUGUUUUGAGUUCUUUUAGAUGUAUAGGUUGCAUUUCUUGGUGCAUCUUCAAAAUGUCUCUUUAGAACAACAUCUCCACUAUCAAUCUUAAAAUCUAGGAGAGCCUGAAAAUUGCCACAGUCUUUGGUGUCAUAAUAUUUUGAAUCAUCUCUGUGUCUUCUAAAAGCCAUAUUAUGUUGUCCUAAUAGAACAAAAGUUUUCACAAUAUACACCAAUUUUUCUCUGUAGGCUUAAAUAGUAUUCUGAAGUAUAUUGUCCAGAAUAAUAUUUAUGGGCUUGAUUUUAUUUCCCAUUACUGCAAAAAAUGUUUGCAUUGUCAGCAAAGGUUCAGCAAACGUGUUUUAUGUACCUUUGAUUUUAUGUCAUGAUCAUUGAACUUUCUCAUAGCAGUUGACCAGUCAUUGAAAGGACUUAUCAUGAGUUUGUUCAGCUUUGUUGAAUUGAAUCCUAUUCUUCUACCAAACAAUACACAAGGAAGGCAAAAUGCACCAUCUAAGUUACCAGAGUAUGCCAGCCAUGAGAAUUUUUGAAGCUGAAUUAAUUAUUCUGUUCUUACCAUAAGAAUAAUGAAUUGGGUAAACAUACUAAGGGCUUCGUUUCCAAAUAUUUUUCAAAAGAUCAUAUAUCUGAGGGUCUGUCAAACUACUAACUUUGUCAUAAAAAGAGCCAAUGUCACAUAUAUGACCUUGCAACACAUUCCUCUUCUGUACUUUCCCAUUUGGCAACUCCUUUUGACUAGGCAAAGCUGUUGUACUUGAUGCAACAUCAACUAAUGCACUGGUACUCUUGGAUACAGCAGAGAAGGGGAUUUUCAUUUGUCCUUUAGAAGAACCAAAAGAUGAAAGGUCAUCAACCAAAGCUUGUUUUAUACCAUAGGAAAAGAAUUUUGCAUCUACAUUAGCAUAAAACAAAGGCACAAUGUGAUUAGCACAAAUGAUUUUCUGCAGCGUUGCAUAAGAGUAUCUAACCUUUUCCAAAGGAGACGAACUGGAAUCAAAGUACAUUCUGGUUCUAUUUGUGGCUUGAUAACAGCUUUGAAUACAUUAUGAGCAUGACUCGUAGGUACACCACGCCCCAUAUCUGGGUAAAAGGAGUGGAUGUCUAAACCCAAAACACUUGACAAAGCCAUCAGACAAGAAUAGGGAGACCAUCUCUUGUUAUGACAGUCGUUGAAGGCCUCAAAUUCAAUACAGUCAACAAAGAUCUUUGACUUAUUUUCCAAGAUAUCAGUAACCUCAAAAGUGUUGGCAAUAUGAAAAAACUCCCACAAAGACUAGAAGUUUUAUGAGCUAUAAGGAGACUCACGAAAUGUGGAUGUGACGCAUAAUAUUCAGCAUAUGGAAAUUACUCUAUUGAUGUCAAAGCUCGAAGUGUCAAGGAAAGAUUUUCACUUCCAUUUACAACAACUGAUGCUGAAUUAUAAAGUCAGCUUCCAUCAGCGCUGACCCUAGUAAAAAAGUUGAUACCCUGUUGCAAGUGAUACCAAAAUGUACUUUUGUAUAAGCUCUUCACAAUAGAUAUCUUUAAGUAUGAUUUGAAACUUGUGUGGUAAAAAUCUCUACAUAAGACUUGUUGUGAUGCUAUGUCAGGGUUUAACAGUGACAAUUUGAACUGAACUGUGAUACCAGUAUUAUUAAACAAUCUGGGGAAAAGGGUUCUUCCAUAAUCUGACUUGUGAUCCUAGCCUAUUCAAAACUUAACAAAAAGUUCAACAAGAUGUUUAAAAAAAUGUUUGGAUACUCGUGUGGUUGGCUGAUGGUGGCUUGUCAAAAUGGUGUUAUGCUGUUAAAUUGUUAUCAGUGCUGUUAAUCUAUGUAUCAAUCUACGUUGUUAAAUUCCUUCUUAGAGGCAAAAGCCCAAGAGUUUAUAUAGACAUUUUGCAUGUCUAAACACAAACCAAACAUUUUCAUAAAUGACAUGGCGCACAUUGUACCACGGCACUCCAAUAUUCAUCAUGGCGAUUUCUUCAAGACAAACCAAGGCAGAGUUGCUCCAGCAAUACCUGAAAACAUUGCUUUUGCAAUGCAAGAUAACUUAGAGGUUUCAUUUCCAUUCCUUGAAAACAGCUCAAGGAGUGACGUUUGCCUAGUGUUAUUUGAUAGAUUACAUGGGUCAAAUACUAGCUCCUAAGUCGUCAGAACGAAUAACUUGUGAAGGAGUUGUCUGGCAGGAUAAAUAGUGAGACAGUAUAGCAACUGGCUCUUUUAAUGAAAAUAGACAUCUUUUGAACCAAGUGAAACCAGUCAAUCAUAGUGAAACUAGUCAACCUUAAGAUCAAUAAUAGAUCUCAAGAACAAGGUAAGAAUAAACAAUUUGUUGAUAAGUGGGAAGUGGACACUGGAUUAUUCAUUGACUUUGAUGAAUACGGUAGGGCUGUUUUUACUCAGCAUGCCAAGACGGAAAACUAUGAGAACACAAAUAGCUUGGUUAAUGACUGAUUUGAUGCGUUAGACAAUGACUAGAGUACUUUUCUUCAUAGAUUACACUCCCUUGUCACCAUUUCUUCACAGAUCUAAUGAUCCCUCCACUGCUACAAAUGCUCCAUCUUCUAUUAGUUUUUCCUUUUCGAAAUAUCAUUGCUAUGGUGUCUCUAAAAAUCCUAGUCCCCAUGACGAUCUUCAUAACUGGUCUUUAGACUCAAUGAGAAGCUCCUUGCUGGUGAUUUGACAAACAAAGAAUGUCAUAAAUACAGUCCAGUAAGCGAGUCAAAUAGUUCAAGCUAUAUCUUGCUUCUAGCCUGAUGCCAUUAAAACAAGAUUUUCUAGUUAACUCAUCUGCAGUUUCUACGAAGUCUUCUUCCUUGGUGUCAGAGUCAGUUGUAAUGGACAGACAAUCUUCUGCAAGUGCUCGUAAUGAAGAUGCUCACAUUACAUCAAUUCCCUCCAUAAAUGGAAAUAGCCCAUUGUCAAGAGCCACUGAUAGGUCAUCAAGAUCAGUAGCUUCACAAUCAAACUCUCUUUCUUCUUGGGAUGAUACGAAAGAGUUUAAAAUGGGGCAAGUUUUGCCUUUACAACCAUCAAGCCCACUGUCUGUCACCACAAAUUCAGCUAGAAACACAAGUAUUUUGAGCACGAAAUGUCAGAUGAAAGUGAUGUUAGAAACCUGGGUGGAGGUGCCGUUGAGGAUUUGGCUAGUCAUGCCAACAGGAAUAGAGAAGACAUUCACGUGAACAACUUCGAAGUACCUCUAAAUACAAAUAAGAUUAACUGUCCUGGUCAUCUUGUAACACUUUUGCCAGAUUGGUUACAGUCGAUGCAGCUAAGCAUUGUGUUGGAGAUGGUAGGCAAGUUGUGCAAAUAAUCCAGGUUAUAUAUGGAUCUAUAUGGCACUGGGUAACAAUAUCAAACAUACUUUCACCUAAAGUGCAUGUGGCUUUUCACCUAAAGUGCAUCUCUGUUUGCAGAGAGUGCAUAUUCAGGGUAGUGAAAUAAGGUAUGACAUGUCUUUGUUGGACUAUGCUUUCCAAUUCGGUUGGUACAAAAUGAAUGAAUUGGCAAUUGAUGUUAUGCCUGCUUUGAAACAUUCUUACAGUGGCAUAGCUGCAAUUUUUUUGCAAUUUGCCUGUUGAGAAAAAAAACACCCAUUCUGUAUAUUUUAGGUAUAGAAGUCUUUGCUAUAAACUUGCUUUGUCUUUAUCGAAAGCCUCUUUUGAUGGAAUUACAUUUGACAGGUCACUGCAAGUUCCGGUCAGUGUAAAGGAUAAUUUCAAAGCAGACGCUUACUGUCACUGUCUCUUGCCUUAUAUAGGAAAUAGUUUGACCGAAUGUGGUGACUGUAAAGGAUGGUUACACAAUAGCUGUGAGACUGGAAAUUUUGAUCAUAAGGACCUGAAGUGUUCUGAUUGUAGAUUAUCAGACAAAGAUUGAUUGUAGAUUAUCAAAACCUACGUUAUAUGUAAACAAAAAUGCUGUUGUUGAAUUAAAAAGGCAUCUAGCAUGACAAAUCCGAUUCUGGGGUUUGUUUUAAGAUAUCAGUCCAAUUUUUUGAAUUAUUAACGAUUUCCCUAUAUGACCCUGGUUUCCCUAUUUGACCCACCUUGUAAGGUUUACAAGCCUUCAGCAAUUUAUGAUGGAAAUAUGAAAAUGUAUCGUUAUCAUUCGGCUGGCAGGUUUGUAUAACCUGUUUUUGAACUGAAAAGUAUCUAAUCUAUUGUUGUAAGAUUGCUUGAAGUUUUUAAUUCAGCUUUGAAAGAUUAGGUAACUAAUGCCUGGAUAAGGUUUGGACAUUUGACAAAUUUGCCAAACUUAGUUUUUCCUAAAUAACACAAAAAUCAAUCAAUCAAAAAAUCAGUUUUUUCAAUACACUGAUUUCCCAAUUACAAGAAAUGAGGGUUUACAAUGUUUGAGCCACUGUAAGAUAGUUUUUACAAACAUUGAAGGAGAGUCAUUGAAGAGGGGGCCUUUCAGACUUCGUUUCAGUAUAUACUGCUUUGAGUUUUACCCACUGGUCAAAGGUAUUUAGAAGAUGGUCAUGUGGUUCCAGGACUCCUUAAGGCAAUCUCAAAUGAAAACUAAGCCUUUGAUAUAAAUAAUCAAGGAAUGAACCAGAAGAAAACAGGUUAAUAAACAGAAACAUUGAUAAAUGGGGACUAAUUUUGUUGUCUGCACUCAAAAACAGGGGUCUUUUAGUGAAGAACGCCCUAAUGAGAAAGGGGUUCAAUGCAGUAUUUAUGGUCAGGCAAAUUUUUUGAAGUAAUUGAAGUAGUUCAUUCUCAGCUGUUUCUACCUCUUUUUCAACUUGUUUCUUUCUUUUAGCUUGAGCUUCUGUCAUUUCUUGUUGAGCUACCUCUGAAAAUUGGAUGACUGCCUCUAAUGCCUCAUCAAGCUCUGUUAUUUCAGGACUAAUGCCGCUGGCUCUGUGCUCCUCCCUUGUAUUCUUUUUAAAAGCCUUCUCAAGCUUUGCAUAUCGCUCCCUGACGCCCUUCUGGUCUACAUAAAACCUUAGCUCCUCAACUACAUUAAGAGACUCUGCAACUUUAUCCCAAGCAUUUCCACUUUCCUAGAACCAUGCUUGAAAAUUAAUGGUUGGGUUACCAAAACUUCAAGCACCAACAGAUAAUCAUGCUCUUUUCUCCAAACCAUUUUUGGCCGGUUAAAAGACAAACUAAAUCUAAAAGUUGGAAAUUGACACAUGUAAUUAGAAGUUUGUGAAAUUUUUCAUUCCAUCUUUUGAUUUAUUCAAAUGAGAACUAAUACAUACAAGAAAUCUGUAUAAUUUUCCUACUUAAGCAAAUAUAUAUACAACCACUAAACAUUAUUUUCUAUUACUUGCACUAAGAUUUUCAACAAACACAGUAAAUCAAAAAUAGAAAGAGCCAGGUGAAUAAAACAUUAAUAGAGAGCAAGGCAACACAUGAUACUUAAAACAGAAAAAUGCACAUGGCUGUGGAGAAUUUCCAACAUUAUUUGUUGAAUCAUUUCCUGAAAACUUCAAAGUGAUGUUCAUAGAAAUUGCAACAACUUAACGUAAGGAUGUUAUCUAGUCUGAUCAAAUAUGAGUGGCAGGAAAUAACAAAACUAAAUAUUUUACCAUGUAGAAAGAAGGUUGAUUUAGAAAUGGAUAAUAAACCGACAUUUUACACAGGGUAAAGAUUCAAUGUGGUAUGGGAGCAAGGUAGGCGAAAAGAGUUAUAAUUUUUCAAAUAAAAAAUAAGCUAAAGAAUGGUAUUUUCGAGUAUCAUUGGCAUUAAAGCUAAAAUUUCUUUGCAGAUUAAAUUCUAUUUUCUGAUAAAAUUCAUAAUAAAGAAUAAUUAAAUAACUCAGUCUUUUGAUACAAACACUUGUACACAGGAGCUUGAGUUAGAAGGACUUGCAAUUUUCACUUCUUGUGAAAUGUUCUGAAAUUACAGAAAUCGAACAAAAUAAUGCGGUAAAUGUGAAAGUCAGAUUAACGGAGCCAUAAACAAAUGGAAAAAGUUCGAAAUUCAUAAACACUGAUGCAAUGUUAAAUACACAAGCCAAACAUCCGUCCCACUUGGACCUAUCUUGUCUAUGAUUGGCUCAGCACAACACGAACUAGCCAAGUGGCUUUCUGAAGUUUUGGACCCUGUUCUUUAAAAAAAUUGUCCCCCCCCCUUUUACAAAUUUUCAAGGCCUAUCCCGAAACUCUUUGUUUGUUUGGACCCAAGAUAAUAUUGGUGUAGUAAGAUUUCUUUUACUCACCAUUGAUUCAAUGCCCUCAUCUAAGUACUUCUAAGGGUAAUUCUCAAGCUUUUCUCAGUAGCGUCCCCAGCCUGAGAAAACUAGGGUGGGCAAAAAAAUUUUCUCAACCACAGCCUUCAAACUUUUAAUGUAGUAUUUUUGAUGUAAUUCGCAAUUUUUUCAAAAGCAACUUUCUCCAACAUAAUUUUUUGUGUCAGGGGCUUUUUGUCCAGAACGAAGAUCGAAAUCAAUCUAACCAAUCUUCCCCUGAAAGUUGUUCAAUUGAUUUUCGGACAAUAAAAUCAACCUCACGGAAAACUAGACAUGUCCACCCCAGUCUACCCCAGUCCACCCCGUGGUGAUGCUACUGGCCCUUCUGUCUAUUGACAUCCAUGGGGGACAUUCUAUACCUAAAUGGGAAAGACUGAAUCGUAAGUUUUAGUCUAAAAUCCUACAUUAUCUUUAAAAAAAAAGCAAUCAUAAAAUGCAAAAAUCAUACCCUCUGAAUAUUUUUUGAUGACUGGAAGAUAGUUAUAUGUGUAUUCUGAACCAAGAAUGAAUCUGAUGCAAACAGGUUUCUAUUGGUUCUUUCUCUACAUUUUUUCUCAAAGAGAGCCUUUGAGAUCUUAUCUUUUUUCUGAAUCCGAUUUAAAAUUUGGGUAGACAGAUCUCUGUUGGCGCUUCCUCUAAAGGCCGGUUUCCACACAGCUGCAUUAAUCCCUUGAGCAGAAAAAGCACAGGAGAGAUCAGUGCUCGAGAGCUUUUUAACGAGGCAUGCGCAAUAAGAUAGGGCUGCCGAUGCAACAGAGGCAACAACAAGUUAUGCAAAUAGCCUGAUCAAUUAAUAACUUCAAGAUUGCUACAAAUGAAGAAGAAGAUGGUGGAUAUCUUUGAUGAAGAACAGGCUCAAAAUUCAGUGUCACUGCACAGGAUUUUACAACAUUAUAAUUGUGCAAAUAUAACAGAGGCAACAACAAUAGACACAUAGGCAAGACUGCGAGAUGAAAAGGGUGAGAAAGUCAAGGGACAGCUUCUAGUUAUGUAUAUGAUAUGGAAAGCUUCAUAAUAGAAAUAGAAGGUUAUCCUUGCUUGUAGAAUACUAGCACUAGAUCUCAUCAUGAUCAAAAUAUGAGAGCAAAUGCUUGGGAACAUAUCUCAAAGAAAUUUGGAAAACCAGGUGAAUAAUAAACAAACAUUUAGUUUACAAUUUAACAGAGAAAUUAGGAAAUCCUUUUUGCUUUUUUGCCUAGGGAAAAUGAAUGUUGAUUUGAUGCACGUGUGAAAUGUCAAGGCCCAAGGUCCCUACUUUUUUCCCAGGAGGCAAUAUUCUUCCAAUUCUAGGUUGAAAAAACUUGCCAACAGCACUUGUAUUGAUUGCACUUCAUGUUGUAUCAAGUCUGUAGUUAAAAUGGAAUCCAGGUUAGCCAUUUUAUAUAUUUGUAUUUGGUGGUUUUUUACUCAUCAUUUCUUCUCAGUUUGAAAUUAAUAAUUAGGAAGCUUUACCUUCUGAACAUAGCACAGCUCAUUCAAACCAGCAAGAUUAAAAUAAUCAAAAUUUUCAAACAGAGCAUAACUGAUUUUUCAUACUUUGCACCAUGAAUGUAAAGAAUCAAUUUAUUUGUGCUUCAAGAGGAAAUAUAGAGAUAAGAAUUAUUCUAAAUAACAAUCUAAUUCUCUUUGAUCCUAUUGAGAGCAUGUAAAUAAAAAGACUAUCAAAAAUAUUAUUUUUUUAAUUUUUAGUAAACUUUUGAAUGCACAGUGGAAAAAUGCAAGAGACAAUUUAAAACUAUGCUUACCGAAAAGAGCCAAUGUGACAAAAUCAGGAGCAGAAUCUCAUACAUUGCCAAAAUGCAAGUACUUCAGUCAAUAGACCAUUUUCACAAUUCCUAUUGAAAGCGAGGUCAGUGAUCGAAAGCGAAGCUAUGGUUGUUUGAGUCAUACGAGGAUGAAGACUUUCCAUAGCGAUCACAAGUUCGGUUCACGUUUCUUUCAAACUUACGCGGUUUUAUACCUUUAGGAAGAAUACUAUUAUGGAUAGCGAAGUCUCUAGUAGUGGAGUCGUAAAGAAAUCGUCAUUAGGAAAGCAAUGUGCGGCUUUUGGGUGCUAUAAUUUUUCGUACAGACCUGACGGCACGCCGACCGGCCUACAUUUUUUUAAGUUCCCGCAAAGAAAUCCAGAGAAACGAUUAUGGUGCAAUUUGAUUAAACGAGUGGAUGGUCUAGACGGUUUUAAAGUAACAGAGAGUACUCGUUUAUGUCAAGAGCAUUUUAAAGAUUCAGACAUCAAGCGAAACCCUAUGAGAUGGAAGUUAAAUCCUGGUGCAGCCCCAUCCUUGAAAUUAUAUACACCUCCUGUAUCAGGCGAAAGAAGCCAAGCCGUUCGUAAGAAGCCAAGAGAUCGCAGUUCUACCGAUGUUUUGGGGAAACCAUCUUCUUCUAUGUCUUCAACUUCCGUUCUGCUACCUACUUGUUCUUCAAAUUCUUCAUUGCCUGCUGUUGAUGAAGAAAUGACAGAUAGCCUUGCUGCUCUGUCAAUUAGGACAGUGGCAACGCAAACAGACUUUUCAUUUGUCAAGUCACCUACAUUUCUUGAAAGCUGUCUUCUGCCCAGUGAAGGGGAUCAUGACUAUUCACCAGGCAUCCCAAAAGAUCAACAUUUGUUAAAUUUUAUAGAGCUGAAGGAGAAGGUUGAGAAACUUUCAACGCAGAUAUCUGAUUUAAAUGAAGAGCUUGCUGCUACUCAAAAGAAGCUUUUCUCUAUUAAGAAAAUUCAAGAUGAUGACUCAGCAGUAAGAUUUUACACAGGCUUUGCAAAUUACUCUUCUCUUUGUGCUGUAUUUGAAUAUUUUGAACCAAAGCUUCAAAAACUUUCAUACUGGCGUGGACACAAAGCAUCAAGCAAGCCUUCUGAAGAAUCUAUUAAGUCCUCAAAGCGUGGACGUAAAAGGAAGUUGUCACAUUUUCAAGAAUUUAUUUUUGUUUUGAUACGUCUCAAAGUUGGUUUGUUUCUGGUUGAUCUUGCAGACAGAUUUGGUAUUUCUGUAGGACAUGCUUCAAAAAUCUUCACAACUUGGAUUAACUUUCUUUAUCAUGAACUGCCCAUCCUCUUUCCAUUUCCUUCUAAAGAUCUUGUUAAAAUGAACAUGCCUGAACAGUUCAAGAGGUAUCCAUCUACAAGGAUCAUAAUUGAUUGUACUGAAAUCUUCAUUGAAGUCCCUUCUUCACUUGUUGCUCAGUUACAAACGUGGUCUGAGUAUAAACACCACAAUACUUGGAAAGCCCUUGUUGGGAUAGCCCCCAGUGGUGCAAUUACCUUUAUAUCUAAGCUGUGGUCUGGACGAGUUUCAGACAAAGAAAUAACCUUGAAAUCAGGACUUUUAUCUCUUUUGGAUCCUGGUGACAAUGUUAUGGCUGAUCGUGGCUUUGAUAUUGCAGAAAUUUUACCCCCUGGUGUUACUCUGAACAUUCCCCCUUUCAAAGGGACACGUGACCAGUUGACUCCAGAGGAAGUUGAGGAGACUGCACAUAUUGCUUCAGUCCGAAUCCAUGUUGAAAGAGCAAUUGGACGAGUAAAAACUUGUCAUAUUCUUGAUGGUGUUAUGCCUUUAACUUUAUCCUCUAUCUCUGACCAAAUUUUUACAGUUUGCUGUUACUUAACUAACUUUUCACCAGUUUUGGUUAGGAAUAGUUAAUACAAAGGACCAUAUAUGUAUGCACUAAGGGGGAGAGACUAUGUAAUUCCCUAUAGGAAGGCAGCACCGAUUGAUGGUCAUGUGCUUGCGUUUUUCUGAUUGGCCUAUUUUCAUUCACACCUGGGUAUAUAUUUUCCAUUGUGUUAUUUUGGACCCUUAUUCUGAGGAGUGUCCAAUGAAAGCUUUAAGUAGUAUGUUUUGAAAUGUUUGCAGUGGGCUAUUUUUUAAAUGUAUAUUGUAAGAGGCAAGCCUAUUUGUCUGACACUGGGGUAUUUUCUAAAAUAAGAUACUUACAGGGGGAGGGGGCCUAGGCUGUCAAAAUGAUUUACACUAAAUACAUUUACAAUAUAAAGCAAAUACAAUUCCAAGAAAAGAACAUUUAGCUUCCAUUUGCAAAUCAUUUGAAAGUAAAUGCGUGCAAAUCAUGUGAAGUAUUCAGCAUUUCCUAGCUAGCUUCUAUGGUAUUUACUGCACUGUUUAUUGCAGUUGGGUUGACAAGUUACACUAUUUACUUGUAGUUUUUAGUUCAUACCAUUAACACCGCACAUAACAUAUCACAAUCUUCACUUGAUAUCUUCAUUCAAAAUAAAAUUUUUGCAUAUAUUAUCUUAAUAUAAUCAUCAUUUUGAUCAUGGUUAACAGGAUACUUGAGAGCAACAGUUUAAACUUGUUCUAUAAGUUCAGUUAGCACAACAAUGUCUAUUUCUGUAAUUCUAGCACUUUAAAACAAACAGGAACAGGAUUUAUCAUCAUCAAUGGACAUGUGUAUUUAGAGUUACAAAUAUUAGAAUCAUCCUGUUUUAUACACCAAAUCAUGUAUAGUUCUUGUCUUAAUGGCACCAAGCUUUUUAUGACAAACUGGUAAACCAUGAUUUCCAUGGGAGUAAGUUGUAUAAUUCUUUAGAGUUCUGCUUGUAUUUUGUAUUUGUAUUUGUUGCUACCUAGCUUCCGAAGGUAGUUUUUAGAACACUGAGAAGCUAUGCUUAUCAAGCAGUGUCCUGGUCCUUCCUUCCGUUGUGACCACACCUUGUGAUUCCUACGCCUGGAUUUACAAAAGCUGGUGACUCUCCCCACUAUGGGUGAAAGUUUGGUAAUGUCAGGGACUCGAAACCAUGGACCCAUGGAUCUGUAGUCAGUACCUCUAACAGCUGAGCCAGCCUUACACCUGUAACUGUCAGUGUCCGAAAUUAUAUCUUGUUUAUCUGUACAAACAAACAAGUUUAUGCCUCUUUUGUUAUAUUCUUCUUUUUCUUUAAAAAAUUCUCCCAGCCACCCUGUAAAUAAAGUUUUUCCCUUCUUUGAACACGCCUGGUGUGGUACUCUGGCAAAACAGCUCUGCAGUAAAAAAAUUUCAACUGUGGCAGAAUAGAUGUUUGCAUGAAAUUUUCAUCGUAUUUUAUGGUUUCAAUGAAUAAUGGGUGGUCAUCACCAAACCAAACAACUAGAUCUAUCCUUUUCAAACCACUGCAAAACAUUUGGCCUUGGAUUUGAAAAAAGUAUUUACUGUUACUUUUGAGCGUCACAACUUCAUUAUUUUUCAUUAGAAAAAAUCUCUUAUCCAACAAUGCUUUAGAAAGAGGAGAAUUAAAUUUUGAAAAUGGGGCUUUGAUUUCAAUCCCCCAAACGUUUCCAUUGCAUUUUACAAUUCCAUCAAGAGAUGCACCAAGAUAGGAAUGAGUUUUUGAUAUAAUAAGGCCAGGCUCUUCGAUUAAAAUGUUACAGCCAUCUUCCUUUGACAGUUGUUGUAAAUACAAAGAGCGAAUAUGUGAUUCAAAAGUCUUUCCAUGUUGAGUACUGGCAGAGGAAAAAGAAGAGUAGUACAUGGAAUGAAGCUUUCUUGAUGGUUCAACAGAGUUCACUGCAGCAGUAUAGAAAUUUGAUGCAGUUAUGCGGUACAUUCUAUGGAAUUUCCAUGCUUCAUUUGAUGCUUGGCCACGAAUUGAUUCUUCUAUCUCCUUGAUUUCUUUUUCACCAAGGUUACUCUUUGUGCUGCAAAAAUAUUCCAUCAUCUCUUUGAAACCAGGACAAGAUAUAUCAUAAAAAUUAUUGAAUGGAACUGAGUCCUCAAGAAUACACAAAUUAACAUCAGAAUUAUCAAAUGGGGAAUUCAAAGAUGAUACAAUUUCAGUCGAAAUUGAAGAGGGUGACUCUGGCAGCUUGUAGAAAGAAAAAAAAGUACUGUUUGGCAAACAACUUGCAAGCUUUGACUUCAAUUUUUCAAGUCCUUCCUCAUUCAGUUUUCGGUCUUCCGGUGCUCUUGGGUCAUAGCAUUUUGGUUUCCUUGGAUUAACAUUAUCUUUUCCAAAUUUAAACUUCUGAAUAACAAUUUCAUCAAUAGAUUGAGGCAAAAUAGAUUUCAUUGAAGCAGGAACAUUCCAGGAAGAUAACUUGGAAGUACAGGAAACAGGCUUUGGGCAUUCUUGAUACCCUUCUCUAUUAAAAUCUUCUAGGGCAAAAAGAACACCACCGACAUGAUUACAGUUACCAAAACCACCUAAACCAAUUCCAGCUGGACAUGUACAUGCUGCACUGCAAACAUCGCCGGUUGAAUUUGAAAGAACAACAAGAACUUUAUACAAAGUAUUCUUCAUGGCAGCUUUCAUGCGGACAUCAAAGAAUGUAAAAUUAUUAUCUUUGGCAACAGAAAACUUCUUGAUAUAUCCUUCAUAAAAGAACUGAAAGGACUUGAGCUUUUUGUAACCAGUGCUCUUUAAUGCAAUAUGCUUAAACUUCAAUGUUCUGAUAACAAGAUAAUCAUACAGCUGAACGAAGGUGAAAACGGGAGUAUUACGAAGGUCUGGAAUCUAAGGUAAAUGGCCACAACGCGAUUGAAAGAGGGCAUGGUAUGUGAAACUUUCACCAUCUACGAUUGAAGAAGACGCUGCUGAGCUUGGGAUACCCUUUUCUUGUCGUUCCAAACGGGAAUAGAUCGCAAAGACCCGAAGGAUCAAAUCGGCCUUCACGCCAGAUACUUUCCCUCUGUAACUCAAAAGAAUAUUCUUCAAUUUUUUGACACUUAGUGAUCCCAAGUCAUCGAGACAGUUAACCGACUUUCCAUGUGGUAAAAGCGAUUGAAAUUGAUCCAUUAUUUUCCAGAAUACGGGUCAGAAUAACAGAAAUAUCGGAGAAACUUAACUUCGCGUGAUCAAACAGACAGUCAACCAAAGCUUCAAACAACCUUCGCUUUGUUUUCGAUACAAGACCUCGUUUUGAAAAUGUAUUGUGAAAAAGGUCUAUUGCAGUUUCUGUAGCAGAAAAUUACAAACAAAGAGACAUAAAGCAAUUUUGCUUUUUCUGGUACAGUUGCUGCCAGCCCUGCAUUGUCACACGCACAGAAAGUAAAACACCAGAAAUACCCUGUGUUUAUAACUCAGACACUUUAAUACAACUAAAACAUAAGAAGCAUACUAGGCCCUAACCUAUUCUAAAGCCUUACGACAAAUGACAGAGUUUCGCACCAAUAGCUUCCCCUGUCUCCAUCCAACUGACUCUACUUAAACAACAACUUCUAUAUAUGUACGAAUGGAAUCUAAAGUUAGCAAUACACAAAGAUUAUGGUAACUUAUCUUGCAUUGAAUUCUUCCAGAAGAUUGUCAGGAACAAACUCUGGAUCGACCCUUUGAGUAUGUCCGUCAUAAAAUUCAACCAAAUAGCCCGUAACCAGUCUUUGGCCUAGAAGCCUCAAGCGUAAUUUGUCAUAAACCUUCACAAUAUUUUCAGGUUUGCCAUCAAUUUCUUGAGCCAUCUUGAUCUGUUCCAUGAUCACUCUUUUGAGUUUUCUUGUCUUCUUCUUGGGCAUUAUUAUUUUGACGUUGUUCUCUACAAUCACUUUUGCAACUUCAUACAGUCCAAUCCACGGAUUAUGGAAUUUAGUGGAAGUGCGUUUCUUCACGAUGAAAUCUCCUAACCAAACUUUGUCUCCAACUUUGACUUUCAGCUCUUUGAUGUGUUGAUCAUGGUGAAUAUUCUGUCGCAGCUGUUCUUUUGAUACCAAUUCCUUCACAAGGGUGAAUGCUUACUGUCAUUCAUUUUGCAUUGUCUUGAUGUCUUUGCAGAACAAACUUUUGGAGGUUUCAUGUCUAUUGGCGAAUUUACUUCUCUUCCGUACAUCAAGAAUGUUUGUGUAUGCAUAGUCACUGAGUGGGGAGUGGUCCUGAAAGCAAAUGUAACUGCAUCAAGGUAUUCAUCUCAUUCAUGUUCAAGGCUUCUUAGAAGCAUAGAUCUUCACCGCGUUGAAAAGCGCCCUGUUAAGAUGCUCGUUCAAGCCAUUUGAGGAUGGUCGGAAAGAACAAGUGAAAAUUUCCUUAACCCCAAGCUGUUUGCACAAUGCCUUCACUAAUUUGAAGUGAAUUGACUACCUUGGACCGAGGGAAGUUCUUCUGGGCACCCAUAACAAUGAAUGACGUCACAUAGUGAACGUACCACUGUCUCUGGUUCUGUGUCUUCUACAGGGUACACCAAAGUCCACCUUGUAAAAUGAUCUACUAACACCAAUGCGUACUGGUUUCCUUGAUCUGAUUUCCGCAAGGUCCGACAAAAUCCAUAGCAACAAUCUGAAGAGGACUUUCUGUUUCGAUUGAUUUUACAAGGGUCUUUGUGGCUGGUUUUGUAGACUUGGAGCGUGCACAAUCUUUGCAGUGCCUAAUGUGGGGUUAGAUAUCAGACUUCAUCGUAGGCCAGAAAUAGGACAUAUGUACCUUUCUGUAGGUUCUGAAGAAGCCUGGAUGCCCUGAAAGAGGGCCGUGGUGGAAAUUUACAAGCAACUGUUCAACCAUGGUCUUUGGCACGAUGAUCUGCUCUCUGUUCUUCCCUUGUUUCCCUUGAAACCUCUGAAAAAGGCACACAUUUUCUGUGAUAAAAUGUUGGUCGUUCUCCCUUUCAAAUUUUGCCGCCAGAUUUUUGUCUUUAGGUUUUAAAUUGUUGGUCAGAGAUCUGAUCCACUGUCCAGCUGUUGCUUUCUUUCUGCUUCCGACUGAAGUCCUGUAAUGAGAUUUCAAAGAGAUUCUCUUCUCCCUUUUGAGGGUUCCUCAAGAGGGUGUCAGUGUUUGAAUGGAGUCUGCCAGGGCAAUAAACAACGUUGAAGUCAUAGGACUGAAUCUCGCUGAUGCAAUGUGCAAAUAAAUUGUUUGAAGCAUUCAUGGUCUUCAGCCACUUCAAGGGUUUAUGAUCAGUAACAACAGUGAAAUGUUGACCAUACAGUUAUGGAUAAAAAUGUUUUGAACUCCAGACGAUACCUAAGGCUUCUUUCUGUAGGACAGCAUACUUGAGCUCUGAUAAUUUUAGUAAGCAACUGGCGUAGGCAACUACAACGUCUCCAUCAGACGUGUCUUGAGCAAGCACUGCACCGAUAAUCACAGGCGUCUGUAUACAAUUUAAAUGCCAGGUUGAAAUCUGGACACCUCAGGAUAGGGGCUGUUGCUAAACCCGACUUCAGGUCUUCAAACGAUCUCUGUUCCUUAUCUGUCCAAUUGAAAAUCCCCAUCUUUUUCGUUUAUUUUGCAAGUACCUUUGAUCGUCUGGCAUGGUAAUAAGAAGCUAGGCCUAAAAAACUUCUCACAUCAGCGGCAUUUUGUCUAUUCAAGGCAGAUUAUAUGCCUCUUUCUUUGUCGCUUCGUUCAGUCCACGGUAGUCCACAUUUGGUUUCUCUAACAGUAGAACUGGACUGCUCCAAGGGCUGGCUAAAGCAUUUUCUGCAUCUCCUUUGCAAUUUGCUGUCUCUUUGUCUCUGUUUUUGUUAAUAACGGGACAAUAACCUUUCUCAUCUUUCCCUGCGCGUAAAAAUACCCUUUUUGGACCGUUUCCUUACAUGCUAUAUAAAGGGGUACAGUUUAGCUUAUAAGCAAUUUUGGUGCCCUUGCGUGCAGUUCUUGGCACUUCAAAACAAAAGACAACAUUUUUAUGGGAUCGCGUAAAGAAAAAAAGGUUUUUCAGCUCCCUGUUCACCGAUGCAUGCAGACUUUCUCCCUCCACCUCAGAGAUCAUCCCAAUGGUUUCAAAUCUGAAAGCAAAAUUUGGUACAUUGAAUAUCAAUUCAUGCAUUUAAAAUGUAAUAUUAAGGUUUGGGAAAAAUACUGGGAAGACCUCUCCAAAUCUAUUACAAAGUUCGUCUAAAGUUGCUAUCUCCUCCUGUCAAUCUCCAUUAUUAAUGUUUCCUUUUUGGCAAGGCUCUUUGUGAUCUUUUCUUUCAAAGUUUCCAACAAAUCACUCUGCUGUAUCCCUCUAGAUAGAUAAGUCUCUUUGUGAUCUUUUCUUUCAAAGUUUCCAACAAAUCACUCUGCUGUAUCCCUCUAGAUAGGAAAGAUAAGAAUAGCUAUCAAUAAUUUCUAAUGCUAGCUCCCAAAAGCCCGUUACCUUCCACAUAUAUUCUAGAGAAUCAGUUGUAAAGUACUAUUCUAGAGUACCUUCAAACUUGGUGUAAAGAUUAACAUUGUCCACAGAACCAGAAUUGAUGCUAUUAACAACCUCCACAGGAAACGUAACAUAGCCACCACCUUUGUCCCCUGCAAAACAACCCAUAUUUCAUUGUUAAACAUUGCAGGGUCCUUUUCUCCAGGCAAAGCAUUGAAAAUGUCAACAAGAAAGUGUUGCAAAUCAUAAAUUUUAAUGAAUGGAAGCAUCUCAGUGUGUUCAGAAGUGGCUAUCCUUUGACAUUAAUCCACUCUCAACACGCUCCUCUGCUACAUGCACAGAUUUGUCAUUUUCAGAGGAAGCCAUUUUGCCCUCUGAAGGCCAGAAAUUACAGUCAAACUUAGACAAACAAGAUCUUAAAUCCCUUAUCUUAUUUGUGCUGAGCCGUGCCAAUGCUUUUAUGAUGAUGGCAUCUGACACUGAAAUUUUCCUCUCUGCAUACAGCCCAGCUUCCUCAGUUGCUCUGUGAAAAAGCAAUUUAUGCACUCCAAUUAGUUUUACAAUGCUUCUGAUUGCAAAUGCUUUGCAUUUUAAUCAUUAGAAUUACCAGAAAGAACCUAUAAUGUUAAAAAGAGUCCAGGCUCUUGCCCUUAGAGACUUCUGACAGACAGAGGAAUCGGGAUCAAGUCAGCUCCUUCUCCUUCUUUUCCAAUUCCUGCCUCUUGGUUGAUAUUUAUUUUGCUGCCUCACCAACUCUUUUGUUCAAUGCCAAAACUCUGUCCUCUCCAACUUCUUCUGGCAAGGUCUCCAUUUCGAUAUCCAUCCAAAUUUCCUGCACGCGAUUCCAUAAUUCCAGCUCAUCAAGGUCUGUGUUGAGUUUCUUUACUACCCCAAGCGACUUAUAGUGACGAAGCUGACCGAAUUUUGAUGGUCAUGCUCCUCAAAAAAGGAGAGAGAGUUUGGGGUCUGGGGGCGUAGCCCAAAGGAACAUUUUUUAAGGGCCACGCCCCAUAGACUCUUGGAAAAGGAGGGAAACGCCCUUUUUAGUAUGUAUGAAUCAAAAUAUUUUUGCAAUCAACUAUCUGUCAAUGACGUUAACUUGUAAAGGACUUCUAUACUCCCAUCUCCAACUGCUAAGCAUUUUUUGACAAAUCUUAAAGAUGAUGCUUGGAGAAAAACUAUAUCUACAAAUAUUCAUGAUACUUAAAUUUUUAUCAAUAAUUAGUAUUAUCAAUAAUUGACACUUUUGAUGAUGCUUCUGAAUUUAGAUAUAAGUUGCCAGGCAAGAUUAGUCCUCAAUGAUUGGUAGGCACUUCUCUGUUUACAGUACAGGGAUUUCAGGGACUUAAGUUUCCUAAAAUUUCAUACUGACUUUAGUUUAUAAACUGACUUUAUACAAAUCUAGUCAAAGAUAUUAAGGGCAAUAUAAUUUAGGCUUUACAAAAGAUUUUGCUCCCUGUAUUGAAACUUAAGGCGUGCCUAGAAUACCAUUGAAUUAAGCUCAAGCCCCACGUCAAGGGUUUGCCUACUGCUUGAUUUUCCAUUUUUUAGCAGAAGGAACCCCACAGGCUUUCUAAAGAAGACAUAUCAAAGAGAGGUCCACAAAGAGAGGUCAAACACAACAGUUUGCUAUUUGGGACACUCUCCUUCCAAUUCUUAAAAAACACUGGGUUUACCAAAUCAAGAAAUUCAAAACUUUGACAGUCUGCAAAUCUAUCAUUCAGCAUAGCUAGUGUACUGUCAAUGAUUUCAAAGAAAAGCUGCUUGUAAUUUGGCCUUCUGUCAGACCUUGAAGUAGGCAAUCCAACCAAAUUAACUGUUAAUUCAUAUACAUCAUCAAAUGCAACAUCUGUGCGACAAUCAGACAAAAAAUCUGCAAAAAUCUUAAUCUUGCUCACACCAAAAGAGAACUUAGUUGACCUGUUUUGCAGAAGGCUAAACAAUAUAGAUGAUUGCUUAAGAAUCUUGUCAAAAAAACAUAACAAAAAGCAAAAUUUAAAACUACUAAGGUACUGUAAUAGACCACUUGCUUGCAUCAAAGUACUGUCAUCCCAGCUUGGCGGCUCCUCGACUAUCUCCCCUAAAGCAGUAACAAGCAAUUCAUAUUUCUCAAAAAUGACACCUAUGGUCUGUGGCCGGUAAUACUAUCUUGUUUCUCCUGGGCUUGGAAUAUCAAUGCCUUUUGUGGUUAGAGCAGUUUUCCUUUUUGAGCUAAGGCUUGUUAAGUUACAGAAAGCACUUUUGCUGGCAAAAAAUACCUUGACAAAUGGACAAUGAAAAAAAUAUGCAAAAGGAUAGUCUUGACGAAGAAGAGUUUGAACACCACCAAUGUGCCAGGACAUGACAGUUGCACCAUGAUAUGUUUGCAUAACAAUUUUUUCCUUCAAAGACUCUCCAUAUUUACUUAAAAUAUUCUUUACAAUAGCAGUUAUUGCUGGUGCUGACCUAUCCUGACUUACAUUAACAAAUUUCAAUAGCUUUUCAACUAUUUCUCCUUUACGAUCAAGACAUACAAUAAUAUUCAGCUGCUCCUUUGUUGAAACAUCUGUUGUUUCAUCAACUUGCAUGGACAAGAAAGUGCAGUGUUGGAUCUCCUUGUCAAUCUGGUCCUGGAUCACAGAGUCUGUACACUCAAUAAGAUCAUUCUGGACAUCAGAAGAAACACCCUUGAAAACCCCACCUGAAGAUGCCCUUUUGGGAUCGGCUAACCUCCCAUGCAAACGAUGUUCAAGAAUGGAGUCAAAAUUCGCAAGGCACUCAAGAAGCUCUAGAUAAUUACCUUUAUUAAGGCUACCUUCUGAUUCAUUGUGGCCUCGGAAAGAAAGCUCUUGCUUACCCAAAAAGAGAGUAGCUUCACUUAGGAUUUUUAGCAUUUCCCUGUUUUGCCUUACCUCUUCGUUGUGUCGGUCAAUUUCCUGCCUUCUGGCCCUCCAAAGUAGCACGUCAACUCUCUUCGCAACAUCGAAUGUCUUCCAUGUCUUAUAGGCCUCCAAAUGAGACUUGGCUUUCUCGUGCUUCUUGCAGUCCGAGAAGAAUCCUUGCAUGUUAUUAUAACCUGUUUCAGUCCAUAUUUUGGACAAUUUGGACUGAAAAAGCAAACAAGGCCAACAGAAAAGGCGUUUUUUACAUUUACUUCCACACAGCCAAUCUUUCUUCUCAUACAAAACUUCUUGAAACAUACGGUCUCUUGUCUUGAUACCAAAUUUCGGGGUCUGCCUUUGGUUAACGAUUAACUUUUGCUCGGCCACAUGUCUUGAUGCAAAUGAUUUCUGCAAGAGUUGAUCAAAAAUAUCUCUCUCAGAAUUAGAUUCAACUGAAUUUUCCCACUCCAUUGUAGCGACGUUUCACAAGAUAUCUUGGUUCACAAGGCAGACUUAAGGCAGAUUUAGGUUGGUCAUGCUAAAAAAAUGAGCAUGACCUGGCGUCCCGAACGGGCUAAAUAAGGCAUUAGAAAGAUCAAUUCAGCCAAUCAAAUCAUUGCUAUGUUUAUGAUUAUAAUGACGAGGUCAUGCUAUUCCAAAUAAGCAUGACUUACCACAGGGAUACCGAUUGAAAAGUUAUUGGAAGAACUCAUGAGAGUUGCACAUUUUCGUUGAGAAACCCUGUGGCAGGUCAUGCUCUCCAGAAUGAGAAUGACUUACCACAAAGGACCAAGGUGGGGGACGGCAGUAGUAUAAUGAGAAUGAAAAUUGAAAAGGUUUGUAAUUUUUUUGCCAAUAAAGGAAAGUUUUAUUCGUUAUGUUAAAUAACCUUAUCUCUGAAAAUUCUUAGUCAUGCUAAGCAUGACCAGCAUGACCGCUAGCUUUGCCACUGGUGACUUAUCAUAUUCCUCUUUUAUGCCUUUUUUUUGCAAAGCUUUUUUUGUGUGGCAUUUCAACCAAUCUAAUCUCAACCUAAAAAUAUACCUCUUUUUUUGGAAGUAAAAAUAUGCCUCUAAGAAAUAAUUAAUUUACGCAGUUUCUCCGUUAAACUCUUUUUUGAAACGUACUAUGAGUAGGGGGCUUUACAGAUAAAGGUGCAAGGUGAACCUUUAUCUAUGCACCUCUCAAUGUUAGUUUAUUCGUAAGUUGUAAGAUUAGUCCAUUUUAUAUGAGAUCAACAUCCUCUAAUCUCUUAACCUUAGUUAAAUCAACGAAACAAUCUUCAGUAAGACCUACCUUUAUUAUGUAGUCUACUGCCGCAUUCAUUCUAUGAAAUCGUGUGAUGCGUAACAAUUGCCCAGCAUCAACGAGAAGAUGAGAGAAAAGACUUUUCAGGCCAGACCAAGUAGUUGAAAACCUGCUUGCACUUCUCUCACAUUGAUUUUUUAACGAAAAACUCUCUUAACUUGUUCCUUAUGCUCAUUCUUAAUCUUAUUCAUGCAAAAAAGUAUUUAUUGUCUAUAGUUUGGAAGUGCCUGAGAAAAGAUUGAAGAACACUUUGGCCUAAGAUCACCAUCGUGUCAGAAAAGAUAAAAAAUGAUGAUCUUUUAAAAAAUUUUCCCUGAAACUAGAUAAAAUUCAGCAAACAACAAAUAAACGAUAAAAAUAAACAGAGGUUUAUCUUUCUUUUAAAAGCAUCUGUGAUCUUUUGCAAUAAUUCUAUGAUUUUAUACUGAGUUUUGAAAAUUACUCAAUUUUCGAAAGUUGCGUGUUGCGGUUUGUUUAAUGGCCAAAUAUUGGCUGUUCUUAUUUCCCCAAAACAAUAGGGGUAACGGUCAUGAUUCUAAAUAGUUUUGGAUACAAAUACACCUAAGAUAUUUUGUUCAUUCUGAACCCCCAAGAAAAGUUGUGCAAAUACAUUUCUGUUAGCCCCUGAUAAUAAAGUGCCCUCAUCAAUAACCUCUCAACAGUUAUACCCAAGGUUUUUUGCUUCUUCUAAACCCCAGACAAAGUUUUUGAAAAAAACUUCUGUAGGCCUUGUCUAUUUAAUUCAAUGUUUUAAAAUAUAAAAAAAUACAUUGGAAAACCAAAUCUGUGAACAGCACAAAGUUCUCACAAGUGAGCCACACACCAUUGUCAUGAUCUUAAUAAUGGGUUGAACAAAAAAUAAAUCUAGCAACAUUGUUAGAGAACUUUACGUUCAGUACCUUCAAAAGAGCGCUAAAUGGGUUCAGAAGAUAAGGAAUCUUUGGAAAACCUCAAAAAUAAAAUAUGAGAAGAUUUGAUAGAAGCCCAGAAAAGCACCUAAAUCUGGUAGCGAAGCCAAUCUUAGGGAGUUUUAGGCCCAAAUUUUCAUCAGAGGGGCAGUAGGGUGGAAAGCAAUUCAAAAGAAUUAUCUUUCAGUUUUACAUCCAGUUCUUUAUCAGAGGGCUGGUAGGGUUGAAAUCAUUUCAAACAAUCUAUUGAUCUGCUUAUUUAAGACUUUGAAAGAGUUCAGCUAGACAAAUGCCAUUAAGGGAGAAAAUAAGAGUACUCAUUGCUGUUAUUUUGAAGUGAAGGGGCUAGGUAACCGAGAUUUCCAACCUUAUCUAAGAAGUAAGGGUGGAUGGAAGGUCUGGGAAAAGUUCCAACUCAUUCGGGCAAGAAACCUAGGAUCAUAAAUCCGUGGGAUAUUGGACCAAUUUUGAUAGUGGAGCUCAUUUGAAUAUAAGCGUAUAAUAAUUAUAUGUAGAAGGGAAAUAAUUACAAUUAUUUAAUUAAUAAAUCCUGUUGUCUGUAAAUUAUUUAAUUCUUGUAACAACAGAAUUUAGGUACGAAAAAUCUGACUUUAGCAAGUAGUCCAUUCACUCUUGCUAAUAGCGUUGCAUGGAUCGCUGUAUUUGCCUGUAUUGCUCGUUUCCCUUGUUCUGCAGUUGGACGAGUUGUAGCUUGCUCCUGGAUUCUUGCUCGUGAUGUCACAUCAAAGAUUUAUGUAUGGUGUUUUCCACUGCAUUAGUUGCAUCCCUUUGAUCAACACCUUGAAGCAACAUGGCCAAACCCAGUAAAAUUGAAGCACAACCUGUUCUUCUUUAAAACUUCUUUUCUGCUGGCCACAUCCAAAAUAUUGCAGCAGUCAAAGCUUCUGUGAUUUUGCAAUCCACAACUGUUGGCUUUUCUUGAUGGUUUUUGAGCAGUUGCCAAAUUGUCCCACCUUGCUCUCCAGUCAUUAUCAGCUUCACUUCUUCUCUUGAGCUGGGUUUGAUCUGAUGAGACCCCUAUUUCAUCUUCUGGUAAUUGGUUUCUAUUGGUGUACUGCCUGAGAUUUUCCACCAGCUCCUCCAAUUCCCACUCCUCCCAGUUAUUGUCGUUUUGCAUCAGGGCAUUCUCUAUUGGACCCAGUUUAUCCAUCAGGGUGUAGACGAAGCUUUGUGCAGUCUCAAGUUUCUUCACUGUAACCAAUGCCCUUACGAUCCUGGAAAGCUUGUUAAAAAAACUGUGAACUUCUCUAAUCUUGUGGUUAUUGGAGAUUGCAGGCAGGUUCUCCAUUUCUUUGAUCAGAGCUUUGUGAAUCUUAAUGUCUCUGCCUUAAUUCUGUUCAAGAAUCCGCUUGGCUUCUCGGUAUCCAUCCUCACUAUGGGGCAAACCAAGUAUGUCCUGCUUUGGUUUCCCAGAUACCAACUCAAAAAGGGUGCAAACACAAAUUAAAACCAAACGCAAGUUUGCACCUACAUCACAUCCUGACCCUCUUGUACUCCCAUAUGACCAAGAGUACGAUGGGAGCAGUCCUGAAUGGUAUCAAGAUGUUUCUGAUGAAGAAAAUUCCAGUGGCUAGAAUGAUUCAGAUACCAAGGAUGAACUGCCAUUACAUGAAGACAGGAAAUUCAUUGUCUUUGAAAGUUGUCUCAUGAAACUUUUUGCAGUAUGUAUGUUCUGCCUUGCAUCAUGUUACAGUCUCAAAAAAGUUGUUUCUGGUACAUUGCUGAGGAUACAUGCAACUUGCAUCAAUGGGCAUAAAAGGAUCUGGAACAGUCAACAUUUUCUCAGUGACAUACCAAUGGGUAAUUUUCUUGUUGCUGCUUGCACUUUUUUUUCUGGAUGCUAGCCAGCCAAAAUCUUUUCUUUUUUCCACAAUUUGCAGAUUCCAUGUAUUUCGGAAAGGACAUACAACAGAAUACAACAUUUCUAUCUUGUCCCAUCAAUUUUCGAACACUGGGUUAUAGAAAGGCUCAAUUUCAUUGAAAAAUUUCGUCAAAAAAUAAAGUUUUGGGAGGUGAUGCUAGGAUGGACUCUACUGGUUUCUCUACAAAGUAUGGGAGCUACUCAUUAAUGGACUAAUCUUCAAACAAUUCAGUGUUCAAACAAUUCAGAUUUGUGAAAAUAAUCUAAAUUCAUAUAUUGUUAAAGAUAUUUUCUUGAUCUUUUUCAUCAUCUUGUAUUAUGCUAGCUUCUUGGGCAUUUUUGUGAUUACUGAUUACUUUUUAGAUGAAAACUCAACAUGAUGAUGGCAUGAUAUUUUUGUUAAAGGCUGUGUGAUUCUGAUGAUCCUGAUUAAGUGCUGACAUUCAAACCUCCAAUUUUUGUUUUUGUAUUUACAGCUUUUUUCCACUUUAGACUUGAAUGUUGCCCUUUUUGAUAAGAUGUCCAUUACAAAAAGGACAAAAUUUAAAUACUACAAUAAUCAAUCUUCAUUUUUGAUAAAAAAUCUCUAUUUUUAGAGCAAUGAAGUUGGUUGUUCAUGCAAGAUGGAGUUAAGUGGUUUGAAACGAGCACUGGCUGAUAUUGAGAAACUGUGAGUCAGCUUUGAGACACUUGUGACAGACAGACAUGCCGGUGUUAUAAAGUAUAUCAGAGAGGUGCACUCUACAAAAAAAUAGCUUUGAUGCAUUCCAUGUUGCCAAAUGUGAGUCAGAAGCAUUUAUCCCUCUUGUAUUGACACCACAUUCUGACAUAUUGAUUGAUGUCAUAGCAAAUGGGGGAAAUUAAAGAAUGAAAGUCAACUGAAAAGGCACUACUUGAAUGGUCUGCACUAAAACAAAAGCAGUAGUUGUUACCAAUAACUGGCUACAAAACGGGCUAACAGGCCAUCAGGACUAGCACCAAGGAAGGGAACUUAAGUAUUGAUCCACAUCUCUGUUUCCACAACAUUACUUCUUGUGGCCAUCAUAUAUGCUCUUCUUGCUUGUGGUUUUUCCUCUACCCCAUAUUCCAUAUACAUGGUUGCGAUAUGCUUUGAAAACUAUAGAUUAUUGGAAAUCCAUUUAUGCAAAGACCAUGCAUAUUUAUUCCCAUUUCCAGCAAGAAUUUGUUCUCCAAAUAUGAAUGGCAGCUUGCAUUUGGAGGCUGUAAUUCAAAGCAGCCUAUCAUUAAACCAUAAUCCUCAUAAAUUAUUUUCAGUGUCAUCUUCCACAUGGACUGGUCAUUUUCUUUACAGCUUAUUACCUGUAGAUCCUUAACAAAUUCAUUUAUGUCCUGAUCGUUUGGCCUUUCUCUGAAAUUUACAGGUCUAGGCACCCAGUUAAUAAUCCUGUCCUUGAAGAAUUUCUUAGAUGAAUAGUUCUCCUCGUGAAUGGUCUUUGGGUUUUUCUUUCUCUUUUCCCCUGUUUUCCACACACAUGACUUAGAAGUGGAAGGAGAAAUCACAGUGUAGCCAUUAUUCUUUGCAAAGUCAGUGAUUUUUAAAAGAAGUGCAGCAGUAUGGGCACAUCUUGCAAGUGCUGAGGCUUUACAAUUGCAUUUAGCGAGCUGAACUGAUCCACUGAUGCUUGACAGACCAAUAACAACAUUUAAUGGCACAUCAUUCUUCAUUGAGUGGUGCACAAGGGCAUGUACAAAGUAGGAAUCCUAAAUUUUGUUGUCUUAAAUGUCACUUAUGAAAUCAAUUUCCAUCAAAUUCAUAGCCAUCUUCACUGUUGAAAUGUGUUUUGAAUGUGUUCCUAAUUUCUUUAGCUUCAAAUUUGUACCUGUUCCCUUGACUGUGCUUUAAACGAUGAAGGGCAUUCCCAUCAUUUUCUACAAUAGCUCUCCAAUCUCCUGGGUGAAUAUUUCCUGUGCUGUCUUCAUUAUCAAUGAAGCCAGCAGGGGUGUGAUUAGCUGUGUCUGUCAGCCGAAGAUAGUUAUGAAGGCAUACAACUGCUUUAAUAUUAGUAUUCUGUAGUAUUCUUUAGUAUUCUGUAGUAUUCUGUCUCUAUAGUAUUCUGUCCUGCUCUUAUUGGGCGACGGAAAAUUCUCCAUUUGGCAGACAUUAUACAAAAGGUAUUUUGUUCUAGGUGCUCAAGAGUGCUGAUAGUUGUAUAUUCUUUGGUCUUCAAUUAAUUCUCCACCAGGAUAUGAUUUCAUUAGCCAUGGUUUCACAACAAAUAUGUCACCUACGAUAAGUACAAAUGGCAUUGAGGAGCCUCCUACUUCCUCUGCAUUCGGCACUGACAACAAAUUGUCCUCGUUAAUUUUUAAAGGAAUUGAAAGGAAUUAACUUACUUUUAGGAAUUAACUUCCUCUAAAAUUUAAAGGUCUAGGAUCACAGUUCUGUUCUUGGAGAAUUUCUCAGAUGAAUAGCUCUCCUCGUUAAUGGUCUUUGGGUCUUUCUUUCUCCUGAAAUCCCUUUCCAUCAAAUUCAUUCUUUUUCUAAGCGGUUUUGCAGUUGCUGUAUAACCAGUAUUGCUUUUGUCGUUGCUGUCUUUGUCAUUGUUUCCUGUGGCAAACUGUGAGAUGGACUCGACUAGGUAGUGGUAAACGUGGCCAUAGUUAGACAUAUGUCACAAGAAGGAAAGCUUUUCCAACCUUCACCAGAAAUUUUCCAAACUGCUGGGGCAUCUUCGACUUGUAAACUUGAUCUUUUAAUAUCGUACCUUUUUCCAUCAUCAACCUAAGGGUCUAUUCCUGCCUUUGUCUCAAUAGCACCCGUCACUUUGUCUAUCAAAUCUUGUUUCUUUCACGUCCGCUUUACACCAUGACAUUCGAGCCAUUGUUUCAACUCUACCACAUAAUACUCUGCUGGAUCUUUAGAAAAGCAUGCACCAGGAACAUUUUGUUCAACCAAAAUAACAUCUUCCAUAGCCAAUGUAACCAGAAAGGAUCAAUGCUUACAAAUUUCGUGAGCGAGUAUUCACUGAAACAUAUAUGAUUGGCGUGUUGUUUGUUCGAUCUUCGAUCCCAUCACACAUUGGGUCAAAAUACCUGACGUCAAUUGAAUAAAGCGCUAUUACAAUUCACAGCAAAUGGUCAAACUUUCUGUUAGGAACCAAUAAAAGAUCUCUUGAAAUUUGGAGAAUAUAUUGAUGCUAGAUGCUGCAUAUUUGAAAGCCAUUAUAAGGAACUUGUGGAUAUGAUAGUUUGCGAUGCAAAUUCAAAAGGAUGAAUGGUACAUCAAUGUACAAAAUGCCCUGGUAUUGAAGGUCUCAAUUUUUAUUUAAUUGGCAUAUUCACUUUGUGAUGCAAAUUCAAAGAAAUGUAUGGUACAUCGAUGUAGGAAAUGCCCUGGUAUUGAAAGUUUCAUUUUUAUUAAACUGGCGUGUUCACUAGAAACAAAGAGCACAAUGAACAUGAAAAUGGUGAUAACUCAGACGAUGAUGAAGAGCUUUGAGAAAUGAUUACCUAGAAGCAUCAAAAACUGCUAUUGUCUGAUUCGUGUAUUGCAAAGUCUCAAGCAACCUACUUGAAAGGACCUAAAAGUGCUUUUCUGAGAGAAAACAUCAUUCCUGGUGACUUUGCAAAAAUACAAAUUCCUAAUACCAGUGUUUUACUUUUUCCAUGGUUACCGGAAUCUGCAUGGGCUACUGCAUCAGGGCAAGAUGCAUUAUGCCAAACACUGCCUGACAUGACAACAACAUGAACUCAUUCUCAAAUCUAUUUAUAAGAUGAACAAAACUUUAAGGAGGCAAAUAUGGGAUUACACCCACGCAUUCGCAAAAACAAAAAUAAUAUGAAAUGUUUCAACUAGUCUACAAUCUUUUUGUGUUCCCCUUCCGUUGAGACAUACAAUUUGUGAGCGUUUUUGGUAAAAAAUGCUUUAUUUUGGGACAGAAUCAAAAUAAUGAGCCCACGCAAAAAAUUGGAGAUGUGAAAUUUUAAAUUUAUCUUAUUGGCCCCCCUGUCUAAGUCUAGAAGUUGUCGCUGUUCUUAAUGCUUCAAAUUGAUGACACAACUAUCACAUUAUCAACGUUUUUGGUAAAAAUUGCUUUAUUUGGGAACAGGAGCGAAAUAGGCAGAGAAAACCAAAGCUUUGGUUAUGUAUAGUCCUCUUUUCUAGCAGAUAAAUUGCUAACGGUAUAUUUGUGAUUGAUAUAUUUUCUUAGUUAAAUUACAAAAUUAUUCACAAAUAUUGCAUUUCUAAAGGUUUUUGCUUUUAUUCAGGUCCUAAUCCAUCAUCAACAUACUUUUUUACAAAAGGAGUUCUUUCAAGGAGGAGUAGAUUUUAAAUUUUUCCCAUUCUAAUUUCCUAUGUAAAAUUUAAAGAAUUCUAACUUUACGCAAAGCUGAUACAUAUUUGUUAUCGAUAUGUGAUGUGAUGAAAUACAUCUCGAAAUACACUUUAUUUUAAAAAUAUUGUUGAUAGUAUAUUCAGGCUCAGUGUUACAAAAGUUCUAAAAAUAUUGUAAGGUUAUUUCCCAGACUCGGCUUGCAUAUUUCUUUUUCAUUUUCCAGUAGUUGCCUGUUGUUCAGUGUACACAACAGAGAUUACUGAAUACAUUUUUUUGAAAAUGGUUUCCAUUUCAGGGCGAGCAUAAUAACAAUACUGUAAGAAUGUGUUCUGAAUAAAUCCAAACUUUUCUUUAAAAUAUCGAUGCUGCACAAAAUGUAUAGAAUUUUUUUUUAAAAGAAGAUUGUACUUUUUUCGAUUGUACUUGAAAAUUCAAUUCUGUGGAUAGGAGGAGAAAACUGCUAAUGGACGUUUAAAGUACAUUCUUUUUUGUACAAGUACAAGAGGUGAUUGGAUCGAAGCUACUAGAGUUUUCUUCCUCUGUUGCUAGUACUGCUUUGAAAAGUUUCAAUAGUAUUUUAGGGGGGGGGGGGGGGGGGGAAAGAUACAUUUUCUAACUAGACCAGUCAAUACCUAAUGUUUCAAACCAUUUGACUUUUGUUCGCCAUUAAUUUUUCUUUAAUUUCGUCUUCAGUUGUUAAUUUGUCCUACAAAAAGUCAUCAAACUCUUCCUUUAUGCAAUCAAAUUGACGCAAAUGUAGUAAUUUCUGGUAGACUUCCGUAGUCUUUUCUUGGUUGGAGCCUGGAAUGUGCUGUAUUUUCCGACCAUUAACUUUCCUGGCUGCUCCUUCUCGUACUUUCUUUUCGCUUUGUUAUUGGACAAAAGGAGAUGAAAUUCAUACAUUCUUUUUGGCAGCUCACUCUGUCCUUUUCCUUUUUUAAUUUGAUGCUCAUUUGAUUUUUGAACAAAAGGCAAGUGAAACCAUCAAGAGCAGCUGCGCGCCAUCUGUUUAAAUAUGGAAAAGUAAAUAUUAAACAAAAUUUAAUUUUUAAAAGAUAAAAACUGCCCACAAUAAAAUUUCGAUACUUUUUAUCUAAAAUUCUACAAAAUAGCUUUUACAUACCUGUUGAGUGUCACCAGCAAAUGUUCCACAAAUGCAUCACCCAUUAUCGAGUUCAUCUAUUAAAAGAGCAUUUUUCUUUGUCAGGUAAACUUAAAAAAAUUUGUUUGAACAUUUUUUCAUUUUUCACAUCAUCUUUAACACUGUAGUUGCACUUCUAUGAAAACCUUAUUUUGAAUUGGCAAGAGCAAAGUUUUGCUUUCUUCGAUAUGAACACUAUGAAGAAAUUUUUUCUUUAUAUUGAUACCAUACUAUUAAAAAUUUUAGUGAAAUUCUAAUAACCUGAGUCAGAGAGCAGCAGUUGACCAAUAAUCUUGUGAUAUGCAAUUAAAUCUUCUGGCUUCAUUUUGAAUUGCCAACGCUGGUCUCUCAGCAAAACCUCAGCAAACUGAAAUGAUACGUUUAGAGCUAGCUCUAAAAAUUUGAAACGACAAGGAUGAACGAGCAUAAUUAACAUUAAUCAACUGCAACACUCCUGUUCUUGAAAGCUGCAAGGAAAGUUUUAAAUAUGCUGAAAGCUCUGAUAAAGAAUGUAAAAAUGAUUUGAUGGUUUGCAUCCUUACACAAAAAAAUUUUCACCCCACAAUAUUUCACAUUUUCCAACAAAUAUGACCCUUUCAAACGUAAUUCCUUAAUAAAUCUCCAUAAAUUUUUGUUAACCAUAUUCGUAGCGAUGUUGUUGUCUGUUAUCAUCAUUGUCAUAAUUAUCAUUGUCAUUAUUAAAUUACAAUACAUUGUCAAAUCGUUAUUUUAUCUGAUCAACGCCAAAUGCAUCUAUGAAACACAAACCUUCAUACAGAAGACACCACAAUUGUAUGAGUCAUGUUAAUCUGGGUGGUUUUGGGUAACAAUUGAACCAUUCUCUUGGCAUGCUUGUCUUCCAGCUCAUCGCUCUUUGAUAGCAGAAGUUUCUAUGAAUAUAAUUUCUAUCAGAAAAUGCAAUCAAGAGGUUGGUAGAAAUAGAUGGGCCACGUCUGUUUUUUUAUUUUUUAGAUUUAUUUAAGCGCAAACCCACCUCCAGUUUCUCUUGAUUUUCUCAAGAUGCGACACAGACUCUCCCAGAGGGUUAAGAUAUAAGAUCAUUCCAGAUUUUGGUCAAGCAGCCUUUCGAGAAAGCAAAAAGAUUUCUCAUUACUUCUUCAAACAGCAAGGUGAUUAUUGCCGUGCCAAAAAUUAAGCUAGGUGAUUAUUACCAUGCCCAAAGUAUCUAGACGAGAUUUAUAUAUCAACCUGUUUAAAGAGGUGGUACAUUGAAUGAAUCAAGCACACAUAAGAAAACAGCAGUUGCUGUGAAUUACCAUAUUUUCUCAAAAAUUAGUCAAAAUAUAUCUUGUAUACUUACCUCUUCAAACGACUUCUGUAAUAACGCCCAGCACAAAUGUAGGUCGUUGUGACUGAAUUGAUUGUCAGUACAUUCAGCUGCAAAUAAUCAGAAGAUCUGUUGUUAUAACAGAAACGUCUAUACAACUGGCGUUCAAACCUGCAGAAUAUCACAAAUCUAAAAAUAAAAAGACUUAGCAAAUUGUAGCAAAUGCACAGAGCUGAAGGGUACAAAGAAAAUAUCAGUAGUGACUGAGAAGCAUUACCCUUUUGUCAUUGUAUGCUUUUCUCACAAGCAGCUGUAAGUAAGCAUCUAUGACCUGAAAACAAGUUUAUAGAAUAAUGUAAUCAGAGUUUGAUGCUCAAAUGCAAUUAAAAUUAUUUUGAUUUCCAAGACAAACUGUAUAGGAACAUAUGCAUAAGUUGACAAAUUAUCGCUUAGUUUACAACAUUUUUAAACCAGUUAAUCUUUGUAUUAGUAAAUUUGAAACGAAAUAGGAAACAAAAAAAGAAGAUAAGUGAAAUUUUUAAAACUAAAGAAAAAUAAUCACUACCUCAUCAUCAAUCUCUGAGCAAUCGUUUAGUUUUGAAAAACUGUAGUCCUUCAAAUGGAACUCUGCGUAUUUGGCUUCUGUUAAACCGACAGGUUCAUUUGACCAGAUACCGAAAAGGACUGAAAAAAAAAAAAGAAAAGAGUUUCUAGUUCAAUUAAGAAAAACUCUCAUUGCAUGCAAAACUUGAGAUUAGAUUAGAUACGUGAGAUUAGAAAGGAUAUUGUAUUUUUGAUACAAACAGAACACGUUUUAAAAUUAUAAUUGUCAAUAAAUAACUUACAUUCUGAUGGACUGAUAUGUAAAGUUUUUGAAUUUAUCUGCAGAGCGAAACAUAUCUUCAUAAGCAACAAAAGACAAGGUGGAUCCUGCACUUGGCUGUCGAAAAAUUGGGGACAGAUAAGGAGACAUAAAUUGAAUAUCUCCUGACCCACUAUUUAUACCCACUCCAGGUGUCAACAAAUCCUGGCAAAAAAGCCAAAGACAAUGUGAAUCACAAUUAUGAUUUCUUUAAAUCUGUCUAAUGAAAUAGCCCGUGUCAACAGGAAACAAAUGUUUCUAAGUACCUAGUCAACUGUUUUUGGUGUCCCUUGUUCCAUUCGGCUUGUUUCAACUUUGAAACAUCCUACAAAUGAAAAAGCAUUUGAUUUUGAGUUGGGUCUCGUCUGACACUAACACAAAAGCAAUUGAAAAAUGCAUUUAGAAUGAAAAUCGCAACAAUAUGAUGUUUCUAACUACCUGAUCAUCUGUUUUUGGUGUCUCUUGCUUCAUUUGGGUUUGUUUCACCUUCGAACCAUCCUACAAAUUGGACGCAGUUGACUUUGAAAAUUCUGGUUUAAUUGUGUUAUUCAGAUAAUUUUUUUGCAAUUUGUGUCACAUAGUUACAAGCUUUUCCAUAAUCCAUAGUUUUAAUUUAAGGCGCAAAGAAUAACUUCCUUGGAGAAAAAAAAUUUGUACAGUUAGUUCUUCAAUGACAGGGAUUUUUCCAACAUAGAUAGCAAAAGAAGGAAGGUAAUGUUGACACUUCAUAUCUCCAAUCAUACCCCCCUUCCAAACACAUCCAUUUAAGAUAACUAGCCUUUCAUUUAAGAGCUUGAGGAUAAAUUUUACAUACUGGAAAAGUCUGCCGGUAGCUGCAAGUAUCUUCUCCAACCAAAAGUAUAAGGUUUCUGGUGCUGCACACUGACAAGCCUUUUGCAUCCUUUUAGUUGUACAUUUUUGUUAUUUUUUAUAGAAAUGAUUUCGAAGGGUCCUUUCCAUGACUCUUUUAAGGAGUCAUCCUUUUUGACGCCUUCUGUAAAUUAAAAAGAAGCACCAGCUGCCCUUCUUCGAAUAAAACUGGCUUUCCGCCUAUCUUGUUUCUAGCUCUAUAAUAUUUUGUUUGUCUCGCUGGUGCCUCGUCAAUGUUUUGAGAUACUUUUUCAAGCAGAUCAAUUACUUCCAUCUCUAGAUUCUGUACCCAGGUCUUAUACUCUUCAGCAGAAGGCAAGUUAAUCGUAACCUGUAAGACAGAUUUUUCAAUAUAGAUUAAUUCCAUUAAUAACCUAAGAAUAAAAGAGCGACAUGAAGAGAUAUUAAGUGCCUUAAUAGUCUCCGAAACCACUGGAAUGGUGAUAAAUCAACAUUUUUCAUUGGAUACAUUUUUAUUUCUGAGAACACUUACAUUGGACCAAUCUUCACCAUUAGUUUCCAACUGGACUGGUUUUCUAGCCUCUCGAUUACAUAGUAAUUGGAAAGGCAAAAAUUUUGUUGAACAAGGCACACUUGUCCUAAUUGCAAAAGAACAAGGUCAAGGUGCAGGUCUCAGUCAUUUUGCUUCUAGUUUACCAUUUUUCCGAGUGACCUGAAAAUAACUUCACUGAUGAUUAAUUUAUGAAUACCUUGAUUAAGAAUACAGUAGAAAAGUCAUAAUCAAACAUCAAUUUUCGCUACAUUUAAACUUUUCUGCUAUUCAUGUUACUCUAUUUGAUUCGAUUCUAUUCAGCUAUUUAGCUGUUUAUAAUGAUAAUAUAAAGUUAUUACCUACCUCUUUACAGUUUGGCUCGUUUUUUCAUCCAAGCCGUUGGUUUGAGGAUGGUAGGCAGCGGUUUGCUUUAGCUCUACUGUGAGAUAUUUGCAGAAUUUGAGAUAAUUUUAGAUAACAUCAUUUCCCUGUCAGUGAUAAAAUAUUUUUUGGCUCUUCAAUUUUAGUCAUCCUUGUUUAUUCUUUUACUUGAAAUUGCACAAUUUUAUUCACAGCUGCAAUUUGAUAGCACUUUUAAUUGAAGGUCCCGUCUACACAAAUGCGAUUUUAAAUAUUACUCUAAUUUUUUUUGUUUUUGUAGUCAACCUUGAAAAAAUCUGUGUAGACGUUGUUAAACGUAUAGCACUAUUAACAAAAAUGUUUUUAGAUACAUCUGUGAGCAUUUCAAGUGCUUAUUCUUAUGUUAUUUAGCUUGGGUUGUGGUAUUUGUUAGUUACUCGUGUAAAUAGGAGUUUUUGUUAUGUUUUGGUAAAGAGAAGUCAUAAAAAUUAGGUCUUCUCAUCUUUCUAUACCUUGCAUUCUCCACAUUCUAACAACUUUGUUGUGUGAAUUAUUGUUCCCUGUGGCUGGCAACAAACCUGUGGCUCAUCAAUAAAAAAAUUGACACUUUAAUCUUUUGAAAGUAUUUUAUCAAAUAUUCGGUAAAAAUUGUUGCCAAUUUUUUAAAGUUUUGUUUAAAAUUGGUUCUUGACCAUUAACUAGCGCCUGACGGGUUCAGAAAGGCAAAUUUCAAAUUUCGCUGGUCAGGUUGUUUAAACACUGUCGUUAUUUUAUUUGUUUUGUCAAACCGGGGUGAUACUUUUGUGAGUUGAGUGUACUAAGGCAUAUCCUCAGGACAAAAAGUUCAUUCAAAAAUGGAUACAAAGUGUCUCCGUUUUCAGGGUGAACACAAAAAUGUGUUUUUCAUUAUACGCUUUGCAAUAGAAUUCACUUUAAUCUUCAAAAGCAGCCAACUUUCAAAAACAGUUAUCUGCCAUUUCUCGACUGUGAUAUUUUGUAAUGCUAACAACAAGAAGGUUAGGGUGUUUUAAAAAUGAUACCUCAUAAUGGAAGAGAUUGAGGUUCCAGCCAAUCAGAAAGCCGUAUUUAAAAAGCUGCUCUGUAAUUGGUAGGACAAGAAGUUGUCGUGAGCACCAGUUUUUGAGUACUUUGGAUUAUCAGUCUCUGUUGUAGCAUCUGUCAAGCGAGGCAGUAGUGAAACAGGGGCUCAAGAAGUAAGUCUAUGUUUAGUAAAGAAUCAAAAUGUCAAAGUGCACCGACAACAGGCAGUAUUCUUUGAAUCCUAAUGACAUUGCAAAAAUCAAAGAAAGAAUAAAAUGUAACAUUUCUUAAUUUUUAAUACAUAAAUUAGAAGUUGCAGAUUGAAAUCAUAAAAAAAUUUGAUAGGUAUUUGUAUUUCUCAAUAUAAAAUCAGUUUAUUUGUUAAACUAUCCCUGAAUCAGUUUGUGAAAUUCCCAAAAUUCAAAACUUUCGCAAGAGUACUGAUAAUAUUACCAACUAAAAUAAAUGCAACAGAGCAUUUGAGUUCUUAUAUUUAAGUAACCUAUUGGUCAUAGUUUUCUGGUAAUUGAUUCUCUAAACAUUAUGACGAUUUUCAAACUCUGUUGUAUGUUCAAAGAUAUCAUCCCUAAUUAUUAGAACAUUUUUUUCAGAGUCCACCCAAAUUAGCCCUAACGUACACCCUUAAUAACAAGCAAUUCAUGAAUGAUUAAAGGUUUUGAAUUGGGCUUGAAAAUAUUUUAAAAUUAAUUUCUAGAAGUCCAUCAAUCCAAUUAUUGAGUAAGUAAGUAAAGAUUGCUCAACCUUAAUUUGCUUGUGUAUAUAACAAACUUACAAAAAACCAACUUUGGGAUAUUUUGCCAACGUGAUUAAUUUUGAGCCAAAAGGUGGAACACUUGCUGCUUCAGCAACUUUCUUCACUUCUUUCUCUAAAAAUGGAAUACGCAACAUUAAUGUUAUUUUAGUUUUAAGGCCAUUUUUGGAUUUAAUGUUGUUUACAGGGUAUGGUAUGUUUAUGGCAAAAUUACAAACGUUAAGGAAUGUCAUAGAUUAUUAAAAUCAAAUUGCGGACUGAAGAAAUUAAGGCACAAAAAACACAGAAUUUCAAAUAGCUUUAUUUUACAAACCAAAUGAGAUAUUUGACUGAAAUUUUCAAAUUUUGUCUUUCUCA